GCAUUGGUGUUUGAUCAAGCAAAAGGCGCCCACCCAUCUAUGAGUCAAGAGGGCCAAACAAAUCUUCACGUGUUAAAAACUAACCCACCAGUUCCUCCCUCUGGAGAUACAGAAUUGCUUUCCUUUCCUGUAGAAAUCCAGGUAACAGCAGCUACUCCUAUCCCAGAAGAGGAUAAAGAGAUGUUUCAAACUGAGGAGCUAGAACCUGAAGCAAUGCCUCAAGAUCAAGCUACUCAGUCACCAAAACACAAAUUUGUAUUUUUGUCUGAUGUUACUAAUGAGCCACCAAAAAUGUUACAAGAAAUGCCAAAGCAUGCCAGGUGUAGAGAAGGGGAUUCCAUCAUUCUUGAAUGUUUAAUAUCUGGUGAGCCCCAGCCAGUUGUAACAUGGUUUCAAAAUGGAGUCCUUUUAAAGCAGAAUCAGAAGUUUCAGUUUGAAGAAGUUAAUUGUAGCCACCGAUUAUAUAUUAAAGAUGUUAGUUCUCAAGAUUCUGGAAAAUAUAAAUGUGUUGCUGAAAACAAUUCAGGGACAGCUGAAAGUGUUUCAGAUCUAACAGUGGAGCCUGUCACUUGUAGGGAGAAUAGUCAAUAUGAAAAUAUUGGUGAAAUUUAUGGAAAAUAUUCCAGAGAUCAGCAAGUGCAAGUCCAGGGAGAAUCUGUAAGGGCACAUUUUUAUGAUCAUCCAGUUGGUCCUUUUACUCCCUGGGCAAAUGUAAAAGAAUAUUCAGUAAGGGACUAUUUUCAAAGCCUUGAGACCAUUAAGCAGAUAGACCAGAAAGACCAGGUGCGUUGCGUACCUUCUAGAGAAAAAAUUCCCAGAUUUGUGCGUGGUGCUUCAAGAACCAUAAAAACCAACAAGCCCAUCAGGGCUGAACUCAUACAAUGUCAGGCUGAAGGGAAAGAGAGACAUGUAAGUGAAAAAUCAAAGCUGCACCAAGCAGAGGGUACUGUUUAUCCAUUUGUUGAUGAUUUCAGUGAUAUCACUAUUAAGAAAGACGUAGGAAACAAUUUUGGAAAACUUGGUAGAUCAGAAAAGGAAAAUGUACAAGAAUAUGCCCAAAGUGACUAUUUACCAAAUAUUCACUCUGAGAGAAUUUCUGACAGUUACAAUACAAAAGAUUCAUCUGCCGUUGCACAUGAAGAAUCCCUUGGUGAAGAGAUAUACUACCCGGGGGAAAAAGUGAAGCAUAGAAUUAUCGAAUUUGAAAAAUUACAUGUAGAAAAAAGAGUUCUAGAAAAAAGACCUACCAGAACAUCAUUCGUUAAUCCUCCUCAAAAGAAGAUUGAUGACAAAGCCUUUUCAUUAAAGCAAAGAGAAUCAAGAUCAAAGAAAAUGUCUCCAAAUACUGAAUCAAAUUCAUCUAACAUUGCAAUAAAUUUAAAGCUGCUUUCCUCUCAAACUCAUAAGGAAUCUGAAACACAAGAAAGGGAACAACAGGAAAAAAUAAGUCUUAUAGAUAAACCUGCAAUUUCUAAAAGAGUUGAACAUGAAUCACCUAUUACAUUUGACUUAAAGCAGUUUCACACUCAAAUAAAACACACAGAUGUGAAAUUCCAAGAAUUAGAUAGUAGUCAACCAGAAGAAGCUUAUUUUAAAAUCCAACAUCCUGCUUCCGAAACAGCUGACACUGAGAACAUUGUGUUUGAUCUAAAACAAAUGCAUUCUCAUAUAGGAGAUCCAGCUAUGGAGUUCCAAGGGCAAGAAACUGGGGAACAGCAGGAAAUAUAUUAUAAAGAAAAAAUUCCUAGCCCUGAAACAUUACAACCUGAUACACAGAGUAUCUCUAAAAAUGUGCAAAAUAAUGUAUUUGCCAGUCAAGAAAUUUCUUCCAGUCAGGAGCUUUCGUGUAGAACUAUGGUGGAGAAAAGUAGUAUUGAUGAAAAUUCCAUUUCUUUAGAAAAAGAAGUCCGACAUGUACAGGAACAAAACUUAGACAUUUUAAAAACUGAUCUUUCUCUUAAAUCCUUUUCUGAAGAAAUCUAUAGUGAAUCAUGUGCCCUAUUUCCAACCUCAUCUGCAGAUAUAGAAGAAACUGAUCUUUCUGAGAAAAAUUGUUCUCUAGAAAAUGGAGACAGAAGUUUCAUCUCACAUUUGAAAAAAGCAGUAAGUGAGGAAAAGCCUUUAGAGGUUGGUGAAAUGGAAGAAGAAUGCACUCUAGAACCAGAGUUGGCAUCAUUUCCAAAGCAGGAUGGUGGGGCACAGGAAUAUACAGAUGCCACUUUGGAAGACCACAGAGGUGAUACUCAGGAGGCUGACACACUCCAUAGACAGCUCUCCCUGAGUCAGUGCUUCCCAUUCUUGAUGACUGAAGAAAAACAGAAUCCAGGUGAACAAAUAAUUACAAACAUUGAUGCUUCUGGAGAAGAAAAAUGUUAUGAAGAAGUCCAAAAUGAAACUUCUUUCUCCACUUUAGGAGAAAUGAUAGAAACUAGUUCUUCUCAAAAUAUUCCUAAAUUAGAUGAGGCACAUACUACUGAGGUAGCGGAAUCUGAGACCUCCCUAACACAAUAUUUACUUGCUGCUGGAAAGCAUGAGGUUCCUGAAACUAAAGACACCAGAGACCAGGCAAAGCUUGUCCAGAGUGAAUCAAUCACUUCACUGGAGGUGGAAGAAGUAACUUUCAACACUGUGUACGAAUACUACAACCAGAAACAGGAAUCACUAGGUCGUCCAUUUUCUCCUGAGUCUGACAUUUCCAUUGGUGUGGGAAGUACAACUAGUGAAGAAAUAUCUGAGUUAGAUCAGUUUUAUACCCCACCAUCAUCUGUUGAAUAUUUUGAAUCUCCAAAGUCCCCUGACUUAUAUUUUAAUCCUUCAGAUGUAACUAAACAAUCCUCAAUAUAUUCAGGAGGUGAGACAGUUGAAAGAUAUUCCACACCUUUAGGGGAAGUUACGGAAAGAUAUUCAACACCUUCCGAAGGAGAGACUCUAGAGAGAUACUCCACACCCCCAGGAGAGACUCUAGAGAGAUACUCCACACCCCCAGGAGAGACUCUAGAGAGAUAUUCUAUUCCUACUGGAGGACCAAACCCCACUGGUACUUUUAAAACAUAUCCAUCAAAAAUAGAAAGGGAAGACAGUACACCAAAUGAGCAUUUCUACACACCUACAGAAGAGAGAGGUUCAGCUGACGAAAUAUGGCGUUCCGAUUCAUUUGGCACACCCAAUGAAGCCAUUGAGCCAAAAGACAAUGAAAUGCCUCCAUCUUUUAUUGAACCUCUGACCAAAAGGAAGGUGUAUGAAAACACAACACUAGGCUUCAUUGUUGAAGUUGAAGGUCUUCCAGUUCCUAGUGUGAAGUGGUAUCGAAAUAAAUCUUUACUAGAGCCAGAUGAAAGAAUCAAAAUGGAAAGGGUGGGUAAUGUAUGUUCACUGGAAAUUUCAGACAUUCAAAAAGGAGAAGGGGGAGAGUACAUGUGUCAUGCUGUAAACAUCAUAGGGGAAGCAAAGAGCUUUGCAAAUGUAGACAUAAUGUCCCAAGAAGAAAGAGUGGUGGCACUCCCACCUCCAGUAACACAUCAGCAUGUCAUGGAGUUUGAUUUGGAAAACACCACAUCAUCAAGAACACCUUCUCCUCAAGAAAUUGUCCUGGAAGUUGAAUUAAGUGAAAAAGACGUUAAAGAAUUUGAGAAGCAGGUGAAAAUAGUGACAGUUCCUGAAUUUACUCCUGACCAUAAAAGUAUGAUUGUGAGUCUAGAUGUUCUUCCAUUUAAUUUUGUAGAUCCAAAUGUGGAUUCAAGGGAGGGAGAAAACAAAGAACUAAAAAUUGAUUUAGAAGUAUUUGAAAUGCCUCCUCGCUUUAUAAUGCCUGUUUGUGAUUUUAAAAUUCCAGAAAAUUCAGAUGCUGUGUUCAAAUGUUCAAUCAUAGGCAUCCCUACUCCCGAAGUUAAGUGGUAUAAAGAAUAUAUGUGUAUUGAGCCAGAUAACAUUAAAUAUGUGAUUAGCGAGGAGAAGGGAAGUCACACUCUUAAAAUUAGAAAUGUCUGUCUUUCUGAUAGUGCAACAUACAGGUGCAGAGCUGUGAAUUGUGUAGGAGAGGCUAUCUGUCGUGGAUUCCUCACCUUGGGAGAUUCCGAAAUAUUUGCUAUGAUAGCAAAGAAAAGUAAAGUGACUUUAAGCAGUUUGACAGAAGAAUUGGUCUUAAAGAGCAACUACACAGACAGUUUUUUUGAAUUUCAGGUGGUGGAAGGGCCUCCCAGGUUUAUCAAAGGUAUUUCUGACUGUUACGCACCAAUAGGUACAGCGGCAUAUUUUCAGUGCUUAGUUCGUGGCUCUCCAAGACCCACGGUUUACUGGUACAAAGAUGGGAAAUUGGUCCAAGGAAGAAGGUUCAGUGUUGAGGAAAGUGGCGCAGGGUUCCACAACCUGUUUAUAACAAGCUUAGUAAAGAGUGAUGAAGGAGAGUACAGUUUCAAGUACAGUGAACUUGAGUAUAUGCAGAAUAACAGUGACCGAAUAAAGAAAAAGUUUGCUAGUUCUUUUCUGUCUGCCGAGGAAGAAGAACUUCAUAGCUCUGAACUUCAUUUAUCUAAUAUAAAUGAAACACUUGAACUUUUGUCUGAACCUCCAGUUUACUCAACUAAAUUUGAUUCCAAAAAGGAAGGCGCUGUCCCAGUUUUCAUCAAAGAAGUGUCAAGUGCUGAUACAAGCAUGGGGGAUGUGGCUACACUGUCUGUAACUGUCAUUGGCAUCCCCAAACCUAAAAUUCAGUGGUUCUUUAAUGGAGUGCCAUUAACCCCUUCUGCUGACUACAAAUUUGUUUUUGACGGUGAUGAUCAUAGCCUGAUCAUUCUGUUCACCACAUUGGAGGAUGAGGGAGAGUAUACAUGUAUGGCUAGUAAUGACUAUGGACAAGCAAUAUGUAGUGCCUAUCUAAAAAUAAAUUCCAAAGGAGAAGGUCACAAAGACACAGAAACAGAAUCAGCAGUGGCAAAAUCUCUGGAAAAGCUUGGAGGUCCUUGUCCUCCUCACUUCCUUAAGGAGUUAAAAGCAGUUCGCUGUGCUCAAGGACUUCCUGCCAUCUUUGAGUACACAGUAGUUGGAGAGCCUGCCCCUACUGUUGCAUGGUUCAAAGAAAACAAGCAGCUAUGCACCAGUGUUUAUUACACUAUCAUUCAUAACCCUGACGGCUCUGGGACUUUCAUUGUCAAUGACCCUCAAAGGGAAGACAGUGGCCUCUAUAUCUGUAAAGCAGAGAAUAUGCUGGGUGAGUCCACCUGUGCAGCAGAACUUCUUGUGCUUCUGGAAGACACAGACAUGACUGAUACCCCCUGCAAAGCAAAGUCCACACCGGAGGCUCCUGAGGAUUUUCCACAGACACCCUUAAAGGGUCCCGCAGUUGAAGCAGUUGACUCAGAGCAGGAAAUUGCAACGUUUGUAAAAGACACCAUUUUGCAAGCUUCUUUAAUUACAGAAGAAAACCAGCAACUAUCUUAUGAGCAUAUUGCUAAAGCCAAUGAAUUGAGCAGUCAGCUUCCUUUGGGAGCUCAGGAAUUGCAAUCCAUUUUGAAGCAAGACAAGUCCACUCCUGAAAGCACCAGGGAAUUUCUUUGCAUCAAUGGCAGUACUCACUUUCAGCCUCUCAAGGAACCCUCUCCCAACCUACAACUGCAGACUGUACAGUCCCAGAAAACCUUCUCCAAAGAAAGCAUUCUAAUGCUUGAAGAGCCUGAGACACAGGCGGUUCUAUCAGAGACUGAGAAAAUCUUCCCAAGUGCCAUGUUCAGAGAACAAAUUAAUUCAUUAACAGUUGAGCCUCUGAAAACUGUAUUAACUGAACCUGAAGGGAAUUAUCCACAGUCUUCAAUAGAACCUCCAGUGCAUUCCUAUCUAACCUCUGUGGCUGAGGAAGUGCUUUUACCAAAAGAAAAGACAGUGUCUGAUGCCAACAAAGACCAAAGAGUGACUCUUCAAAAGCAAGAGGCACAAAGUGCACUCAUCUUGAGUCAGAGCUUAGCAGAGGGACACGUGGAGAGUCUCCAGAGUCCUGAUGUCAUGAUCUCUCAGGUAAACUAUGAGCCCCUAGUCCCUUCAGAACACUCAUGCACAGAAGGAGCUGAAAUUUUGAUAGAAAGUGCAGAUCCACUGGAAAAUGCAGGGCAAGAUUCUGCGGUGAGAAUUGAGGAAGGCAAGUCCUUAAGAUUUCCGCUAGCACUUGAAGAAAAGCAGGUACUGCUCAAAGAAGAGCAUUCUGACAAUGUGGUGAUGCCCCCAGACCAAAUCAUUGAGUCUAAAAGAGAGCCUGUGGCGAUAAAGAAAGUGCAGGAGGUACAGGGAAGGGACAUUCUUUCUAAGGAAAGCUUGCUUUCUGGUAUUCCAGAAGAACAGCGAUUAAAUCUGAAAAUUCAAAUCCGCAGGGCUUUGCAAGCAGCUGUGGCCAGUGAGCAGCCAGGUCUUUUCUCUGAGUGGCUAAGAAAUAUUGAAAAGGUGGAGGUCAUGACCGUAAACAUCACCCAAGAGCCCAGACACAUCAUGUGCACGUACCUUGUUACUUCAGCAAAGUCUAUAACAGAAGAAGUAACCAUCAUUAUUGAAGAUGUUGAUCCUCAAAUCACUAACCUGAAAAUGGAACUUAAGGAUGUUUUGUGUGCUAUUAUAUAUGAGGAAAUAAGCAUCCUAACAGCUGAGGGUCCUAGAAUUCAGCAAGGAGCCAAAACAAGUUUGCAGGAAGAAAUGGAUUCUUUUUCAGGUUCACAGAAGGUUGAACCCAUUACUGAACCAGAAGUUGAAUCUAAAUAUCUUAUCUCAACUGAAGAGGUCAGGUAUUUUAACAUGCAAAGUCAGGUUAAAUAUUUGGAUGCCACAACUGUCACUAAUGGGGUUGCUUCAGCUGUUGUCUCUGAUGAGAAACAAGAUGAGAGUUUGAAACCACCAGAGGAAAAAGAGGAGUCCUCCUCUGAAAGUGGUACUGAGGAGGUUGGUACAGUAAAGAUACAGGAACCUGAGGGUGGCUUAAUCAAAGAGGAUGGCCCCGUGAUACAUACACCCUUAAUGGACACUGUUUCUGAGGAAGGUGACAUUGUACACCUCACAACAUCCAUAACAAAUGCUAAAGAGGUGAAUUGGUAUUUUGAGAAUAAACUGGUGCCUUCAGAUGAAAAGUUCAAGUGUUUACAAGAUCAAAAUACGUAUACGCUAGUCAUCGACAAGGUAAAUACCGAAGAUCAUCAAGGAGAGUAUGUCUGUGAGGCCUUGAAUGACAACGGAAAAACAGCAACUUCAGCCAAACUCACUGUAGUAAAAAGAGCUGCCCCAGUGAUCAGGAGGAGAAUCGAACCCCUGGAAGUAGCACUGGGCCACCUAGCCAAAUUCACCUGUGAGAUCCAAAGUGCUCCGAAUGUCCGGUUCCAGUGGUUUAAAGCUGGCCGAGAAAUUUAUGAGAGUGACAAGUGUUCUAUUCGAUCUUCAAAAUAUGUCUCCAGCCUUGAAAUCCUAAGAACCCAGGUGGUUGACUGCGGCGAGUAUACAUGCAAAGCUUCCAAUGAGUAUGGCAGUGUCAGCUGUACAGCCACACUAACUGUGACAGAGGCAUAUCCACCAACCUUUCUCUCCAGACCUAAGUCCCUUACGACUUUUGUGGGUAAGGCAGCCAAGUUCCUCUGCACAGUGACAGGGACUCCUGUGAUAGAAACCAUUUGGCAGAAAGAUGGUGCUGCACUCUCACCUUCACCGAACCGGAAGAUUUCCGACGCAGAAAACAAACACAUUUUAGAACUCUCAAACCUUACCAUUCAAGAUAGAGGAGUUUAUUCUUGUAAGGCUUCUAACAAAUUUGGAGCAGACAUCUGCCAAGCAGAGUUGGUCAUCAUUGAUAAGCCACGUUUCAUUAAAGAAUUAGAGCCUGUGCAAUCUGCUAUCAAUAAGAAGGUCCACCUUGAGUGCCAAGUAGAUGAAGACAGAAAAGUCACAGUUACGUGGAACAAAGAUGGGCAAAAACUCCCCCCAGGGAAAGAUUAUAAGAUCUGUUUUGAAGAUAAAAUAGCAACACUUGAGAUUCCUCUGGCCAAACUGAGAGAUUCAGGAACCUAUGUCUGUAUAGCUUCAAAUGAGGCUGGAAGCAGCUCCUGUUCAGCCACAGUCACUGUCAGAGAACCACCAUCCUUCGUGAAGAAGGUGGAUCCCUCUUAUUUAAUGCUGCCAGGUGAAUCAGCACGCCUCCAUUGCAAGCUGAAAGGCUCACCUGUGAUCCAGGUUACUUGGUUUAAAAAUAACAAAGAACUCAGUGAAAGUAACACAGUCCGAAUGUAUUUUGUCAAUUCUGAGGCCAUACUUGAUAUUACGGAUGUAAAAGUUGAAGACAGUGGAAGUUACUCAUGUGAAGCCGUGAAUGACGUUGGCAGUGACAGCUGCAGUACUGAAAUAGUUAUCAAAGAACCUCCUUCUUUCAUCAAAACUCUUGAGCCUGCGGACAUAGUGAGAGGAACAAAUGCUCUACUUCAGUGUGAAAUCUCAGGCACUGGACCAUUUGAAAUUAGCUGGUUCAAAGAUAAGAAACAAAUUCGAAGUAGUAAAAAAUACAGAUUGUUUUCUCAGAAGUCUCUUGUGUGUCUGGAGAUCUUUUCUUUUAAUAGUGCAGAUGUUGGUGACUAUGAAUGUGUUGUUGCUAAUGAAGUUGGCAAGUGUGGCUGCAGGGCAACACACUUACUCAAAGAACCUCCAACCUUUGUAAAGAAAGUAGAUGAUUUUAUUGCACUAGCAGGACAAACUGUUACCCUGCAAGCUGCUGUGAGAGGGUCAGAACCCAUUUCUGUCACAUGGAUGAAAGGACAAGAGGUCAUUAGAGAAGACGGAAAAAUCAAAAUGAGCUUUUCCAGUGGUGUUGCAGUCUUGAUAAUCCCUGAUGUUCAGAUUAGUUUUGGAGGAAAAUACACGUGCCUGGCUGAAAAUGAAGCUGGAAGCCAAACAUCUGUUGGGGAAUUAAUAGUUAAAGAACCUGCCAAAAUCAUUGAGCGAGCAGAACUGAUCCAGGUGACAGCAGGAGAUCCCGCCACACUGGAGUACACAGUGGCAGGCACGCCAGAACUGAAGCCCAAAUGGUACAAAGAUGGGAGACCCUUGGUCGCCAGUAAAAAAUACCGAAUAAGUUUUAAAAACAAUGUUGCUCAGCUCAAAUUUUAUUCAGCUGAGCUGCACGAUAGUGGCCAAUACACAUUUGAGAUUUCCAAUGAAGUGGGCAGCAGCUCCUGUGAGACCACAUUCACUGUAUUAGAUCGAGACAUUGCUCCAUUUUUUACCAAACCCUUGCGCAACGUGGAUAGUGUUGUUAAUGGUACCUGCAGACUGGACUGCAAAAUUGCAGGCUCCCUUCCCAUGAGGGUGUCCUGGUUUAAGGAUGGCAAAGAAAUAACUUCUUCUGACAGAUACAGGAUAGCAUUUGUGGAAGGCACAGCCUCUUUGGAGAUCAUCAGAGUAGACAUGAACGACGCAGGCAAUUUCACUUGUCGAGCCACAAAUUCCGUGGGAAGCAAAGACAGCAGUGGAGCCCUGAUUGUGCAAGAACCACCCAGUUUUGUAAUUAAACCCAGCUCAAAGGAUGUUCUGCCUGGCUCAGCAGUCUGCCUGAAGAGCACUUUCCAAGGAUCUACUCCUCUCACAAUCAGAUGGUUUAAGGGCAACAAAGAGCUGGUUUCUGGUGGAAGCUGCUAUAUCACCAAAGAAGCUUUAGAGAGUUCCCUGGAACUUUAUGCAGUAAAAACCUCUGAUUCAGGCACAUACACAUGUAAAGUCAGCAAUGUCGCUGGAGGCGUGGAAUGCAGUGCAAACUUGUUUGUAAAAGAACCUGCCACAUUUGUUGAAAAGUUAGAGCCAUCACAGCUGUUAAAGAAGGGAGAUGCCACCCAGCUAGCCUGCAAAGUAACUGGUACCCCUCCAAUUAAAAUAACAUGGUUUGCAAAUGAUAGAGAAAUUAAGGAGAGCAGCAAACACAGAAUGUCUUUUGUGGAGUCUGCUGCAGUUCUAAAACUGACAGAUGUUGGCAUCGAAGACAGUGGUGAAUAUAUGUGUGAGGCCCAGAAUGAGGCUGGCAGUGACCACUGCAGUAGCAUUAUAAUAGUCAAAGAGUCACCUUACUUUACCAAGGAAUUUAAACCAAUUGAAGUCUUAAAGGAGUACGAUGUCAUGUUGCUGGCUGAGGUGGCAGGCACUCCUCCUUUUGAGAUCACUUGGUUCAAAGACAACACAACCCUGCGAAGUGGUAGAAAGUUUAAGACCUUCAUUCAGGAUCAUCUGGUUAGCCUGCAGAUCCUCAAGUUUGUAGCUGCAGAUGCUGGUGAAUACCAGUGUCGGGUGACCAAUGAGGUGGGCAGCAGCAUCUGCAGUGCCAGGGUGACUUUAAGAGAACCCCCAUCCUUCAUAAAGAAGAUUGAGAGUACCAGCUCCCUCCGAGGAGGUACAGCUGCCUUCCAGGCCACGCUGAAGGGCUCCUUGCCAAUUACGGUGACUUGGCUAAAAGACAACGAUGAAAUCACUGAAGAUGAUAAUAUAAGAAUGACCUUUGAGAACAAUGUGGCCAGUUUGUACCUCAGUGGCGUUGAAGUCAAGCAUGAUGGGAAAUAUGUCUGUCAGGCCAAAAAUGAUGCAGGAAUACAAAGAUGUUCUGCAUUACUCUCAGUAAAAGAACCUGCAACAAUCACCGAGGAAGCUGUGUCUAUAGAUGUCACCCAUGGAGACCCAGCCACUUUGCAGGUUAAAUUUUCAGGGACUAAGGAGAUUACAGCCAAAUGGUUUAAAGAUGGCCAAGAACUGACCCUGGGCUCAAAAUAUAAAAUCAGUGUUACUGAUACAGUCUCAAUACUGAAGAUUAUUUCUACAGAAAAGAAAGAUAGUGGAGAAUAUACUUUCGAGGUCCAAAAUGAUGUUGGGAGAAGCAGCUGCAAGGCUAGAAUUAAUGUAUUAGAUCUUAUCAUACCUCCUUCAUUCACCAAAAAGCUGAAGAAAAUGGACAGCAUUAAAGGCUCUUUCAUUGACUUGGAAUGUAUAGUGGCUGGGUCACAUCCCAUAAGCAUCCAGUGGUUCAAAGAUGACCAAGAAAUAUCAGCUAGUGAAAAGUACAAAUUCUCUUUUCAUGACAAUACUGCCUUCUUGGAAAUCAGUCAACUGGAAGGUACAGACAGCGGGACAUACACUUGUUCUGCCACCAAUAAGGCAGGGCACAACCAGUGCAGUGGGCAUCUGACAGUCAAAGAACCCCCUUAUUUUGUGGAAAAGCCACAGUCACAAGAUGUCAAUCCCAACACAAGGGUUCAGUUAAAGGCUCUUGUGGGUGGCACUGCACCCAUGACAAUAAAGUGGUUUAAAGAUAACAAAGAGCUACACUCAGGAGCAGCCCGCUCGGUUUGGAAGGACGACACCUCUACCAUUCUAGAGCUCUUUGCAGCCAAAGCUACCGAUUCCGGAACCUACAUUUGCCAACUAAGCAAUGAUGUUGGCACAGCAACCAGUAAAGUCACUCUCUUUGUAAAAGAACCUCCUCAAUUCAUUAAGAAGCCCAGUCCAGUCUUAGUGCUGAGGAAUGGACAGUCAACAACAUUUGAAUGCCAAAUAACAGGCACUCCUGAAAUCCGAGUGUCUUGGUAUCUAGACGGGAAUGAAAUAACAGCCAUUCAGAAGCAUGGCAUUUCCUUCAUUGAUGGUUUAGCCACUUUCCAGAUUUCUAGUGCCAGGGUAGAAAAUAGUGGGACUUAUGUCUGUGAAGCUCAAAAUGAUGCGGGCACGGCGAGCUGCAGCAUUGAACUCAAAGUGAAAGAACCCCCCACCUUUAUCAGAGAGCUGAAGCCUGUGGAGGUAGUAAAAGAUAGUGACGUGGAGCUGGAAUGUGAAGUUACAGGAACACCUCCGUUUGAAGUCACUUGGCUGAAGAAUAACAGGGAAAUUCGAAGCAGCAAAAAAUACAUAUUGACCGACAGAGUGUCUGUGUUUAACCUCCAUAUAACCAAGUGUGACCCUUCAGACACUGGGGAAUACCAGUGCAUUGUAUCCAAUGAAGGUGGCAGCUGCUCUUGCAGUGCUAGAGUUGCCCUGAAAGAACCACCAUCGUUUAUUAAGAAGAUAGAAAAUACCACUACUGUUUUGAAAACUUCUGCCACCUUUCAGAGUAUCGUGGCAGGUUCUCCUCCUAUUUCUAUAACCUGGCUAAAGGAUGAUCAGAUUCUUGAUGAAGAUGAUAACAUCUAUAUUUCAUUUGUGGACAAUGUGGCCACACUUCAAAUCAGAAGUGUGGAUAAUGGACACAGUGGGAGAUAUACGUGUCAAGCCAAGAAUGAGUCAGGAGUUGAGAGGUGUUAUGCUUUCCUUUUAGUACAAGAACCAGCUCAAAUCAUAGAGAAAGCUAAAUCAGUUGAUGUUACGGAGAAAGAUCCCGUGACUUUGGAAUGUGUUGUGGCUGGAACACCAGAACUCAAAGUGAAAUGGCUUAAAGAUGGGAAACAAAUAGUUCCCAGUAGAUACUUUUCAAUGAGUUUUGAAAACAACGUGGCCAGUUUUAGGAUUCAGUCAGUAAUGACACAGGACAGUGGUCAGUAUACUUUCAAGGUGGAAAAUGACUUUGGAAGCAGUAGCUGUGAUGCCUACCUAAGAGUGCUAGAUCAAAAUAUUCCUCCAUCAUUCACCAAAAAAUUAACCAAAAUGGAUAAAGUUCUGGGCUCUUCUAUUCAUAUGGAGUGCAAGGUUUCUGGUUCACUUCCCAUUAGUGCUCAGUGGUUUAAGGAUGGAAAAGAAAUAUCCACAAGUGCAAAAUACAGACUUGUAUGCCAUGAGAGAUCUGUGUCUCUGGAAGUUAAUAAUCUGGAAUUAGAAGAUACUGCAAAUUACACAUGCAAAGUGUCAAAUGUAGCAGGAGAUGAUGCAUGCAGUGGCAUCUUAACUGUGAAAGAACCACCAAGCUUCCUAGUGAAACCUGAGCGACAACAAGCCAUACCUGAUUCUACAGUGGAAUUCAAGGCAGUACUAAAAGGAACACCACCAUUUAAAAUAAAAUGGUUUAAGGAUGAUGUGGAACUUGUCUCAGGUCCUAAAUGUUUCAUUGGCUUGGAAGGGUCGACUAGCUUCUUAAAUCUCUACUCAGUGGAUGCUUCUAAGACUGGACAGUAUACUUGCCACGUUACCAAUGAUGUUGGUAGCGACUCUUGUACUACAAUGUUACUUGUGACAGGUGUUAGCCCAAUUCAUGAGAAAUUCUUGUUUUUUACAGAGCCACCUGUUUUUAGCAGCUUCCCUCCAGUAGUAGAAACCCUUAAAAAUGCUGAAGUCAGUCUUGAAUGUGAACUUUCGGGAACACCACCGUUUGAGGUGGUGUGGUACAAAGAUAAGCGGCAACUCAGAAGCAGCAAGAAAUACAAAAUUGCAUCCAAAAACUUCCACACAAGUAUUCACAUUCUCAAUGUGGACACUUCAGACAUCGGUGAAUACCACUGCAAAGCACAGAAUGAAGUGGGAAGUGAUACUUGCGUUUGUACUGUAAAAUUGAAAGAACCACCAAGAUUUGUCUCCAAACUGAACAGCCUCACCGUGGUAGCUGGACAGCCUGCUGAAUUACAAGCAUCCAUAGAAGGCGCCCAGCCUAUUUUUGUCCAGUGGCUUAAAGAGAAGGAAGAAGUGAUUAGAGAAAGUGAAAACAUCAGGAUUACAUUUGUGGAAAAUGUUGCAACUCUGCAGUUUGCGAAAGCAGAGCCAGCUAAUGCUGGAAAGUAUAUCUGCCAAAUCAAGAAUGAUGGUGGAAUGAGGGAGAACAUGGCCACACUGACCGUCUUAGAGCCCGCAGUCAUUGUUGAGAAGGCAGGACCGAUGACAGUGACUGUAGGAGAAACGUGCACUCUGGAGUGUAAGGUAGCUGGCACUCCAGAACUCUCUGUUGAAUGGUACAAGGAUGGAAAGCUGUUGACCAGCAGCCAAAAACACAAAUUUAGCUUCUACAACAAAAUCUCUUCCUUGAAGAUUCUCUCAGUUGAAAGGCAAGAUGCAGGCACAUACACUUUCCAGGUUCAAAAUAAUGUUGGGAAAAGCAGCUGCACAGCUGUAGUUGAUGUUUCAGACCGAACAGUUCCUCCCUCUUUCACACGAAGACUGAAAAAUACUGGUGGGGUGUUAGGUGCCUCUUGCAUCUUGGAAUGCAAAGUAGCUGGAUCAUCACCUAUCUCAGUUGCCUGGUUUCAUGAAAAAACUAAGAUUGUCAGUGGAGCAAAGUACCAGACCACAUUUUCAGAUAAUGUCUGCACAUUGCAGUUGAAUUCUCUGGAUUCAUCAGAUAUGGGCCAUUACACAUGUGUGGCUGCUAAUGUCGCUGGGUCUGAUGAAUGUCGCGCAGUGCUAACUGUACAAGAACCACCCUCUUUUGUGAAAGAACCUGAACCUUUGGAAGUACUACCAGGGAAAAAUGUAACCUUCACAAGUGUUAUUAGAGGAACCCCUCCAUUCAAAGUCGGCUGGUUCAGAGGUGCCAGAGAACUAGUGAAAGGAGACCAGUGCAACAUCUAUUUUGAAGACACUGUGGCAGAACUGGAAUUAUUUAAUGUUGACAUAUCUCACAGUGGGGAAUACACCUGUGUGGUUUCUAACAACGCUGGCCAAGCAUCUUGCACUACCCGUCUCUUUGUAAAAGAACCAGCUGCAUUUGUGAAGAGAUUAAGUGAUCAUUCUGUAGAACCAGGGAAGUCCAUAAUUCUGGAGAGCACCUACACUGGAACACUUCCAAUUUCUGUCACUUGGAAAAAGGAUGGUUUUAACAUAACUACCUCUGAAAAAUGUAACAUAGUCACAACAGAGAAAACUUGUAUCCUGGAAAUUCUGAAUAGCACAAAAAGAGAUGCAGGACAGUAUUCCUGCGAGAUUGAAAAUGAGGCAGGAAGGGAUGUUUGUGGAGCUCUGGUAUCUACAUUAGAACCGCCUUAUUUUGUCACGGAACUGGAACCUCUGGAGGCAUCAGUUGGAGAUUCGGUUUCUUUACAAUGCCAAGUUGCUGGGACACCAGAAAUUACAGUGUCUUGGUACAAAGGAGACACCAAAUUACGGCCAACUCCUGAAUACAGGACCUACUUUACAAACAAUGUGGCCACGCUUGUUUUUAAUAAGGUGAACCUCAGUGACAGCGGAGAGUACACAUGCAAAGCAGAAAAUAGUAUAGGAACUGCUUCUUCUAAGACUGUGUUCAGAAUUCAAGAGCGCCAACUCCCACCUUCCUUUGCAAGACAAUUAAAGGACAUUGAACAAACUGUGGGGUUACCUGUUACACUCACUUGUCGAUUAAAUGGCUCUGCACCCAUCCAAGUGUGCUGGUAUAGAGACGGAGUACUUUUAAGAGAUGAUGAAAAUCUACAGACAUCGUUUGUAGAUAAUGUGGCAACUUUAAAAAUUUUGCAAACUGACUUGAGUCACUCUGGCCAGUACUCUUGCUCAGCUUCCAACCCACUCGGAACAGCAUCUUCUAGUGCUAGACUCACAGCAAGAGAACCCAAGAAAUCUCCCUUCUUUGACAUCAAGCCUGUAUCUAUAGAUGUUAUUGCUGGAGAAAGUGCUGAUUUUGAGUGUCAUGUUACUGGUGCUCAACCAAUGCGAAUCACUUGGUCAAAAGAUAACAAGGAGAUCCGUCCUGGAGGAAACUAUACAAUCACAUGUGUGGGAAACACUCCUCAUUUGAGAAUUCUUAAAGUAGGCAAGGGAGACUCUGGUCAAUAUACUUGCCAAGCAACCAAUGAUGUUGGCAAAGACAUGUGCUCAGCUCAGCUCAGUGUAAAAGAACCUCCAAAGUUUGUUAAGAAAUUAGAAGCUUCAAAAGUUGCAAAGCAGGGGGAAUCCAUUCAACUGGAAUGUAAAAUAAGUGGUUCCCCAGAAAUCAAAGUUUCGUGGUUCCGAAAUGACAGUGAACUUCAUGAAAGUUGGAAAUACAACAUGUCAUUCAUUAAUUCUGUGGCAUUGCUUACCAUCAAUGAAGCUAGUGCUGAGGACAGCGGGGACUACAUUUGUGAGGCUCAUAAUGGUGUUGGUGACGCCAGCUGCAGCACAGCGUUGACAGUGAAAGCACCUCCUAUUUUCACCCAGAAGCCUUCUCCAGUAGGAGCUCUUAAAGGUUCUGAUGUGAUUCUACAAUGUGAAAUUUCGGGAACUCCCCCAUUUGAAGUAGUAUGGGUUAAAGAUCGAAAGCAAGUUAGAAGCAGCAAGAAAUUUAAAAUCACUUCGAAAAAUUUUGAUACAAGUCUUCAUAUCCUUAACCUUGAAGCCUCCGAUGUUGGGGAAUAUCACUGCAAAGCUACUAACGAGGUGGGAAGUGACACGUGUUCUUGCUCUGUCAAGUUCAAAGAACCUCCACGAUUCGUGAAAAAGCUAAGUGACACCUCAACACUUAUUGGGGAUGCUGUUGAGUUACGGGCCAUAGUGGAGGGCUUCCAGCCAAUUUCUGUUGUCUGGCUGAAAGAUAAAGGUGAAGUCAUCAGAGAAAGUGAGAACACCAGGAUUUCAUUCAUUGAUAACAUUGCAACCCUCCAGCUGGGGAGUCCAGAAGCAUCGAAUUCUGGAAAAUAUAUAUGCCAAAUCAAAAACGAUGCUGGAAUGAGAGAAUGCUCUGCAGUCUUGACUGUACUAGAACCAGCCAGAAUCAUAGAGAAGCCAGAACCCAUGACUGUCACUACUGGAAAUCCUUUUGCAUUAGAAUGUGUAGUGACUGGAACACCCGAACUCUCAGCCAAGUGGUUCAAAGAUGGAAGAGAAUUGUCUGCAGACAGCAAACAUCACAUUACAUUCAUCAAUAAAGUAGCUUCCCUCAAAAUCCCCUCUGCAGAAAUGAGUGACAAAGGGUUAUAUAGCUUUGAAGUGAAAAACAGUGUUGGCAAAAGUAACUGCACUGUAUCCGUCCAUGUUUCUGAUCGGAUUGUGCCUCCUUCCUUCAUCCGCAAGCUGAAAGACGUGAAUGCCAUCCUGGGGGCCUCAAUUGUUUUGGAGUGCCGAGUCUCUGGUUCGGCCCCAAUUUCAGUUGGCUGGUUUCAGGACGGAAAUGAGAUUGUUAGUGGGCCCAAAUGUCAGUCCAGCUUUUCAGAAAACGUCUGUACUUUGAAUCUGAGCUUGUUGGAGCCCUCCGACACAGGCAUAUACACGUGUGUGGCUGCCAACGUAGCUGGUUCCGACGAGUGCUCAGCAGUCCUGACUGUGCAAGAACCACCAUCUUUUGAACAAACCCCCGAUUCUGUGGAAGUUUUGCCUGGAAUGAGCCUCACGUUCACCAGUGUCAUCAGAGGCACCCCUCCUUUCAAGGUCAAGUGGUUUAAAGGCAGCAGGGAACUGGUGCCUGGGGAGUCAUGCAACAUCUCCCUGGAAGAUUUUGUCACAGAACUGGAGUUGUUUGAGGUGCAACCAUUGCAAAGUGGAGACUAUUCUUGCCUCGUUACUAAUGAUGCUGGCAGUGCUUCCUGUACCACACAUCUUUUUGUGAAAGAACCAGCCACCUUUGUGAAAAGACUGGCUGAUUUCAGUGUUGAGACAGGAAGCCCCAUAGUUCUCGAGGCCACAUACACUGGCACACCUCCAAUCUCAGUGAGCUGGAUAAAGGACGAGUAUCUUCUUUCACAAUCUGAGAGAUGCAGUAUUACUAUGACAGAAAAAUCUACCAUACUGGAAAUUCUUGAGAGCACAAUAGAGGAUUAUGCACAGUACAGCUGCCUGAUAGAAAAUGAGGCCGGUCAAGAUAUCUGUGAAGCUCUGGUGUCUGUCUUAGAACCACCAUACUUCAUCGAACCUCUGGAACAUGUGGAAGCAGCCAUUGGAGAACCUGCAACUUUACGGUGUAAAGUGGAUGGAACUCCAGAAAUUAGAAUUUCUUGGUAUAAAGAACACACAAAGCUACGAUCAGCUCCUGCAUAUAAAAUGCAAUUCAAAAAUAACAUUGCUUCCUUAGUAAUCAACAAAGUGGAUCACAGUGAUGUGGGAGAGUAUUCGUGCAAGGCAGAGAACAGUGUGGGGGCAGUCGCUUCUUCAGCUGUGCUUGUUAUCAAAGAGCGCAAACUUCCACCUUCCUUUGCAAGAAAACUGAAAGACGUUCAUGAGACUCUAGGCUUCCCAGUUGCAUUUGAAUGCCGCAUCAAUGGCUCAGAACCUCUUCAAGUGUCUUGGUACAAGGAUGGGGUUCUUUUGAAAGAUGAUGCUAAUUUGCAGACAUCUUUUGUUCAUAAUGUAGCAACUCUUCAGAUUUUACAAACUGACCAGAGCCACGUAGGGCAGUAUAAUUGCUCUGCUUCUAAUCCUCUUGGGACUGCUUCAUCCAGUGCCAAGCUCAUUCUCUCAGAGCAUGAAGUGCCUCCUUUCUUUGAUCUAAAACCUGUAUCAGUAGAUCUUGCUCUUGGAGAAAGUGGUACUUUUAAAUGUCAUGUAACUGGGACUGCACCAAUCAAAAUCACUUGGGCCAAAGAUAACCGAGAGAUACGCCCUGGAGGCAACUACAAGAUGACUUUGGUAGAAAAUACUGCCACUCUGACAGUUCUCAAAGUAGGCAAAGGCGAUGCCGGGCAGUACACCUGCUAUGCAAGCAACGUCGCUGGAAAAGACUCUUGUUCUGCUCAGCUGGGUGUACAAGAACCACCCAGGUUCAUUAAGAAGCUAGAACCUUCAAGAAUUGUGAAACAGGAUGAAUUUACAAGAUAUGAAUGCAAAAUUGGCGGGUCUCCAGAAAUCAAAGUUUUAUGGUACAAGGACGAGACUGAAAUUCAAGAGAGCAGUAAAUUCAGAAUGUCAUUCGUUGACUCCGUGGCUGUGCUGGAAAUGCACAAUCUCAGUGUUGAAGACAGUGGAGACUACACCUGUGAGGCCCACAAUGCAGCCGGCAGUGCCAGCAGCAGCACGUCCUUAAAAGUUAAAGAACCACCCAUUUUCCGCAAAAAGCCUCAUCCUGUCGAGACACUGAAAGGAGCUGAUGUUCACCUUGAAUGUGAGCUUCAGGGCACACCCCCAUUUCAUGUUUCUUGGCAUAAAGACAAGAGAGAACUUAGGAGCGGCAAGAAGUACAAGAUAAUGUCUGAGAACUUCCUUACCAGUAUCCACAUCCUGAAUGUUGAUGCUGCAGACAUUGGGGAAUAUCAGUGUAAAGCCACAAACGAUGUGGGGAGUGACACUUGCGUUGGUUCCAUCACUCUCAAAGCACCACCAAGCUUUGUGAAGAAGCUCAGUGACAUUUCUACUGUCGUUGGUGAAGAAGUUCAGCUGCAGACUAUCAUUGAAGGCGCUGAGCCCAUUUCAGUGGUGUGGUUCAAAGAUAAGGGGGAAGUCGUUAGAGAAAGUGACAACAUAUGGAUUUCUUAUUCAGAAAACAUUGCAACCUUACAAUUUUCAAGAGUGGAACCAGCCAGUGCUGGAAAAUACACUUGUCAGAUCAAAAAUGAUGCUGGGAUGCAAGAGUGCUUCGCCAUGCUAUCCAUUCUCGAGCCUGCAACAAUUGUAGAAAAGCCAGAAUCCAUAAAAGUUACCACAGGAGACACCUGUACCUUGGAGUGUACAGUAACUGGCACCCCUGAACUCAGUACUAAGUGGUUUAAGGAUGGAAAAGAACUAACAAGUGACAACAAAUACAAAAUAAGCUUCUUCAACAAAGUAUCUGGCCUUAAGAUCAUCAAGGUGGCACCGAGUGACAGUGGGGUAUACAGUUUUGAGGUGCAGAACCCUGUUGGUAAAGACAGCUGCACAGCUUCAGUGCAGGUUUCAGAUCGAACCGUUCCUCCUUCAUUCACAAGAAAAUUGAAAGAGACAAAUGGUCUAUCCGGUUCCUCAGUUGUAAUGGAGUGUAAAGUCUAUGGGUCACCUCCAAUCUCUGUCUCCUGGUUCCAUGAAGGAAAUGAGAUCAGCAGUGGAAGGAAAUACCAGACCACCCUGACAGAUAAUACUUGUGCUUUAACUGUGAACAUGCUGGAAGAAUCAGACAGUGGUGACUACACAUGUAUAGCUACUAAUAUGGCUGGUUCUGAUGAAUGUAGUGCUCCUUUGACUGUGAGAGAACCACCAUCUUUUGUUCAGAAACCUGAACCCAUGGAUGUUUUAACUGGGACCAAUGUAACUUUCACCAGUAUCGUAAAAGGAACACCUCCUUUCAGUGUUAGCUGGUUCAAGGGUAGCAGUGAAGUAGUACCAGGGGACAGAUGCAACGUGUCCUUGGAGGAUUCAGUUGCUGAACUGGAGUUGUUCGAUGUAGAUACAUCACAAAGUGGAGAAUAUACUUGCAUAGUUAGCAAUGAAGCUGGCAAGGCUUCUUGUACAACACAUCUCUACAUAAAAGCCCCAGCCAAAUUUGUGAAGAGGCUGAAUGAUUACAGCAUAGAGAAAGGAAAACCCCUGAUCCUAGAGGGUACAUUCACUGGAACUCCUCCCAUUUUGGUUGUCUGGAAGAAAAAUGGCAUAAAUGUAACUCCUUCUCAGAGGUGUAAUAUAACUACGACUGAAAAAUCGGCAAUCCUGGAAAUUCCAAGUAGCACAGUAGAGGAUGCAGGACAAUACAACUGCUACAUUGAAAAUGCUUCUGGAAAAGAUUCCUGUUCAGCACAAAUACUCAUACUAGAACCACCGUAUUUUGUCAAGCAGCUGGAGCCGGUUAAAGUGUCUGUUGGAGAUUCUGCCUCUCUACAAUGCCAGCUUGCUGGAACCCCUGAAAUUGGGGUAUCCUGGUAUAAAGGAGAUACAAAAUUGAGACCCACUACGACCUACAAAAUGCAUUUUAGGAAUAAUGUUGCUACACUGGUUUUCAACCAGGUUGAUAUUAAUGAUAGUGGAGAAUAUAUCUGCAAAGCUGAAAACAGCGUGGGAGAAGUUUCUGCAUCAACUUUCCUUACCGUUCAAGAACAAAAACUUCCACCAUCAUUUUCUCGACAAUUGAGAGAUGUUCAAGAAACAGUUGGACUGCCAGUUGUUUUUGAUUGUGCCAUAAGUGGAUCAGAACCUAUCUCUGUGUCUUGGUAUAAAGAUGGCAAGCCAUUGAAAGACAGCCCAAAUGUACAAACAUCAUUUUUAGACAAUACAGCCACACUCAAUAUUUUUAAAACUGACCGGAGCCUUGCAGGCCAGUAUUCUUGCACAGCUACAAACCCUAUAGGCUCUGCUUCUUCUAGUGCCCGGCUCAUUCUUACAGAGGGGAAGAACCCACCAUUCUUUGAUAUCCGUCUUGCCCCUGUGGAUGCUGUGGUGGGAGAAAGUGCUGACUUUGAGUGCCACGUCACAGGCACACAACCGAUAAAGGUCAGCUGGGCCAAAGACAACAGAGAGAUACGAAGUGGUGGAAACUACCAGAUUAGUUAUCUGGAAAACAGCGCCCACCUGACAGUCCUCAAAGUAGACAAAGGAGAUUCUGGACAAUAUACCUGCUAUGCUGUGAAUGAAGUGGGAAAAGACUCGUGCACAGCUCAGCUGAAUAUAAAAGAGCGGCUCAUCCCACCAAGUUUCACUAAAAAACUCUCAGAGACAGUAGAAGAAACAGAAGGGAAUUCUUUUAAACUUGAGGGACGUGUGGCUGGUUCCCAACCUAUAACUGUUGCCUGGUACAAAAAUAAUAUAGAGAUACAACCAACUUCUAACUGUGAAAUAACAUUCAAGAACAACACGUUAGUGCUGCAAGUCAGGAAAGCAGGCAUGAACGACGCGGGUUUGUACACAUGCAAAGUGUCCAAUGAUGCAGGCUCUGCUCUGUGCACAUCUUCAAUUGUCAUCAAAGAACCUAAGAAGCCACCUGUAUUUGAUCAGCACCUUACUCCAGUAACAGUGAGUGAAGGAGAAUACGUGCAGCUCAGCUGCCAUGUCCAGGGAUCUGAGCCAAUUAGGAUCCAGUGGUUGAAGGCUGGCAGGGAAAUAAAGCCUUCAGACAGAUGCAGCUUCAGCUUUGCUAGUGGGACAGCUGUACUGGAACUCAGAGAUGUGGCUAAAGCAGAUUCGGGAGAUUAUGUGUGUAAAGCUUCAAAUGUGGCUGGAAGUGACACUACCAAAUCAAAAGUGACCAUUAAAGACAAACCAGCUGUGGCCCCAGCAGCCAAGAAAGCUGCAGUAGAUGGAAGACUCUUUUUUGUGUCAGAACCUCAGAGUAUCAGAGUCGUAGAAAAAACCACUGCAACCUUCAUUGCAAAAGUUGGAGGUGACCCAAUCCCAAAUGUUAAAUGGACAAAAGGGAAGUGGAGACAGCUGAACCAAGGAGGUCGUGUUUUCAUCCACCAAAAAGGCGAUGAAGCAAAACUGGAGAUUAGAGACACCACAAAAACUGAUUCUGGGUUAUACCGAUGCGUGGCAUUUAACAAACAUGGUGAAAUUGAAAGUAACGUUAACUUACAGGUGGAUGAAAGGAAGAAACAAGAGAAAAUUGAAGGCGAUCUUAGAGCAAUGCUGAAAAAGACUCCAAUCUUAAAGAAAGCUGGGGAAGAAGAGGAAAUUGAUAUCAUGGAACUUCUCAAAAAUGUUGAUCCUAAAGAAUAUGAAAAAUAUGCCCGCAUGUAUGGAAUCACUGACUUCCGAGGUCUUCUUCAAGCAUUUGAACUGCUCAAGCAAAGCCAAGAAGAAGAGACACAUAGACUGGAAAUUGAAGAAAUAGAGAGGUCAGAGAAGGACGAAAAGGAAUUUGAGGAACUUGUAUCAUUUAUUCAGCAAAGACUGUCACAGACAGAGCCUGUCACUCUGAUCAAAGACAUCGAAAAUCAGACAGUUUUGAAAGAUAAUGAUGCUGUCUUUGAAAUUGACAUUAAAAUUAAUUAUCCAGAAAUCAAGCUUUCAUGGUACAAAGGAACUCAAAAACUGGAACCCAGUGAUAAAUUUGAAAUAAGCAUCGAUGGUGACCGACAUACACUCAGAGUCAAAAACUGUCAACUUAAAGACCAGGGCAAUUAUCGAUUGGUUUGUGGUCCACACAUCGCUAGCGCUAAACUAACUGUAAUUGAGCCUGCGUGGGAACGGCAUCUUCAGGAUGUGACUCUGAAAGAAGGCCAGACUUGCACCAUGACAUGCCAGUUUUCUGUACCAAAUGUAAAAUCUGAAUGGUUCAGAAAUGGCAGAAUCCUUAAACCCCAAGGUAGACAUAAAACAGAAGUGGAACACAAAGUCCACAAAUUGACCAUUGCAGAUGUUCGAGCAGAAGACCAGGGUCAGUACACCUGCAAAUAUGAAGACCUUGAAACUUCAGCAGAACUGAGAAUCGAAGCUGAACCAAUUCAGUUUACAAAGCGUAUACAGAACAUUGUGGUGAGUGAGCAUCAGUCUGCCACCUUCGAGUGUGAAGUGUCCUUUGAUGACGCCAUUGUAACAUGGUACAAAGGACCAACAGAACUGACAGAGAGCCAGAAGUACAACUUCAGGAAUGACGGUCGCUGCCAUUAUAUGACCAUCCACAACGUGACCCCAGAUGAUGAAGGUGUCUACUCGGUCAUCGCUCGGCUGGAGCCAAGAGGUGAAGCAAGAAGCACGGCAGAGUUAUACCUAACGACGAAAGAAAUCAAACUUGAGCUAAAGCCUCCUGAUAUUCCUGACUCCAGAGUUCCAAUCCCAACCAUGCCUAUUAGAGCAGUACCACCAGAAGAAAUCCCUCCUGUGGUUGCUCCUCCUAUCCCCCUUUUGCUACCAACACCCGAAGAAAAGAAACCACCAGCAAAACGUAUUGAAGUUACCAAAAAGGCUGUGAAGAAAGAUGCCAAAAAAGUUGUUGCAAAGCCCAAAGAAGAGGUGACACCACGUGAAGAGCUUGUCAAGAAGCCUCCACCUCCUACUACCUUAAUUCCAGCAAAAGGUCCUGAAAUCAUUGAUGUAUCCUCUAAAGCUGAAGAAGUAAAAAUAAUGACUAUAACCAGAAAGCAAGAGGUUCAGAAAGAAAAAGAAGCUGUGUAUGAGAAAAAGCAAGCAGUCCACAAGGAGAAGAGAGUUUUCAUUGAAUCUUUCGAAGAACCUUAUGACGAACUGGAGGUAGAACCAUACACAGAGCCAUUUGAACAACCUUAUUAUGAAGAACCAGAUGAAUACUAUGAAGAGACCAAGGUAGAAGCUAAAAGGGAAGUUCAUGAGGAAUGGGAAGAAGAUUUUGAAGAAGGGCAAGAAUACUAUGAAAGGGAAGAAGGCUAUGACGAAGGGGAGGAAGAGUGGGAAGAGGCUUACCAAGAAAGGGAAGUAAUUCAAGUUCAAAAGGAGGUCUAUGAAGAAUCACAUGAGAGAAAAGUUCCAGCCAAAGUACCUGAAAAGAAAGCACCACCACCUCCUAAAGUUAUAAAGAAGCCAGUAAUUGAAAAAAUUGAAAAGACUUCUCGAAGAAUGGAGGAAGAAAAAGUUCAAGUCACCAAAGUACCUGAAGUUUCAAAGAAGAUUGUUCCACAAAAACCUUCCCGGACUCCAGUACAGGAAGAAGUUAUUGAAGUGAAAGUACCAGCUGUGCAUACAAAGAAGAUGGUUAUUUCAGAAGAAAAGAUGUUCUUUGCUUCUCACACAGAGGAGGAGGUGUCAGUCACAGUCCCUGAGGUACAAAAGGAAACUGUUACUGAAGAGAAAAUUCACGUUGCUGUUUCCAAAAGGGUUGAACCACCACCUAAAGUCCCUGAGCUACCUAAGAAACCAGUUCCAGAAGAAGCGGUCCCUGUUCCCAUUCCUAAAAAAGUGGAGCCCCCAGCACCAAAAGUUCCUGAGGUUCCCAAGAAACCCGUGCCAGAGGAGAAAAAGCCAGUUCCUGUGCCUAAGAAGGAACCUGCUGCUCCCCCGAAAGUCCCAGAGGUGCCAAAGAAACCUGUCCCUGAAGAAAAGAUUCCUGUUCCUGUUGCAAAGAAAAAGGAAGCUCCCCCAGCUAAAGUUCCUGAAGUACAGAAGAGAGUUGUGACAGAAGAAAAAAUAACCAUUGUAACUCAAAGAGAGGAAUCUCCACCACCAGCAGUGCCAGAAAUACCAAAGAAGAAAGUUCCUGAAGAAAGAAAACCUGUUCCUCGGAAAGAGGAAGAAGUUCCACCACCAAAAGUGCCAGCUCUGCCUAAGAAGCCUGUCCCAGAGGAGAAAGUUGCAGUGCCAGUUCCUGUCGCUAAGAAAGCUCCUCCUCCCCGAGCUGAAGUCUCUAAGAAAACUGUUGUAGAAGAAAAAAGAUUUGUUGCUGAAGAAAAACUAUCCUUCGCAGUUCCUCAAAGAGUGGAAGUCACGCGGCACGAAGUAUCUGCAGAGGAGGAAUGGAGUUAUUCAGAAGAGGAGGAAGGUGUGUCCAUUUCAGUUUAUAGAGAAGAAGAAAGAGAGGAGGAGGAAGAAGCGGAGGUUACAGAAUAUGAAGUGAUGCAAGAGCCUGAGGAAUAUGUUGUGGAAGAAAAGCUGCACAUUAUUUCUAAGAGAGUGGAAGCGGAGCCAGCUGAAGUGACAGAGAGGCAGGAGAAGAAAAUUGUACUGAAACCAAAAAUUCCUGCUAAAAUAGAGGAGCCUCCACCAGCUAAAGUUCCUGAAGCACCUAAGAAAAUUGUGCCAGAAAAGAAAGUUCCUGCUCCAGUUCCUAAAAAGGAAAAGGUGCCCCCACCUAAAGUGCCGGAAGAGCCAAAGAAACCAGUUCCAGAAAAAAAGGUUCCUCCAAAAGUCAUUAAGAUGGAAGAACCUCCACCAGCCGAAGUGACUGAGAGGCACAUGCAAAUUACCCAGGAAGAAAAAGUUCUUGUUGCCGUAACUAAAAAAGAGGCGCCUCCAAGAGCAAGAGUGCCGGAGGAACCGAAGAGAGCUGUCCCAGAAGAAAAAGUUCCGAAACUCAAACCUAAAAGAGAGGAGGAACCACCAGCUAAAGUGACUGAAUUCAGAAAAAGAGUGGUUAAAGAAGAAGAAGUAUCAAUUGAAGCUCCAAAAAGAGAACCUCAACCCACCAAAGAAGUAAUUAUAAUGGAAGAGAAAGAAAGGUCUUAUACCCGAGAAGAAGCUGUUUCAGUACAACGGGAAGAAGAAUAUGAGGAAUAUGAAGAAUAUGAUUAUAAAGAAUUUGAGGAGUAUGAACCAACAGAAGAAUAUGACCAAUAUGAAGAAUAUGAGGAACGGGAGUAUGAACGAUAUGAAGAGCAUGAAGAAUACAUCACAGAACCAGAGAAGCCUAUCCCUGUAAAGCCUGUCCCAGAAGAACCAGUUCCCACAAAACCAAAGGCCCCACCAGCUAAAGUGCCGAAGAAAGCUGUCCCUGAAGAAAAAGUACCAGUGCCCAUUCCUAAGAAACUCAAACCUCCACCACCCAAAGUGCCUGAAGAACCAAAGAAAGUUGUUGAGGAAAAAAUACGUAUUUCAAUUACCAAACGUGAAAAAGAGCAGGUGACUGAACCCGCUGCUAAAGUGCCCACGAAGCCCAAGAGGGUUGUCGCAGAAGAAAAAGUACCUGUCCCUAGAAAAGAAGUAGCACCACCUGUUAGAGUGCCAGAAAUGCCUAAAGAACUUGAACCAGAAGAGGUUGCCUUUGAAGAGGAAGUAGUAACCCAUGUAGAAGAAUAUUUUGUAGAAGAAGAAGAAGAGUACAUUCAUGAAGAAGAGGAGUUCGUGACUGAGGAAGAAGUGGUGCCAGUGAUACCAGUCAAAGUGCCUGAGUUACCCAAGAAACCUGUUCCAGAAGAGAAGAAACCUGUUCCUGUUCCCAAAAAGAAGGAAGCUCCACCGGCAAAAGUGCCUGAGGUUCCUAAGAAGCCAGAGGAGAAACUUCCUGUGCUUAUUCCUAAAAAGGAGAAGGCUCCGCCAGCAAAAGUUCCUGAAGUGCCCAAGAAACCUGUACCAGAGGAGAAAGUACCAGUACCAGCUCCUAAAAAGGUGGAAGCUCCACCUGCCAAAGUGCCAGAGGUACCCAAGAAACCUGUGCCUGAGAAGAAGGUGCCAGUUCCUGUUCCUAAGAAAGUGGAGGCUCCGCCUGCGAAAGUGCCAGAGGUGCCCAAGAAGCUCAUCCCAGAAGAAAAGAAACCAACACCUGUUCCGAAAAAAGUGGAAGCACCACCACCCAAAGUGCCAAAGAAACGUGAACCAGUUCCUGUAGCUCUACCUCAGGAAGAGGAAGUUCCAUUUGAAGAAGAAAUUGUUCCUGAAGAGGAAGUUCUACCUGAGGAAGAGGAAGUUCUACCUGAGGAAGAGGAAGUUCUACCUGAAGAAGAGGAAAUUCCACCUGAGGAAGAGGAAGUUCCUCCUGAAGAAGAAUAUGUACCUGAGGAAGAAGAAUUUGUACCUGAAGAAGAAGUCCUUCCAGAAGUUAAACCUAAGGUGCCAGUACCUGCAGCAGUGCCUGAGAUUAAGAAGAAAGUGACAGAGAAGAAAGUGGUCAUUCCCAAGAAAGAGGAGGCUCCCCCUGCCAAAGUUCCUGAGGUGCCUAAGAAGGUGGAAGAAAAACGAAUCAUUCUUCCUAAAGAAGAGGAAGUUCUACCAGUUGAAGUGACUGAGGAGCCUGAAGAAGAGCCUAUUCCAGAAGAAGAAAUCCCAGAAGAACUACCUAGCAUAGAGGAAGUUGAAGAGGUGGCACCACCUAGAGUGCCUGAAGUGAUUAAGAAAGCAGUACCUGAAGCACCUACUCCUGUUCCUAAAAAAGUGGAGGCACCACCAGCUAAAGUGCCAAAGAAAAUUCCUGAGGAAAAAGUACCUGUUCCUGUCCAGAAAAAAGAGGCACCCCCAGCCAAAGUGCCUGAAGUACCAAAGAAAGUCCCAGAAAAGAAAGUCCCAGAAAAGAAAGUCCUUGUGCAUAAAAAAGAAGCUAUUCCCCCAGCUAAAGGGAGAACUGUCCUUGAAGAAAAAGUAUCAGUUGCCUUCCACCAAGAGGAAGUAGUAAAAGAAAGACUAGAAUUAGAAGUAGUAGAAGCAGAAGUGGAAGAAAUUCCAGAAGAAGAAGAGUUCCAUGAAGUUGAAGAAUAUUUUGAAGAAGAUGAGUUUCAUGAAGUAGAAGAAUUCGUCAAAGUAGAAGAACAUAGAGUUGAAGAAGAACACAGAGUUGAAGAAGUACAUAGGGUAAUAGAAGUUUUUGAGGCUGAAGAAGUGGAAGUAUAUGAAAAACCAAAAGCUCCACCUAAAGGGCCUGAGAUACCUGAGAAAAUCAUCCCUCCAAAAAAACCGCCCACUAAAGUUGUUCCUCGAAAAGAGCCACCAGCUAAAGUACCAGAGGUGCCUAAGAAAAUUGUGGUAGAAGAAAAAGUACGUGUUCCUGAAGAACCCAAAGUUCCACCAACUAAAGUGCCUGAAGUGCUGCCACCAAAGGAAGUGGUCCCAGAAAAGAAAGUACCAGUGCCUCCUCCCAAAAAGCCAGAAGCUCCACCUCCUAAAGUGCCAGAGGCUCCCAAAGAAGUUGUCCCUGAAAAGAAAGUGCCCUUGGUUCCUCCUAAAAAGCCUGAAGUCCCACCUGUUAAAGUGCCAGAGGCUCCCAAAGAGGUUAUUCCUGAAAAGAAAGUGCCCUUGGCUCCUCCUAAAAAGCCUGAAGUCCCACCUGUUAAAGUUCCAGAAGCUCCCAAAGAAGUUGUUCCUGAAAAGAAAGUGCCAGUGGCUCCUCCUAAAAAGCCUGAAGUGCCACCUGUUAAAGUGCCUGAGGCUCCCAAAGAAGUUGUUCCUGAAAAGAAAGUGCCAGUGGCUCCUCCUAAAAAGCCUGAAGUGCCACCCACAAAAGUCCCAGAGGUGCCAAAGGCAGCUGUCCCAGAAAGGAAGGUGCCUGAAGCUAUCCCUCCCAAACCGGAAAGUCCUCCUCCAGAAGCUUUCGAGGAGCCUGAGGAAGUUGCCCCGGAAGAGCCUCCUGCUGAAGUUGUGGAAGAGCCAGAGCCGGCUGCGCCUCCACAAGUGACCGUGCCACCUAAGAAACCUGUCCCAGAAAAGAAAGCACCUGCUAUCGUUGCCAAAAAACCUGAACCACCACCGGUGAAAGUGCCUGAGGUGCCCAAGGAGGUUGUUCCUGAAAAGAAGGUGCCUCCAGUGGUUCCCAAAAAGCCAGAAGCCCCACCUGCUAAAGUGCCUGAAGUUCCAAAAGAAGUUGUUCCAGAAAAGAAAGUAGCUGUUCCCAAAAAGCCAGAAGUCCCACCAGCAAAAGUGCCAGAAGUGCCAAAGAAACCUGUCUUGGAAGAGAAACCAGCUGUUCCUGUUCCGGAAAGAGUGGAGUCUCCUCCCCCAGAAGUAUAUGAAGAACCUGAGGAAAUUGCUCCUGAAGAGGAAGAGCCGGUACCUGUUGCAGAAGAGGAGGAACCAAAAGCCCCACCUCCAGCAGUGCCUGAAGAGCCCAAGAAGAUCAUCCCAGAGAAGAAAGUUCCUGUCAUCAAAAAACCAGAAGCACCACCUCCUAAAGAACCUGAACCUGAAAAGAAGGUUAUUGAGAAACCAAAACUCAAACCAAGACCCCCAGCUCCACCACCUGCUCCACCUAAGGAAGAUGUGAAGGAGAAAAUAUUCCAACUUAAAGCUGUUCCAAAGAAGAAAGUUCCUGAAAAACCUGAGGUUCCAGAAAAAGUGGAGCUUACACCUCUGAAAGUGCCUGGAGGUGAAAAGAAAGUUCGCAAAUUACUUCCUGAACGUAAACCUGAACCAAAGGAAGAAGUUGUUCUGAAAAGCGUUCUAAGAAAAAGACCUGAAGAGGAAGAGCCUAAAGUAGAACCUAAAAAACUAGAAAAAGUUAAAAAACCUGCAGUACCAGAACCACCACCUCCAAAACCUGUUGAAGAGGUUGAAGUACCUACUGUUACAAAAAGAGAAAGGAAGAUUCCUGAACCAACAAAAGUGCCUGAAAUCAAGCCAGCAAUACCUCUCCCUGGACCUGAACCGAAACCAAAGCCUGAAGCAGAAGUGAAAACAAUCAAACCACCUCCUGUGGAACCUGAACCAACCCCCAUCGCUGCCCCAGUAACAGUGCCGGUGGUUGGAAAGAAAGCAGAAGCCAAAGCACCUAAGGAAGAGGCUGCCAAGCCAAAAGGUCCUAUCAAAGGUGUAGCCAAAAAGACUCCUUCACCAAUAGAAGCCGAAAGGAGAAAAUUAAGGCCAGGAAGUGGUGGAGAGAAACCUCCUGAUGAAGCCCCAUUCACCUACCAGCUAAAGGCUGUGCCAUUGAAGUUUGUGAAAGAAAUCAAAGACAUCGUCUUGACUGAAUCAGAGUUCGUUGGCUCUUCAGCAAUCUUUGAAUGUUUGGUCUCCCCCUCCACUGCAAUUACAACCUGGAUGAAAGAUGGUAGCAAUAUCCGUGAGAGCCCCAAGCACAGGUUUAUUGCAGAUGGUAAAGACAGAAAGCUGCACAUCAUUGACGUUCAACUUUCCGAUGCUGGUGAAUACACCUGUGUUUUACGUUUGGGAAACAAAGAAAAGACCUCCACGGCUAAACUUGUUGUAGAAGAACUUCCUGUGCGUUUUGUAAAAACACUGGAAGAGGAAGUCACAGUGGUCAAAGGACAGCCAUUGUACUUGAGCUGCGAGUUAAACAAAGAGCGUGAUGUUGUCUGGAGGAAGGAUGGCAAGAUUGUGGUGGAGAAACCUGGCCGAAUUGUGCCGGGCGUCAUUGGCUUGAUGCGGGCCCUGACCAUCAACGAUGCAGAUGACACAGAUGCUGGAACAUACACAGUUACUGUGGAAAACGCCAACAACCUGGAGUGUUCAUCUUGCGUAAAAGUAGUAGAAGUCAUUAGAGAUUGGCUGGUGAAACCUAUACGAGACCAGCAUGUGAAACCCAAAGGGACAGCUAUUUUUGCCUGUGAUAUAGCAAAAGAUACUCCAAACAUUAAGUGGUUCAAAGGAUAUGAUGAAAUCCCUGCAGAACCAAAUGAUAAGACUGAAAUACUGAGAGAUGGAAAUCAUCUAUACCUCAAAAUUAAGAAUGCUAUGCCAGAAGAUAUUGACGAAUAUGCAGUGGAAAUUGAAGGAAAAAGAUACCCUGCAAAGCUGACACUUGGAGAGCGUGAAGUUGAACUGCUUAAACCAAUAGAGGACGUAACCAUUUAUGAGAAAGAAAGUGCAAGCUUUGAUGCAGAAAUCUCAGAGGCAGACAUUCCUGGACAAUGGAAACUGAAAGGAGAACUUCUAAGGCCCUCACCUACUUGUGAAAUCAAAGCAGAAGGUGGAAAACGCUUCUUAACUUUGCACAAAGUCAAACUGGACCAAGCUGGUGAAGUCCUCUACCAGGCCCUGAAUGCAAUUACAACUGCCAUUUUGACAGUAAAAGAAAUCGAACUUGACUUUGCUGUGCCCCUGAAGGAUGUCACUGUUCCAGAAAGGCGACAGGCUCGAUUCGAAUGUGUCCUCACCCGAGAGGCAAAUGUUAUAUGGUCCAAAGGACCCGAUAUAAUCAAGUCAUCUGACAAAUUCGAUAUCAUUGCUGAUGGAAAGAAACAUAUUCUUGUUAUUAAUGAUUCUCAAUUUGAUGAUGAAGGGGUCUAUACUGCUGAGGUAGAGGGCAAGAAGACCUCAGCUCGGUUAUUUGUCACAGGUAUAAGACUGAAAUUCAUGUCGCCUCUUGAAGAUCAGACAGUAAAAGAAGGUGAAACAGCAACUUUUGUAUGUGAACUUUCUCAUGAAAAAAUGCAUGUAGUCUGGUUCAAAAAUGAUGUCAAACUCCACACAAGCAGAACAGUACUCAUCUCUUCUGAGGGCAAGACUCACAAAUUGGAAAUGAAAGAAGUGACACUGGAUGAUAUAUCUCAGAUAAAAGCUCAAGUCAAGGAUCUGAGCUCCACAGCACAGCUGAAGGUCUUAGAGGCUGAUCCCUACUUCACUGUGAAAUUACAUGACAAAACUGCAGUGGAGAAGGAUGAGAUUAUUUUGAAGUGUGAAUUGAGCAAGGAUGUACCAGUGAAAUGGUUCAAAGAUGGUGAAGAGAUUGUCCCUUCACCCAAAUAUUCUAUCAAGGCAGAUGGCCUGCGCCGCAUUUUAAAAAUCAAAAAGGCAGAACUUAAAGAUAAAGGCGAAUAUGUGUGUGACUGUGGCACAGACAAGACCAAGGCAAAUGUUACUGUUGAGGCUCGACUAAUAAAAGUGGAAAAGCCUCUGUAUGGAGUAGAGGUGUUUGUUGGUGAAACAGCCCGCUUUGAAAUUGAACUUUCUGAACCUGAUGUUCACGGCCAGUGGAAGCUGAAAGGAGAGCCUUUGACAGCUUCCCCUGACUGUGAAAUCAUUGAGGAUGGGAAGAAGCAUAUUCUGAUCCUUCAUAACUGUCAGCUGGGUAUGACAGGAGAGGUUUCCUUCCAGGCUGCUAAUGCCAAAUCUGCAGCUAAUCUGAAAGUGAAAGAAUUGCCUCUUAUCUUCAUCACACCUCUCAGUGAUGUUAAAGUCUUCGAGAAAGAUGAGGCUAAGUUUGAGUGUGAAGUAUCCAGGGAACCCAAAACAUUCCGUUGGCUAAAAGGAACCCAGGAAAUCACAGGUGAUGACAGAUUUGAGCUUAUAAAGGAUGGCACUAAGCAUUCAAUGGUGAUCAAGUCGGCUGCUUUUGAAGAUGAAGCAAAAUACAUGUUUGAAGCUGAAGAUAAGCACACAAGUGGCAAACUGAUCAUUGAAGGAAUCCGGCUUAAAUUUCUCACUCCUCUCAAGGAUGUAACUGCCAAAGAGAAGGAAAGUGCUGUGUUUACUGUGGAGUUAUCUCAUGAUAACAUCCGAGUUAAAUGGUUCAAGAAUGACCAGCGCCUACACACCACCAGGUCGGUCUCAAUGCAAGACGAAGGGAAAACUCAUUCAAUCACAUUCAAAGACCUGUCUAUUGAUGAUACCUCUCAAAUUAGAGUAGAAGCUAUGGGGAUGAGUUCAGAAGCUAAACUCACUGUGCUUGAGGGAGACCCGUAUUUUACAGGAAAACUUCAAGAUUAUACUGGUGUAGAGAAAGAUGAAGUUAUUCUACAGUGUGAAAUUAGCAAAGCAGAUGCACCAGUGAAAUGGUUUAAGGAUGGGAAGGAAAUAAAGCCAUCCAAAAAUGCUGUUAUUAAGGCAGAUGGCAAGAAACGCAUGCUAAUCCUGAAGAAAGCCUUGAAAUCGGAUAUUGGACAGUACACCUGUGACUGUGGGACAGAUAAGACCUCAGGAAAACUUGACAUUGAGGAUCGGGAAAUUAAACUGGUGCGACCCCUGCACAGUGUGGAGGUGAUGGAGACUGAGACGGCCCGCUUUGAAACCGAAAUCUCUGAAGAUGAUAUCCACGCCAACUGGAAACUCAAGGGAGAGGCCCUACUCCAAACACCUGAUUGUGAAAUUAAGGAAGAAGGCAAAAUACACUCCCUUGUUUUGCACAACUGUCGCCUGGACCAGACUGGUGGGGUGGAUUUCCAAGCUGCCAAUGUUAAAUCUAGUGCUCACCUCCGAGUUAAGCCACGAGUAAUUGGUCUUCUGAGGCCUUUAAAGGAUGUCACCGUGACUGCAGGGGAAACAGCCACCUUCGACUGCGAGCUCUCCUACGAGGAUAUCCCCGUAGAAUGGUAUCUCAAAGGGAAGAAACUAGAGCCCAGCGAUAAGGUGGUCACACGUUCAGAAGGAAAAGUUCAUACACUUACUCUGAGGGAUGUAAAGUUAGAAGAUGCUGGGGAAGUCCAACUAACAGCAAAAGAUUUCAAAACUCACGCCAACCUCUUUGUGAAAGAACCCCCAGUUGAAUUCACUAAGCCUCUUGAGGACCAGACGGUCGAAGAGGGAGCCACUGCAGUGCUGGAGUGUGAAGUCUCCAGAGAAAAUGCUAAGGUGAAAUGGUUCAAAAAUGGAACAGAAAUCCUCAAAAGCAAGAAGUAUGAAAUUGUUGCUGAUGGCAGGGUCAGAAAACUUAUUAUACAUGGCUGUACCCCAGAGGAUAUUAAAACAUACACUUGUGAUGCUAAGGAUUUUAAGACUUCCUGUAACCUGAAUGUCGUGCCUCCUCAUGUGGAAUUCUUAAGACCACUCACAGACCUUCAAGUUAGAGAAAAAGAAAUGGCUCGAUUUGAGUGUGAACUUUCCCGAGAAAAUGCUAAGGUUCAGUGGUUUAAAGAUGGUGCUGAAAUUAAAAAGGGCAAAAAAUAUGACAUCAUAUCCAAGGGAGCGGUGCGCAUUCUUGUCAUCAACAAAUGUCUACUGGAUGACGAAGCUGAAUAUUCCUGUGAAGUAAGGACAGCGAGAACUUCUGGCAUGCUGACAGUUCUGGAAGAAGAAGCUGUCUUUACCAAAAAUCUUGCCAACAUUGAAGUUAGUGAAACAGACACUAUAAAACUGGUUUGUGAAGUCUCCAAACCUGGCGCAGAAGUGAUUUGGUAUAAAGGGGAUGAGGAGAUCAUUGAAACAGGAAGAUAUGAAAUACUGACUGAAGGACGGAAGAGAAUCCUGGUCAUUCAGAACGCUCACCUUGAGGAUGCCGGCAACUACAACUGUCGACUCCCAAGCUCUCGAACCGAUGGCAAAGUCAAAGUACAUGAACUGGCUGCUGAAUUUAUCUCAAAGCCUCAAAACCUUGAAAUACUUGAAGGAGAAAAGGCUGAAUUUGUCUGCUCUAUAUCAAAAGAAAGCUUUCCAGUCCAGUGGAAGAGGGAUGAUAAGAUACUUGAAUCUGGAGAUAAAUAUGACGUUAUUGCUGAUGGUAAAAAGAGGGUUCUAGUUGUGAAAGAUGCCACAUUACAAGAUAUGGGCACUUACGUCAUCAUGGUAGGGGCCGCCAGAGCAGCAGCUCACUUGACAGUCAUUGAAAAACUCAGGAUCAUAGUUCCUCUUAAGGACACCCGGGUGAAGGAACAACAAGAAGUUGUCUUCAACUGUGAAGUCAACACUGAAGGUGCCAAAGCCAAAUGGUUCAGAAAUGAAGAAGCCAUAUUUGAUAGUUCAAAAUACAUUAUUCUCCAAAAAGACCUGGUCUACACCCUCAGAAUCAGAGAUGCACGCUUAGACGACCAAGCCAACUAUAAUGUGUCUUUGACCAAUCACAGAGGUGAAAAUGUUAAAAGUGCAGCCAAUCUAAUAGUAGAAGAGGAAGACCUUAGGAUUGUUGAGCCUCUUAAAGAUAUUGAAACAAUGGAGAAGAAAUCUGUCACAUUCUGGUGCAAGGUGAAUCGUCUCAAUGUAACACUGAAGUGGACCAAAAAUGGUGAAGAAGUGCCUUUUGACAACCGUGUCUCAUACAGAAUUGAUAAAUACAAGCACUCGUUAACUAUUAAAGACUGUGGCUUCCCAGAUGAAGGUGAAUACAUUGUCACUGCUGGACAAGACAAAUCUGUUGCUGAGCUUCUCAUCAUAGAAGCCCCUACAGAAUUUGUGGAACACUUGGAAGAUCAGACAGUCACUGAGUUUGAUGACGCUGUCUUCUCCUGCCAGCUCUCCAGAGAGAAAGCCAAUGUAAAAUGGUACAGAAAUGGGAGAGAAAUCAAAGAAGGCAAAAAAUACAAAUUUGAAAAAGAUGGAAGUAUACACAGACUCAUUAUAAAAGAUUGCAGGCUGGAUGAUGAGUGUGAAUAUGCUUGUGGAGUAGAAGACAGGAAGUCUCGUGCUAGACUUUUUGUGGAAGAAAUUCCCGUUGAGAUCAUCAGGCCUCCACAAGAUAUUCUUGAAGCCCCUGGUGCUGAUGUUGUCUUUUUAGCAGAACUCAAUAAAGAUAAGGUGGAAGUCCAAUGGCUAAGAAAUAACAUGGUUGUUGUCCAGGGUGAUAAACACCAGAUGAUGAGUGAAGGAAAGAUACAUCGACUACAGAUUUGUGAUAUUAAGCCCCGCGACCAGGGUGAAUACAGAUUUAUUGCCAAAGAUAAAGAAGCCAGAGCUAAGCUUGAACUGGCAGCUGCACCGAAAAUCAAGACAGGUGACCAAGACCUUGUGGUUGAUGUUGGCCAGCCUCUGACAAUGGUGGUGCCAUAUGAUGCCUACCCCAAAGCAGAAGCUGAAUGGUUUAAAGAAAAUGAACCUUUAUCUACAAAAACCAUUGAUACUACGGCUGAACAAACUUCUUUCAGAAUUUUAGAAGCCAAGAAAGGAGACAAAGGGAGAUAUAAAAUUGUGCUUCAGAACAAACAUGGAAAAGCAGAAGGAUUCAUCAAUCUAAAAGUUAUUGAUGUUCCUGGGCCAGUACGUAACUUAGAAGUGACAGAAACAUUUGAUGGUGAAGUGAGCCUUGCUUGGGAAGAACCUUUAACUGAUGGUGGAAGCAAAAUCAUAGGUUAUGUUGUUGAAAGACGUGACAUUAAGAGAAAGACCUGGGUUCUGGCCACAGACCGUGCAGACAGUUGUGAGUUUACUGUCACUGGUCUACAGAAAGGAGGAGUUGAGUAUCUAUUCCGUGUAAGUGCAAGAAACAGAGUUGGCACUGGUGAACCAGUAGAAACUGACAUUCCUGUAGAAGCAAGGAGUAAAUAUGAUGUUCCAGGCCCUCCUUUGAAUGUAACCAUCACUGAUGUGAAUCGAUUUGGUGUCUCACUGACAUGGGAACCACCAGAGUAUGAUGGAGGUGCUGAGAUCACAAACUACAUCAUUGAAUUAAGAGACAAGACUUCUAUCAGGUGGGAUACUGCCAUGACUGUGAGAGCUGAAGACCUGUCUGCAACUGUUACUGAUGUGGUAGAAGGACAGGAGUACAGUUUCCGAGUGAGAGCCCAAAAUCGAAUUGGAGUCGGAAAACCAAGUGCAGCCACACCCUUCGUCAAAGUUGCCGAUCCAAUUGAGAGACCAAGUCCUCCUGUAAACCUAACUUCCUCAGAUCAGACUCAGUCAUCAGUUCAACUCAAAUGGGAACCUCCUCUGAAAGAUGGAGGAAGCCCAGUAUUAGGCUAUAUAAUUGAGCGAUGUGAAGAAGGAAAAGAUAAUUGGAUUCGUUGCAAUAAGAAACUUGUCCCUGAACUGACUUACAAGGUUACCGGAUUGGAAAAAGGAAAUAAAUAUUUAUAUAGAGUAUCUGCAGAAAAUAAAGCUGGUGUUUCAGAUCCAUCUGAAAUUCUUGGUCCUCUCACCGCUGAUGAUGCAUUUGUUGAACCAACAAUGGAUUUAAGUGCAUUUAAAGAUGGUCUGGAAGUUAUUGUCCCAAAUCCUAUCAAGAUCCUGGUUCCAAGUACAGGCUAUCCAAGGCCAACUGCAACCUGGUGUUUUGGAGAUAAAGUACUAGAAACAGGGGACCGUGUGAAAAUGAAGACCUUGUCUGCCUAUGCCGAACUUGUCAUUUCUCCAAGCGAACGUUCAGACAAGGGCAUUUAUACACUGAAAUUAGAAAACCGUGUGAAAACAAUUUCUGGGGAAAUCGAUGUCAAUGUAAUUGCUCGCCCAAGUGCACCCAAAGAACUGAAAUUUGGUGAUAUAACCAAGGACUCAGUACAUUUGACUUGGGAACCACCUGAUGAUGAUGGAGGAAGUCCAUUAACCGGAUACGUUAUUGAAAAACGAGAAGUCAGCCGGAAAACAUGGACUAAGGUUAUGGACUUUGUAACUGAUCUAGAAUUCACAGUUCCUGAUCUUGUUCAAGGAAAAGAGUAUUUAUUUAAAGUUUGUGCUCGUAACAAAUGUGGCCCUGGAGAACCUGCAUAUGUUGAUGAACCUGUAAAUAUGUCAGCUCCUGCAACGGUACCUGACCCACCAGAGAAUGUUAAAUGGAGAGAUCGAACAGCCAAUAGCAUCUUCUUAACAUGGGAUCCACCUAAAAAUGACGGUGGUUCACGCAUCAAAGGAUAUAUAGUUGAAAGAUGUCCACGUGGUUCUGAUAAAUGGGUUGCCUGUGGAGAACCUGUUGCAGAAACAAAGAUGGAAGUGACAGGUCUUGAGGAAGGCAAAUGGUAUGCCUACCGCGUGAAGGCCUUAAACAGGCAGGGCGCUAGCAAACCAAGCAAACCCACGGAGGAGAUCCAGGCUGUGGACACACAAGAGGCCCCAGAAAUCUUCCUCGAUGUGAAGCUCCUUGCUGGUCUCACCGUAAAAGCUGGGACCAAGAUUGAACUUCCUGCCACUGUAACCGGGAAACCUGAACCUAAAAUAACUUGGACAAAGGCUGAUACGAUUCUGAAGCAGGACAAAAGAAUUACCAUUGAAAAUGUCCCUAAGAAAUCCACAGUGACUAUUGUUGAUAGUAAGAGAAGUGACACUGGCACAUACAUCAUCGAGGCUGUGAAUGUGUGUGGCCGGGCCACUGCUGUGGUGGAAGUGAACGUCUUAGAUAAACCUGGACCACCAGCUGCCUUUGACAUCACAGAUGUAACCAAUGAGUCAUGUCUUCUAACAUGGAACCCACCACGCGAUGAUGGUGGAUCUAAGAUCACAAACUAUGUUGUGGAGAGACGAGCAACUGAUAGUGAAGUGUGGCACAAGCUCUCAUCCACCGUCAAGGAUACAAACUUCAAGGCCACCAAAUUAAUCCCCAAUAAAGAGUACAUCUUCAGAGUUGCUGCAGAAAACAUGUAUGGUGUUGGUGAACCAGUUCAGGCCUCUCCAAUAACAGCCAAAUAUCAGUUUGAUCCACCUGGACCUCCAACUCGCCUAGAACCUUCUGAUAUCACUAAAGAUGCAGUGACUCUCACGUGGUGUGAGCCAGAUGAUGAUGGUGGCAGCCCAAUCACUGGAUACUGGGUUGAAAGACUGGAUCCUGAUACGGAUAAAUGGGUUAGAUGCAAUAAGAUGCCAGUAAAGGACACAACAUACAGAGUGAAAGGUCUCACCAAUAAGAAAAAAUACAGAUUCCGUGUGUUGGCUGAAAAUCUUGCUGGACCUGGAAAACCAAGCAAAUCAACUGAACCAAUCUUAAUAAAGGAUCCCAUAGAUCCUCCAUGGCCCCCUGGAAAACCAACUGUAAAAGAUGUAGGCAAAACAUCAUUAAGGUUGCAUUGGACAAAACCAGAACACGAUGGAGGCGCAAAGAUUGAGUCUUAUAUCAUUGAAAUGCUGAAGACUGGGACAGAUGAGUGGGUCAGAGUGGCGGAAGGGGUUCCCACCACUCAGCACUUGCUCCCAGGGCUCAUGGAAGGACAGGAAUACUCAUUCCGAGUUAGAGCUGUGAAUAAGGCUGGGGAAAGUGAACCCAGUGAACCCAGCGACCCUGUGCUUUGCCGGGAGAAGCUAUAUCCUCCAUCACCACCACGCUGGCUUGAAGUUAUUAAUAUCACAAAAAAUACAGCAGACCUAAAAUGGACAGUUCCUGAGAAAGAUGGAGGGUCCCCCAUCACCAACUACAUUGUAGAAAAGAGAGACGUCAGGCGAAAAGGCUGGCAAACAGUGGAUACCACUGUCAAGGACACCAAGUGCACAGUCACCCCGCUGACUGAGGGCUCUUUAUAUGUGUUCCGAGUUGCUGCAGAAAAUGCUAUAGGACAAAGUGACUACACCGAAAUUGAGGACUCUGUGCUGGCCAAAGACACCUUUACCACUCCUGGACCACCCUAUGCCCUGGCAGUGGUUGAUGUGACAAAACGACAUGUUGACCUAAAGUGGGAGCCACCUAAAAAUGAUGGUGGAAGACCAAUUCAGAGAUAUAUCAUUGAGAAGAAAGAAAGGUUAGGUACCCGUUGGGUGAAAGCUGGAAAGACUGCAGGACCUGACUGUAACUUCAGAGUAACUGAUGUCAUUGAAGGAACAGAGGUCCAGUUUCAGGUUCGGGCUGAAAAUGAAGCUGGAGUUGGCCACCCAAGUGAACCCACAGAAAUCCUAUCCAUUGAAGAUCCAACAAGUCCUCCCUCACCACCCCUUGACCUACAUGUGACUGAUGCUGGGAGAAAACACAUUGCCAUUGCUUGGAAGCCUCCAGAGAAAAAUGGUGGAAGUCCUAUCAUAGGAUACCAUGUUGAAAUGUGUCCAGUAGGCACUGAGAAAUGGAUGCGAGUUAAUUCUCGCCCAAUAAAGGACUUGAAAUUCAAGGUUGAAGAAGGUGUUGUUCCUGACAAAGAAUAUGUCCUGAGAGUGAGAGCAGUCAAUGCUAUUGGUGUCAGCGAGCCAUCUGAAAUCUCUGAAAAUGUGGUUGCCAAAGACCCAGACUGCAAGCCAACAAUUGACCUGGAGACUCAUGACAUUAUUGUUAUUGAAGGUGAAAAGUUAAGCAUUCCUGUUCCCUUCAGAGCUGUCCCAGUUCCAACUGUUAGUUGGCAUAAAGAUGGCAAAGAAGUUAAAGCAAGUGAUAGAUUAACAAUGAAGAAUGAUCACAUCUCAGCCCACCUUGAAGUUCCCAAGAGUGUCCAUGCAGAUGCCGGAGUUUAUACCAUUACACUGGAGAAUAAGCUCGGCUCAGCAACAGCCUCAAUCAAUGUCAAAGUCAUAGGCCUACCUGGACCAUGCAAAGAUAUUAAAGCAAGUGACAUUACCAAGAGUUCUUGUAAGUUAACCUGGGAACCUCCAGAAUUUGAUGGUGGAACCCCAAUUCUUCAUUACGUCCUGGAGCGCAGAGAAGCUGGGAGAAGAACAUAUAUACCAGUCAUGUCUGGUGAGAAUAAACUGUCGUGGACUGUGAAGGAUCUCAUACCAAAUGGUGAAUACUUCUUCCGUGUUAAAGCAGUCAACAAGAUUGGUGGAGGAGAAUAUAUUGAACUGAAAAAUCCAGUCAUUGCCCAAGAUCCAAAGCAACCCCCUGAUCCACCUGUAGAUGUAGAGGUUCAUAAUCCUACAGCAGAGGCAAUGACUAUUACAUGGAAGCCACCUUUGUAUGACGGAGGAAGCAAGAUAAUGGGCUACAUCAUAGAGAAGAUUGCUAAGGGUGAAGAAAGGUGGAAGAGAUGCAAUGAACACCUGGUACCAAUCCUGACCUAUACAGCAAAAGGACUUGAACAGGGGAAAGAGUAUCAAUUCCGUGUGCGAGCAGAGAACGCCGCGGGUAUUAGUGAACCUUCUCGGGCUACUCCUCCAACCAAAGCUGUAGAUCCCAUUGAUGCCCCCAAAGUCAUUCUGAGAACAAGCCUAGAAGUGAAACGAGGUGAUGAAAUAGCACUUGAUGCAAGUAUUUCUGGAUCACCUUACCCAACUAUUACAUGGAUAAAGGAUGAGAAUGCUAUUGUACCAGAGGAAAUUAAGAAGCGUGCAGCACCCUUGGUUAGAAGAAGGAAGGGUGAAGUUCAAGAAGAAGAACCAUUUGUCCUGCCUCUGACACAGCGCUUGAGUAUUGACAACAGCAAAAAGGGAGAAUCUCAGCUACGCGUCCGAGAUUCUCUCCGACCUGACCAUGGUCUGUAUAUGAUCAAAGUUGAAAAUGACCACGGUAUCGCAAAAGCUCCUUGUACUGUCAGUGUGUUAGAUACACCGGGACCACCAAUCAACUUUGUAUUUGAAGAUAUCAGAAAGACCUCAGUCCUUUGUAAAUGGGAACCACCCCUUGAUGAUGGUGGCAGUGAAAUCAUAAACUACACUUUGGAAAAGAAAGACAAGACAAAACCUGACUCAGAAUGGAUAGUUGUCACUUCAACACUUAGACAUUGCAAAUAUUCAGUAACAAAACUGAUUGAAGGAAAAGAGUACCUCUUCCGUGUAAGAGCUGAAAAUAGAUUUGGGCCAGGUCCACCAUGUGUUUCAAAGCCACUUGUAGCUAAAGAUCCAUUUGAACCACCUGAUGCACCAGAUAAGCCCAUUGUGGAAGAUGUUACCAGCAACAGUAUGCUAGUGAAAUGGAAUGAACCAAAAGAUAACGGAAGCCCCAUUUUGGGUUACUGGCUUGAAAAACGUGAGGUUAAUAGUACACAUUGGUCUCGUGUCAACAAAAGCCUUCUGAAUGCCUUGAAAGCCAAUGUAGAUGGCUUAUUAGAAGGACUCACCUAUGUCUUCAGAGUAUGUGCUGAAAAUGCAGCUGGACCUGGAAAGUUCAGUCCACCUUCAGAUCCCAAAACAGCACAUGAUCCAAUCUCUCCGCCUGGGCCACCUAUCCCAAGAGUCACUGACACAAGCUCUACGACUAUUGAACUAGAAUGGGAACCCCCAGCUUUCAAUGGUGGUGGGGAAAUUAUUGGCUAUUUUGUUGAUAAGCAGUUGGUUGGCACAAAUGAAUGGUCACGCUGCACAGAGAAGAUGAUCAAGGUCCGUCAGUACACAGUCAAAGAAAUCCGAGAGGGUGCUGAUUAUAAACUUCGGGUGAGUGCCGUCAAUGUCGCAGGGGAAGGACCGCCUGGAGAAACAGAACCUGUUACUGUGGCUGAACCACAAGAGCCUCCAACUGUGGAACUGGAUGUUUCUGUCAAGGGUGGAAUACAAAUAAUGGCUGGGAAGACUCUUAGAAUUCCAGCUGUGGUAACGGGUCGCCCUGUACCUACAAAAGUAUGGACCAAAGAAGAAGGGGAGCUGGAUAAAGACCGCGUUGUAAUAGACAAUGUUGGAACCAAAUCUGAACUAAUUAUCAAGGAUGCACUGCGAAAAGACCAUGGCAGAUAUGUGAUUACAGCUACAAAUAGCUGUGGUUCCAAAUUUGCAGCAGCCAGGGUAGAAGUUUUUGAUGUCCCUGGUCCAGUUCUUGAUUUAAAACCUGUUGUAACAAACAGAAAAAUGUGUCUACUUAACUGGUCUGAUCCAGAAGAUGAUGGAGGAAGUGAAAUAACAGGCUUCAUCAUUGAAAGAAAAGAUGCCAAGAUGCAUACUUGGAGACAACCAAUAGAGACUGAGAGAUCUAAAUGUGACAUCACAGGGCUGCUUGAGGGACAAGAAUAUAAGUUCCGUGUUAUUGCCAAGAACAAGUUUGGCUGUGGCCCUCCUGUUGAAAUAGGACCAAUUCUUGCAGUUGAUCCACUAGGUCCUCCAACAUCUCCAGAGAGGCUGACAUACACUGAAAGGACAAAGUCCACUAUCACCCUUGACUGGAAAGAGCCCCGCAGUAAUGGUGGCAGUCCCAUCCAAGGAUAUAUCAUUGAAAAACGGCGUCACGACAAACCUGACUUUGAAAGAGUUAACAAGCAACUCUGCCCAACUACAUCUCUUCUGGUUGAAAAUCUUGAUGAACACCAAAUGUAUGAGUUCCGUGUCAAAGCUGUCAAUGAAAUUGGUGAAAGUGAACCAUCCCUGCCUCUUAAUGUAGUCAUACAAGAUGAUGAAGUGCCUCCAACUAUUAAGUUGCGUCUGAGUGUUCGAGGAGACACUAUCAAAGUUAAGGCAGGAGAGCCUGUCCACAUCCCUGCAGAUGUGACAGGCCUUCCAAUGCCUAAGAUUGAAUGGUCCAAAAAUGAAACCGUAAUUGAAAAACCCACUGAGGCACUUCAGAUAACCAAGGAAGAGGUAUCCCGAAGUGAGGCAAAAACUGAGCUUAGCAUUCCCAAAGCGGUCCGGGAAGACAAAGGCACUUACACAGUUACUGCUUCCAAUCGCCUUGGCUCAGUGUUCCGAAAUGUUCACGUUGAAGUAUAUGACCGCCCAUCCCCACCAAGAAACCUUGCUGUUACUGACAUUAAAGCUGAAUCUUGCUACUUGACAUGGGAUGCCCCUCUUGAUAAUGGUGGCAGUGAAAUCACCCAUUAUGUUAUUGACAAACGUGAUGCAAGUAGGAAGAAAACAGAAUGGGAGGAAGUCACCAACACUGCUGUAGAGAAAAGAUAUGGGAUCUGGAAACUUAUCCCCAAUGGUCAGUAUGAGUUCCGAGUCAGGGCAGUGAAUAAAUAUGGAAUCAGUGAUGAGUGCAAAUCAGAUAAAGUAGUCAUUCAAGAUCCUUAUCGCCUUCCUGGACCUCCAGGAAAACCGAAAGUUUUGGCACGCACCAAGGGAUCAAUGCUAGUGAGCUGGACUCCUCCUUUGGACAAUGGUGGCUCUCCAAUUACUGGCUACUGGCUGGAGAAAAGAGAAGAGGGAAGUCCUUACUGGUCACGUGUUAGCCGAGCACCAGUAACCAAAGUGGGAUUGAAAGGCGUGGAAUUUAAUGUUCCUCGUUUGAUUGAAGGCGUUAAAUACCAGUUCAGAGCCAUGGCAAUAAAUGCUGCAGGAAUUGGUCCUCCCAGUGAACCAUCAGAUCCAGAGGUUGCAGGAGAUCCCAUAUUUCCACCAGGGCCACCUUCUUGCCCAGAAGUAAAAGAUAAAACAAAGUCAAGCAUCUCACUAGGAUGGAAACCUCCAGCCAAAGAUGGUGGCAGCCCAAUCAAAGGAUACAUUGUAGAAAUGCAAGAAGAAGGUACUACUGACUGGAAAAGAGUAAAUGAACCAGACAAACUUAUAACUACCUGUGAAUGUGUGGUGCCUAAUCUGAAAGAGCUCAGGAAGUACAGAUUCAGAGUGAAAGCUGUCAAUGAAGCUGGUGAAUCUGAACCAAGUGAUACAACCGGGGAGAUCCCUGCCACUGAUAUUCAAGAGGAACCAGAAGUUUUCAUUGACAUUGGAGCACAGGACUGUCUGGUUUGUAAAGCUGGCUCACAGAUUAGGAUUCCUGCUGUCAUCAAGGGACGCCCAACACCAAAAUCAUCUUGGGAAUUUGAUGGAAAGGCGAAGAAAGCAAUGAAGGAUGGAGUUCAUGACAUACCCGAAGAUUCACAGCUCGAGACUGCUGAAAACUCCUCAGUAAUUAUUAUUCCGGAGUGUAAACGAUCUCAUACAGGCAAAUACAGCAUCACAGCCAAGAAUAAAGCAGGACAAAAGACUGCAAAUUGCAGAGUUAAAGUCAUGGAUGUACCAGGCCCACCCAAAGAUCUGAAAGUCAGUGAUAUCACAAGGGGUAGUUGCAGACUUUCAUGGAAGAUGCCAGAUGACGAUGGAGGAGACAGGAUCAAAGGCUAUGUUAUCGAGAAGAGAACUAUUGAUGGAAAAGCCUGGACCAAAGUCAAUCCAGACUGUGGAAGCACCACAUUUGUAGUGCCUGAUCUCCUCUCUGAACAGCAAUAUUUCUUCCGUGUGCGAGCAGAAAACCGUUUUGGUGUUGGCCCACCUGUGGAAACCAUUCAGAGGACCACUGCCAGAGAUCCGAUAUAUCCUCCUGAUCCUCCUAUUAAACUCAAAAUUGGCCUCAUCACAAAGAACACAGUGCAUCUGUCAUGGAAACCCCCAAAGAAUGAUGGGGGCUCCCCUGUUACCCACUAUAUUGUUGAGUGCCUUGCAUGGGACCCUACUGGAACAAAGAAAGAAGCCUGGAGGCAGUGCAAUAAGCGUGAUGUGGAAGAACUGCAAUUUACUGUUGAAGACCUAGUAGAGGGUGGGCAAUAUGAAUUCCGAGUCAAAGCUGUCAAUGCUGCAGGAGUCAGCAAGCCUUCAGCCACUGUUGGCCCCGUGACUGUCAAAGACCAGACAUGCCCACCAUCAAUUGAUCUAACAGAAUUCAUGGAGGUUGAAGAAGGAACUGAUGUUAACAUUGUGGCCAAAAUUAAAGGUGUGCCAUUCCCAACACUAACCUGGUUUAAAGCUCCUCCAAAGAAGCCUGAUAACAAAGAACCUGUUCUCUAUGACACCCAUGUCAACAAACUGGUGGUGGAUGAUACUUGCACUUUAGUUAUUCCACAGUCUCGCAGGAGUGACACUGGCUUAUAUACCAUCACAGCUGUAAAUAAUCUGGGAACAGCAUCAAAGGAGAUGAGACUGAAUGUCCUGGGUCGUCCUGGCCCCCCAGUGGGACCCAUAAAAUUUGAAUCUGUUUCAGCAGAGCAAAUGACACUGUCUUGGCUUCCACCUAAAGAUGAUGGUGGGUCUAAGAUUACAAACUAUGUAAUUGAGAAAAGAGAAGCUAACAGGAAGACAUGGGUCCGUGUCUCCAGUGAACCUAAAGAGUGCACGUACACGAUUCCCAAAUUGCUAGAAGGCCAUGAAUACGUAUUCCGAAUCAUGGCCCAGAAUAAAUAUGGCAUUGGAGAACCUCUUGACAGUGAACCUGAAACAGCAAGAAACCUCUUCUCUGUCCCUGGAGCACCAGAUAAACCAACAGUUAGCAGCGUGACUCGUAACUCCAUGACCGUCAACUGGGAAGAGCCAGAAUAUGAUGGAGGCUCUCCCGUGACAGGGUACUGGCUGGAAAUGAAAGACACUACUUCAAAGAGAUGGAAGAGAGUUAACCGAGAUCCUAUCAAAGCCAUGACUCUGGGUGUUUCUUAUAAAGUGACUGGUCUUAUUGAAGGUUCUGACUAUCAAUUCCGGGUAUAUGCAAUCAAUGCUGCUGGUGUGGGUCCAGCAAGUCUGCCAUCAGACCCAGUGACUGCUAGAGAUCCAAUUGCUCCUCCUGGUCCUCCAUUUCCCAAAGUGACAGAUUGGACUAAAUCAUCUGCAGAUCUGGAGUGGUCUCCCCCACUAAAAGAUGGUGGAUCCAAAGUAACUGGAUACAUCGUUGAAUAUAAAGAAGAAGGAAAAGAAGAAUGGGAAAAGGGUAAAGAUAAAGAAGUGAGAGGAACAAAGCUUGUUGUGACAGGAUUAAAGGAAGGAGCAUUCUACAAAUUUAGAGUUAGAGCAGUCAACAUUGCUGGCAUUGGAGAACCUGGAGAGGUCACAGAUGUCAUUGAAAUGAAAGACAGACUUGUUUUACCUGACCUUCAGCUAGAUGCCAGUGUCAGAGAUAGAAUUGUCGUCCAUGCUGGAGGAGUGAUCCGAAUCAUUGCCUAUGUGUCUGGAAAGCCUCCUCCAACCGUCACCUGGAACAUGAAUGAAAGAGCCUUACCUCAAGAAGCCACCAUUGAGACCACAGCUAUUAGCUCAUCCAUGGUCAUCAAGAACUGCCAGAGGAGUCAUCAAGGCGUCUAUUCUCUUCUUGCCAAAAAUGAAGCCGGAGAAAGAAAGAAGACAAUUAUUGUUGAUGUAUUAGAUGUUCCGGGUCCUGUUGGAACACCAUUCCUAGCUCACAACCUAACCAACGAGUCCUGCAAACUGACAUGGUUUUCUCCAGAAGAUGAUGGAGGCUCUCCAAUCACCAAUUAUGUCAUUGAAAAGCGUGAAUCUGACCGCAGAGCAUGGACCCCAGUGACAUAUACAGUUACCCGACAAAAUGCUACUGUCCAGGGUCUCAUUCAAGGAAAAGCCUACUUUUUCCGAAUCGCGGCUGAAAAUAGUAUUGGCAUGGGUCCAUUUGUGGAGACAUCAGAGGCACUUGUUAUCAGAGAGCCAAUAACUGUACCAGAACGUCCUGAAGACCUGGAAGUCAAAGAAGUUACUAAAAGUACUGUAACUUUGACUUGGAAUCCUCCUAAGUAUGAUGGCGGGUCAGAAAUUAUUAACUAUGUCCUAGAAAGUCGGCUCAUUGGAACUGAGAAGUUCCACAAAGUUACAAAUGACAACUUGCUUAGCAGAAAAUACACUGUUAAAGACUUAAAAGAAGGUGAUACCUAUGAGUACCGUGUCAGUGCUGUCAACAUUGUUGGACAAGGCAAACCAUCAUUUUGCACCAAGCCAAUUACUUGCAAGGAUGAGCUGGCACCCCCAACACUUCACCUCGACUUCAGAGAUAAGCUCACGAUUAGAGUUGGUGAAGCUUUUGCCCUCACUGGCCGUUACUCAGGCAAACCAAAGCCUAAGGUUUCCUGGUUCAAAGAUGAAGCUGAUGUGCUGGAAGAUGAUCGCACUCACAUAAAGACUACACCAACAACACUUGCUUUAGAGAAGAUCAAGGCCAAACGUUCAGAUUCCGGCAAAUACUGUGUGGUUGUGGAGAAUAGUACAGGCUCUAGGAAAGGUUUCUGUCAAGUUAAUGUUGUUGACCGUCCUGGUCCACCAGUAGGACCAGUUAUUUUUGAUGAGGUGACCAAAGAUUACAUGGUUAUUUCUUGGAAGCCUCCUUUAGAUGAUGGAGGCAGUGAAAUCACCAAUUAUAUUAUUGAGAAGAAGGAACUGGGUAAAGACGUCUGGAUGCCAGUGACAUCUGCAAGUGCUAAAACAACAUGCAAAGUUUCUAAACUACUUGAAGGAAAAGAUUAUAUUUUCCGGAUACAUGCUGAAAAUCUGUAUGGAAUAAGUGAUCCUCUGGUGUCUGAUUCAAUGAAAGCCAAAGAUCGUUUCAGGGUUCCUGAUGCACCUGAUCAGCCAAUUGUUACAGAAGUUACCAAAGACUCUGCAUUAGUAACCUGGAACAAGCCACAUGAUGGAGGAAAACCCAUCACAAACUACAUCCUGGAAAAGAGAGAAACUAUGUCUAAACGAUGGGCUAGAGUUACCAAAGAUCCUAUUCAUCCGUACACUAAAUUUAGGGUUCCUGAUCUUCUAGAAGGAUGUCAGUAUGAAUUCCGGGUUUCUGCAGAAAAUGAAAUUGGUAUUGGAGAUCCAAGCCCACCAUCCAAACCAGUCUUUGCUAAAGAUCCAAUUGCUAAACCAAGUCCACCUGUUAAUCCUGAAGCAAUAGAUACAACAUGCAAUUCAGUCGAUCUAACCUGGCAGCCACCACGUCAUGAUGGUGGGAGCAAGAUUCUGGGUUAUAUAGUUGAGUACCAGAAAGUUGGAGAUGAAGAGUGGAGAAGAGCCAAUCACACCCCUGAGUCAUGUCCUGAAACUAAAUAUAAAGUCACCGGUCUUCGGGACGGUCAAACCUAUAAGUUCAGAGUGUUAGCAGUCAAUGAAGCUGGUGAAUCAGAUCCAGCUCAUGUUCCAGAGCCAGUCCUAGUAAAAGAUAGACUUGAACCCCCUGAGUUGAUUCUUGAUGCCAACAUGGCAAGAGAACAACACAUUAAGGUUGGUGAUACUCUAAGACUUAGUGCCAUCAUCAAAGGAGUGCCAUUCCCAAAAGUAACUUGGAAAAAAGAAGACAGAGAUGCUCCAACUAAAGCAAGAAUUGAUGUGACUCCAGUUGGUAGCAAGCUUGAAAUUCGUAAUGCUGCCCAUGAAGAUGGUGGAAUUUAUUCUUUAACAGUGGAGAAUCCAGCUGGUUCAAAAACUGUCUCAGUAAAAGUACUUGUAUUAGAUAAACCUGGGCCACCUAGAGAUCUGGAAGUCAGUGAAAUUAGGAAAGAUUCUUGUUACCUUACUUGGAAAGAACCACUGGAUGAUGGUGGUUCUGUUAUUACCAAUUAUGUGGUUGAGAGGAGAGAUGUUGCCAGCGCCCAGUGGUCAUCUCUCUCAGCUACAUCAAAGAAAAAGAGUCACUUGGCUAAACAUCUGAAUGAAGGCAACCAGUACCUCUUCCGAGUAGCUGCAGAGAACCAGUAUGGACGUGGUCCUUUUGUUGAAACACCAAAACCAAUCAAGGCUCUGGAUCCUCUCCAUCCCCCAGGGCCACCCAAGAACCUGCACCAUGUAGAUGUUGACAAGACUGAAGUCUCCCUCGUCUGGAAUAAGCCGGAUCGUGAUGGUGGUUCUCCAAUCACUGGAUAUUUGGUGGAAUAUCAAGAAGAAGGCACCGAGGACUGGAUUAAAUUUAAGACUGUGACAAACUUAGAGUGUGUGGUUACCGGACUACAACAAGGAAAGACCUAUAGAUUCCGUGUAAAGGCUGAAAAUAUUGUGGGUCUUGGUCUCCCCGACACAACUAUCCCGAUAGAAUGUCAAGAAAAACUAGUGCCUCCAUCUGUGGAGCUAGAUGUGAAAUUAAUUGAAGGUCUUGUGGUAAAGGCUGGAACCACAGUCAGAUUCCCUGCUAUUAUAAGAGGUGUGCCUGUUCCUACCGCAAAGUGGACAACCGAUGGGAGUGAGAUUAAAACCGAUGAGCACUACACAGUUGAAACAGACAACUUCUCAUCAGUACUUACCAUUAAGAACUGCUUAAGGAGAGACACUGGAGAAUAUCAAAUCACAGUUUCCAAUGCAGCUGGUAGCAAAACAGUAGCCGUACAUCUUACUGUUCUUGAUGUUCCUGGGCCACCAACAGGUCCUAUUCAUAUUCUGGAUGUUACUCCUGAACACAUGACUAUCUCAUGGCAGCCACCUAAGGAUGAUGGAGGAAGCCCUGUGAUAAAUUACAUUGUUGAGAAACAAGAUACAAGGAAAGACACUUGGGGUGUUGUCUCUUCGGGAAGCAGUAAGACAAAGCUGAAAAUCCCACAUCUGCAGAAGGGCUGUGAAUAUGUUUUCCGAGUUAAAGCAGAGAAUAAGAUAGGUGUUGGUCCUCCCCUUGACUCCACACCUACUGUUGCUAAGCAUAAAUUUAGUCCUCCAUCUCCUCCUGGUAAACCAGUAGUUACUGACAUUACUGAAAAUGCAGCAACAGUGUCUUGGACCCUGCCAAAAUCUGAUGGUGGCAGUCCAAUAACUGGCUACUAUGUGGAACGUCGAGAAGUAACUGGUAAAUGGGUGAGGGUCAACAAAACACCUAUUGCUGACCUUAAGUUCAGAGUGACUGGACUCUAUGAAGGAAAUACAUACGAGUUUAGGGUCUUUGCUGAAAAUCUUGCAGGACUAAGCCAUCCAUCCCCAAGUUCCGAUCCAAUAAAAGCUUGCCGUCCCAUCAAACCACCUGGACCACCUAUUAAUCCUAAACUGAAAGACAAGAGCAGAGAAACAGCUGAUUUGGUGUGGACAAAGCCUCUCAGUGAUGGUGGUAGCCCCAUUCUAGGAUAUGUAGUGGAAUGUCAGAAACCUGGCACAGCACAAUGGAACAGGAUUAAUAAAGAUGAACUCAUUAGGCAAUGUGCCUUUAGAGUACCUGGACUAAUUGAAGGAAAUGAGUACAGAUUCCGUAUAAAGGCAGCUAAUAUUGUAGGAGAGGGUGAGCCAAGAGAACUAGCAGAAUCUGUGAUUGCAAAAGAUAUCCUUCAUCCUCCAGAAGUAGAACUUGAUGUUACUUGUCGUGAUGUUAUUACCGUGAGAGUAGGCCAAACUAUCCGCAUUCUAGCUCGAGUCAGAGGCAGACCUGCACCAGACAUAACUUGGACUAAGGAAGGCAAAGUAUUGGUACGAGAAAAGAGGGUGGACAUUAUUCAGGAUCUACCUCGUGUUGAGUUACAAAUUAAAGAAGCUGUUAGAGCUGAUCAUGGCAAGUAUAUCAUCUCAGCUAAGAACAGCAGUGGACAUGCCCAAGGUUCAGCCAUUGUUAACGUCCUUGACAGACCUGGGCCUUGCCAGAAUUUGAAGGUUACCAAUGUAACCAAAGAGAACUGUACAAUUUCUUGGGAAAACCCACUAGAUAAUGGCGGCUCAGAAAUAACAAACUUCAUAGUAGAAUAUCGCAAACCAAACCAGAAAGGCUGGUCAAUUGUUGCAUCAGAUGUCACUAAACGAUUAAUCAAGGCCAACCUUUUAGCCAACAAUGAAUACUAUUUCCGAGUUUGUGCAGAGAAUAAAGUAGGUGUUGGGCCAACCAUCGAAACAAAAACUCCCAUUCUGGCUAUUAACCCUAUUGACAGACCAGGUGAGCCUGAAAACCUUCACAUUGCGGAUAAAGGAAAGACAUUUGUCUACCUAAAGUGGCGGAGGCCUGAUUAUGAUGGUGGCAGUCCAAAUCUGUCAUAUCAUGUUGAGAGAAGGCUGAAGGGCUCUGAUGACUGGGAAAGAGUGCAUAAAGGAAGCAUUAAAGAAACUCACUACAUGGUUGACAGAUGUGUUGAAAACCAGAUUUAUGAGUUCAGAGUGCAAACGAAGAAUGAAGGUGGGGAAAGUGACUGGGUGAAGACAGAGGAAGUUGUUGUUAAAGAAGACUUACAAAAACCAGUACUUGAUCUGAAAUUAAGUGGGGUCCUAACUGUCAAAGCAGGGGACACCAUUAGGCUUGAGGCAGGGGUUAGAGGCAAACCAUUCCCAGAAGUUUCAUGGACCAAGGACAAAGAUGCUACAGACUUUACAAGAUCACCAAGGGUCAAGAUUGAUACCCGUGCUGAUUCAUCUAAAUUUUCUCUUACUAAAGCAAAGCGAAGUGAUGGGGGUAAAUAUGUAGUUACGGCAACUAACACAGCUGGCAGUUUUGUGGCCUAUGCCACUGUCAACGUUUUAGAUAAGCCUGGUCCUGUGAGAAAUCUGAAAAUUGUUGAUGUGUCCAGUGAUAGGUGUACUGUUCGCUGGGAUCCACCAGAAGAUGAUGGUGGCUGUGAAAUCCAAAAUUAUAUUCUAGAAAAAUGUGAGACAAAGCGAAUGGUUUGGUCUACCUAUUCUGCUACUGUCUUGACACCUGGUACUACAGUAACACGUCUCAUAGAAGGAAAUGAAUAUAUUUUCAGAGUCCGUGCAGAAAAUAAAAUAGGCACAGGGCCUCCAACAGAAAGUAAACCAGUCAUAGCCAAAACCAAGUAUAAUAAACCUGGACGCCCUGAUCCCCCAGAAGUCACUAAAGUAAGCAAAGAAGAGAUGACUGUGGUUUGGAAUCCACCUGAAUAUGAUGGUGGAAAGUCUAUAACAGGAUACUUUUUGGAGAAAAAGGAAAAGCAUUCAACACGAUGGGUCCCUGUUAACAAGAGUGCAAUUCCUGAGAGACGUAUGAAAGUACAGAAUCUCCUCCCAGACCAUGAAUAUCAGUUCCGUGUCAAGGCAGAAAAUGAAAUUGGAAUUGGAGAACCAAGCUUGCCUUCAAGACCAGUGGUGGCAAAAGACCCCAUAGAGCCACCUGGUCCACCAACCAAUUUCAGAGUGGUUGAUACAACCAAACAUUCCAUAACUCUUGGGUGGGGAAAACCAGUCUAUGAUGGUGGUGCACCGAUCAUUGGAUAUGUUGUGGAAAUGAGACCAAAAAUAGCAGAUGCAUCUCCUGAUGAAGGCUGGAAACGUUGUAAUGCUGCAGCACAGCUUGUACGCAAGGAAUUCACCGUUACCAGCUUGGAUGAAAACCAGGAAUAUGAGUUCAGGGUGUGUGCCCAAAACCAAGUUGGUAUUGGGCGCCCUGCAGAGCUAAAGGAAGCUAUCAAACCUAAAGAAAUACUAGAACCUCCAGAGAUUGAUUUGGAUGCCAGCAUGAGAAAACUGGUCACAGUGAGAGCAGGAUGCCCUAUUCGUCUCUUUGCUAUAGUAAGAGGACGACCAGCCCCUAAAGUCACUUGGCGAAAAGUGGGCAUUGAUAAUGUGGUCAGAAAAGGACAAGUUGAUCUGGUUGACACUAUGGCCUUCCUUGUCAUCCCCAAUUCUACCCGUGAUGACUCAGGAAAAUAUUCCUUAACACUUGUGAACCCAGCAGGAGAAAAGGCUGUAUUCGUAAAUGUCAGAGUAUUAGACACUCCUGGACCUGUGUCUGAUUUGAAAGUUUCAGAUGUCACUAAAACAUCAUGCCAUGUGUCCUGGGCCCCUCCUGAAAAUGAUGGUGGGAGCCAAGUGACACAUUAUAUUGUGGAGAAACGUGAGACAGACAGAAAGACAUGGUCAACCGUUACCCCAGAGGUUAAGAAAACAAGCUUCCAAGUAACCAAUCUUGUCCCUGGGAAUGAGUAUUACUUCAGAGUAACUGCUGUCAACGAGUAUGGCCCUGGCGUCCCAACAGAUGUCCCAAAACCAGUGCUUGCAUCAGAUCCUCUAAGUGAGCCGGAUCCCCCAAGGAAAUUAGAAGUGACUGAAAUGACAAAGAACAGUGCCACCUUAGCCUGGUUACCUCCCCUGCGUGAUGGAGGUGCUAAAAUCGAUGGCUACAUCAUUAGUUACAGAGAAGAAGAGCAGCCUGCAGAUCGCUGGACAGAGUACUCAGUGGUAAAAGAUCUCAGCCUUGUUGUCACUGGCCUAAAGGAAGGAAAGAAAUACAAAUUUAGAGUAGCAGCCAGAAAUGCUGUUGGAGUCAGUUUGCCAAGAGAAGCUGAAGGAGUGUAUGAAGCCAAAGAACAACUGUUGCCACCAAAGAUCCUUAUGCCAGAGCAAAUUACUAUCAAAGCUGGGAAAAAACUCCGAAUUGAAGCCCAUGUGUAUGGAAAGCCUCAUCCCACCUGUAAAUGGAAAAAAGGAGAAGAUGAAGUUGUCACAUCCAGCCACCUGGCAGUGCAUAAAGCAGACAACUCUUCAAUUCUGAUCAUAAAAGAUGUGACUAGAAAAGACAGUGGUUACUACAGCCUCACAGCAGAGAACAGUUCUGGGACAGACACUCAGAAAAUCAAAGUUGUAGUCAUGGAUGCCCCUGGCCCCCCUCAGCCUCCAUUUGACAUUUCUGAUAUAGACGCCGAUGCUUGCUCCCUGUCGUGGCACAUCCCUCUAGAGGACGGAGGCAGUAACAUCACCAAUUAUAUAGUGGAGAAGUGUGAUGUAAGCCGAGGUGACUGGGUCACGGCUCUAGCUUCAGUCACAAAAACUUCCUGCAGGGUUGGAAAGUUGAUCCCAGGCCAGGAGUACAUCUUCCGGGUCCGUGCUGAAAACCGAUUUGGCAUUUCAGAGCCUCUCACAUCUCCAAAGAUGGUUGCGGAGUUCCCAUUUGGUGUUCCUAGUGAACCAAAGAAUGCACGAGUCACCAAAGUCAACAAGGACUGUAUUUUUGUUGCAUGGGACAGACCAGACAGUGAUGGAGGGAGCCCCAUUACUGGUUAUCUGAUUGAACGCAAGGAAAGAAACAGUUUGCUGUGGGUGAAAGCCAAUGAUACUCCUGUCCGGUCAACUGAAUAUCCUUGUGCUGGCCUUAUAGAAGGUCUUGAGUAUUCAUUCAGAAUCUAUGCCCUAAACAAAGCUGGAUCCAGCCCACCCAGCAAACCCACAGAAUAUGUAACUGCAAGAAUGCCAGUUGAUCCUCCUGGGAAACCUGAAGUUAUUGAUGUCACCAAGAGUACUGUAUCUUUGAUCUGGGCACGUCCAAAGCAUGAUGGAGGCAGUAAAAUUAUUGGUUAUUUCGUAGAAGCUUGCAAACUUCCUGGUGAUAAAUGGGUACGGUGCAAUACUGCACCUCACCAGAUUCCCCAGGAAGAGUACACAGCUACUGGCCUAGAAGAGAAAGCUCAGUAUCAAUUUAGAGCUAUUGCCAGGACCGCAGUAAACAUUAGCCCACCUUCGGAACCUUCUGAUCCAGUGACUAUCCUCGCAGAAAAUGUCCCUCCCAGGAUAGACCUGAGUGUGGCUAUGAAAUCAUUGCUUACUGUGAAAGCUGGAACUAAUGUCUGCUUGGAUGCUACUGUUUUUGGUAAACCAAUGCCAACGGUUUCUUGGAAGAAAGAUGGCACACUGCUAAAACCAGCAGAAGGCAUAAAGAUGGCCAUGCAGCGGAAUCUGUGCACCUUGGAGCUAUUCAGCGUGAACCGGAAGGACUCAGGAGACUAUACCAUUACUGCUGAAAAUUCAAGUGGUUCUAAGUCAGCCACCAUUAAGCUUAAAGUGUUAGAUAAACCGGGUCCUCCAGCAUCUGUUAAAAUCAACAAAAUGUAUUCAGAUCGUGCAAUGCUUUCUUGGGAACCGCCUCUUGAAGAUGGAGGCUCAGAAAUCACCAACUAUAUUGUUGACAAACGUGAAACAAGCAGGCCCAACUGGGCUCAAGUCUCUGCAACUGUGCCUAUCACCAGCUGCAGCGUGGAGAAACUUAUAGAGGGCCAUGAGUAUCAGUUCCGUAUUUGUGCUGAAAAUAAAUAUGGAGUAGGCGAUCCAGUCUUCACUGAACCAGCAAUUGCCAAAAACCCAUACGACCCACCAGGACGCUGUGAUCCUCCUGUUAUUAGCAACAUAACCAAAGAUCACAUGACAGUCAGCUGGAAGCCACCAGCAGAUGAUGGCGGCUCACCCAUCACUGGCUAUUUGCUUGAAAAGCGGGAAACCCAGGCUGUUAACUGGACUAAGGUCAACAGAAAACCUAUUAUAGAAAGAACACUAAAAGCAACAGGUCUUCAAGAAGGUACCGAAUAUGAGUUCCGUGUUACAGCUAUAAAUAAAGCUGGACCAGGCAAACCCAGUGACGCAUCCAAGGCCGCUUAUGCUCGGGACCCUCAGUAUCCUCCUGGCCCACCGGCUUUCCCUAAAGUAUAUGAUACAACUCGUAGCUCCGUGAGUCUAUCCUGGGGCAAGCCAGCCUAUGACGGCGGCAGCCCUAUCAUUGGUUAUCUCGUUGAAGUAAAACGGGCUGACUCCGAUAACUGGGUGAGGUGCAACUUACCACAGAAUCUACAGAAAACCCGCUUUGAGGUUACUGGCCUGAUGGAAGACACACAAUAUCAAUUUCGUGUGUACGCCGUUAAUAAGAUUGGAUACAGUGACCCCAGUGAUGUGCCAGAUAAACACUACCCCAAGGACAUCUUAAUUCCACCUGAGGGAGAACUUGAUGCGGACUUAAGGAAGACACUCAUAUUACGUGCUGGAGUUACUAUGAGACUAUAUGUACCAGUAAAAGGACGCCCACCUCCAAAGAUUACUUGGUCUAAACCUAAUGUCAAUCUAAGAGACAGGAUUGGACUGGACAUAAAGUCAACUGACUUUGACACUUUCUUGCGCUGUGAAAAUGUGAACAAAUAUGAUGCAGGAAAAUACAUCUUAACCCUGGAGAACAGCUGUGGUAAAAAGGAAUAUACCAUUGUUGUGAAAGUGCUUGAUACUCCUGGGCCACCUGUCAAUGUGACUGUUAAGGAAAUAUCCAAAGACUCUGCUUAUGUUACCUGGGAGCCUCCCAUUAUUGAUGGUGGAAGCCCCAUCAUAAACUAUGUGGUACAAAAACGUGAUGCAGAGAGGAAAUCCUGGUCUACAGUGACAACUGAGUGCUCCAAAACGAGCUUCAGAGUAUCUAAUUUGGAGGAGGGAAAAUCCUACUUCUUCCGAGUGUUUGCUGAAAAUGAGUAUGGCAUUGGUGAUCCCGGUGAAACUCGUGAUGCUGUCAAAGCUUCCCAAACUCCUGGACCAGUUGUGGACCUGAAAGUGAGGUCUGUAACUAAGUCAUCUUGUAGCAUUGGCUGGAAAAAGCCUCAUAGUGAUGGUGGAAGUCGGAUUAUUGGAUAUGUAGUUGAUUUCCUGACUGAAGAAAAUAAGUGGCAACGAGUUAUGAAAUCCUUAAGCCUACAGUACUCCGCAAAAGAUCUGACUGAAGGGAAGGAAUAUACCUUCAGAGUGAGUGCUGAGAAUGAAAAUGGAGAAGGAACCCCAAGCGAAAUCACUGUUGUGGCAAGGGAUGAUGUUGUGGCUCCUGAUCUUGACUUAAAGGGUCUACCUGAUUUGUGCUACUUGGCUAAAGAAAACAGCAACUUUCGGCUUAAGAUCCCCAUAAAAGGCAAGCCAGCUCCAUCAGUCUCCUGGAAGAAAGGGGAAGAUCCUCUAGCAACUGACACUAGAGUCAGUGUUGAGUCAUCUGCAGUUAACACAACUCUUAUAGUAUACGAUUGCCAAAAAUCUGAUGCUGGAAAAUACACAAUCACACUUAAGAAUGUUGCUGGCACCAAGGAAGGAACUAUCUCCAUAAAGGUUGUUGGCAAGCCUGGCAUCCCCACUGGACCAAUCAAAUUUGAUGAAGUCACAGCAGAAGCCAUGACCUUAAAGUGGGCUCCUCCAAAGGAUGAUGGAGGUUCUGAAAUCACCAACUAUAUCCUAGAGAAGAGGGAUUCUGUGAACAACAAGUGGGUGACGUGCGCCUCAGCUGUCCAGAAAACCACCUUUAGAGUAACCAGACUUCAUGAGGGCAUGGAAUAUACCUUCAGGGUCAGUGCCGAAAAUAAAUAUGGUGUAGGGGAAGGCCUGAAAUCGGAGCCAAUUGUUGCUAGACAUCCAUUUGAUGUGCCUGAUGCUCCCCCACCUCCCAAUAUUGUGGAGGUCAGACACGAUUCAGUAUCUCUAACUUGGACUGACCCCAGGAAAACUGGUGGCUCUCCAAUUACAGGGUAUCAUUUGGAGUUCAAGGAAAGAAACAGCCUUUUGUGGAAGAGAGCUAACAAGACUCCGAUAAGGAUGAGAGACUUUAAAGUGACAGGAUUAACUGAAGGUCUUGAAUAUGAAUUCCGAGUUAUGGCAAUCAAUUUAGCAGGUGUGGGCAAGCCAAGCCUCCCAUCAGAGCCUGUCGUGGCACUGGACCCGAUUGAUCCUCCUGGAAAACCUGAGGUUAUUAACGUAACAAGGAAUUCAGUGACUCUCAUUUGGACUGAACCUAAAUAUGAUGGUGGUCAUAAGUUAACUGGAUAUAUAGUGGAGAAGCGAGAUCUACCUUCCAAGUCUUGGAUGAAAGCCAACCAUGUUAAUGUCCCAGAAUGUGCCUUUACUGUAACUGACCUUGUUGAGGGUGGAAAAUAUGAAUUCAGAAUUAGAGCAAAGAAUACAGCAGGUGCUAUCAGUGCUCCAUCAGAAAGUACAGGAACCAUUAUUUGCAAGGAUGAAUACGAGGCACCAACAAUUGUCCUUGAUCCCACAAUAAAAGAUGGGCUAACAAUUAAAGCAGGGGAUACCAUUGUUUUGAAUGCCAUUAGCAUUCUUGGCAAACCCCUUCCAAAAUCAAGUUGGUCCAAGGCAGGAAAAGACAUUAGACCAUCAGAUAUCACUCAGAUAACUUCAACCCCAACAUCUUCCAUGCUUACUAUCAAGUAUGCCACUAGAAAAGAUGCCGGUGAAUACACCAUCACUGCUACCAAUCCUUUUGGCACGAAGGAGGAACAUGUGAAGGUAACAGUCCUUGAUGUACCUGGUCCCCCAGGUCCUAUUGAAAUCAGUAAUGUUUCUGCUGAAAAAGCAACACUUACAUGGACACCUCCCUUGGAAGAUGGCGGCUCACCAAUUAAGUCCUAUAUACUUGAAAAGAGAGAAACCAGUCGACUUUUGUGGACAGUGGUUUCUGAAGAUAUUCAGUCUUGCAGGCAUGUGGCAACCAAACUUAUCCAAGGAAAUGAGUACGUCUUCCGGGUCUCAGCUGUAAACCACUAUGGCAAAGGAGAACCUGUACAGUCUGAACCUGUCAAAAUGGUAGACAGAUUUGGUCCCCCUGGCCCUCCUGAAAAACCAGAGGUCUCAAAUGUCACUAAGAACACUGCCACUGUCAGCUGGAAAAGGCCAGUGGAUGAUGGUGGCAGCGAAAUCACAGGAUAUCAUGUAGAAAGGAGAGAAAAGAAAAGCCUGCGGUGGGUGAGAGCAAUAAAAACGCCCGUUUCUGAUCUCAGAUGCAAAGUAACAGGACUGCAAGAAGGAAGCACCUAUGAAUUCCGUGUCAGUGCAGAAAACAGAGCAGGAAUUGGUCCACCCAGUGAGGCUUCAAAUUCUGUUCUAAUGAAAGAUGCAGCAUAUCCUCCAGGACCACCUUCAAAUCCGCAUGUCACUGAUACGACCAAGAAAUCUGCUUCUUUGGCAUGGGGCAAGCCUCAUUAUGAUGGUGGACUUGAAAUCACCGGCUAUGUUGUGGAGCAUCAAAAAGUAGGAGACGAGGCCUGGAUAAAAGAUACCACAGGAACUGCCCUCAGAAUCACUCAGUUCGUUGUUCCUGAUCUUCAGACUAAAGAAAAAUACAACUUUAGAAUCAGUGCCAUCAACGAUGCAGGUGUUGGGGAGCCAGCGGUGAUUCCAGAUGUUGAAAUUGUAGAACGGGAAAUGGCUCCUGAUUUUGAACUAGAUGCCGAGCUUCGAAGAACACUUGUUGUUAGAGCAGGGCUCAGUAUUAGAAUAUUUGUGCCGAUUAAAGGUCGUCCUGCUCCUGAAGUGACAUGGACCAAGGAUAACAUCAACCUGAAAAACCGAGCCAACAUUGAAAAUACAGAAUCAUUUACUCUUCUGAUUAUCCCAGAAUGUAACAGAUAUGAUACCGGUAAAUUUGUCAUGACCAUUGAAAACCCGGCUGGGAAGAAAAGUGGCUUUGUGAAUGUCAGAGUCUUGGACACGCCAGGCCCAGUCCUCAACCUGCGGCCUACAGACAUCACAAAGGACAGUGUCACCCUGCACUGGGACCUCCCUCUGAUAGAUGGAGGCUCACGUAUAACAAAUUACAUUGUAGAGAAACGUGAAGCAACACGGAAAUCUUAUUCCACAGUCACCACUAAGUGCCAUAAAUGCACAUAUAAAGUUACCGGCUUGUCUGAAGGGUGUGAAUACUUCUUCAGAGUGAUGGCAGAGAAUGAAUAUGGAAUUGGUGAGCCAACAGAAACUACAGAGCCUGUAAAAGCCUCUGAAGCACCAUCUCCACCAGACAGCCUUAACAUCAUGGACAUAACUAAGAGCACUGUCAGCCUGGCAUGGCCUAAGCCCAAACACGAUGGUGGCAGCAAGAUCACUGGCUAUGUGAUUGAAGCCCAAAGAAAAGGCUCUGACCAGUGGACCCACAUCACAACCGUGAAAGGGUUAGAAUGUGUUGUGAGGAAUCUAACUGAAGGAGAGGAAUACACCUUCCAAGUGAUGGCAGUGAACAGCGCGGGGAGAAGUGCCCCUAGAGAAAGCAGACCCGUCAUUGUCAAGGAGCAGACAAUGCUUCCAGAGCUAGAUCUCCGUGGCAUCUAUCAGAAACUGGUCAUUGCCAGAGCUGGUGACAACAUCAAAGUUGAAAUUCCAGUGCUCGGUCGACCCAAGCCCACAGUGACAUGGAAAAAAGGAGACCAAAUUCUUAAACAGACACAGAGAGUUAAUUUUGAAACCACAGCAACUUCAACCAUUUUAAAUAUCAAUGAGUGUGUCAGAAGUGAUAGUGGGCCCUAUCCAUUAACAGCAAGGAACAUUGUAGGAGAGGUUGGUGAUGUCAUCACCAUUCAAGUCCAUGAUAUCCCAGGGCCACCUACUGGACCAAUCAAAUUUGAUGAAGUUUCAUCUGAUUUUGUAACCUUCUCUUGGGAUCCCCCUGAGAACGAUGGUGGUGUACCAAUAAGCAACUACGUAGUGGAAAUGCGGCAGACUGACAGUACUACCUGGGUUGAGUUAGCAACCACCGUUAUACGUACUACCUAUAAAGCCACCCGCCUUACUACUGGAUUAGAGUAUCAGUUCCGUGUAAAAGCUCAGAAUAGAUACGGAGUCGGACCAGGCAUCACAUCAGCAUGUAUAGUUGCCAACUAUCCAUUUAAGGUUCCUGGACCUCCUGGUACCCCUCAGGUAACUGCAGUUACCAAGGAUUCAAUGACCAUUAGCUGGCAUGAGCCACUUUCUGAUGGUGGAAGUCCUAUUUUAGGAUAUCACGUUGAAAGAAAAGAACGAAAUGGUAUUCUCUGGCAGACUGUGAGCAAAGCUUUAGUACCAGGCAACAUUUUCAAAUCAAGUGGACUUACAGAUGGCAUUGCUUAUGAAUUCCGGGUGAUUGCGGAAAACAUGGCAGGCAAAAGCAAGCCAAGCAAGCCAUCAGAGCCUAUGUUGGCUCUGGAUCCCAUCGACCCACCUGGAAAACCAAUACCUCUAAAUAUUACAAGACACACAGUGACACUUAAAUGGGCUAAGCCUGAAUAUACUGGGGGCUUUAAAAUUACCAGUUAUAUUGUUGAAAAGAGAGACCUUCCUAAUGGACGGUGGCUGAAGGCCAACUUCAGCAACAUUUUGGAGAAUGAAUUUACAGUCAGUGGCCUAACAGAAGAUGCUGCAUAUGAAUUCCGUGUGAUUGCCAAAAAUGCUGCAGGUGCCAUCAGUCCACCAUCUGAGCCAUCUGAUGCUAUCACUUGCAGGGAUGACAUUGAAGCACCAAAGAUAAAGGUGGAUGUUAAAUUUAAGGACACAGUUAUAUUAAAAGCAGGUGAAGCAUUCAGACUGGAAGCUGAUGUUUCAGGCCGCCCACCUCCAACGAUGGAAUGGACCAAAGAUGGAAAAGAGCUGGAAGGCACAGCAAAGUUAGAAAUAAAAAUUGCAGAUUUCUCUACUCAUCUGGUAAACAAAGAUUCAACAAGAAGGGAUAGUGGUGCCUAUACCCUUACAGCAACUAAUCCUGGUGGCUUUGCUAAACACAUUUUCAAUGUCAAAGUUCUUGACAGACCAGGCCCACCUGAAGGACCUUUGGCUGUAAGUGAAGUGACAUCAGAAAAGUGUGUACUAUCAUGGUUGCCUCCACUGGAUGAUGGAGGUGCCAAAAUUGAUCAUUACAUAGUACAGAAACGUGAAACCAGCAGAUUGGCAUGGACAAAUGUAGCCUCAGAAGUCCAAGUAACAAAGCUAAAGGUCACUAAACUCUUGAAAGGCAAUGAAUACAUAUUCCGUGUCAUGGCUGUAAAUAAAUAUGGAGUGGGAGAGCCACUGGAAUCAGAGCCUGUGCUUGCAGUGAAUCCUUAUGGACCCCCAGAUCCGCCCAAAAACCCUGAAGUGACAGCUAUUACUAAAGACUCGAUGGUUGUCUGCUGGGGACAUCCUGAUUCUGAUGGUGGAAGUGAAAUCAUCAAUUAUAUUGUGGAACGGCAUGAUAAAGCUGGCCAACGCUGGAUUAAAUGCAACAAAAAAACUCUUACUGAUUUAAGAUAUAAAGUGUCUGGACUGACAGAAGGACAUGAAUAUGAGUUCAGGAUUAUGGCUGAAAAUGCUGCUGGAAUUAGUGCACCAAGUCCUACCAGUCCAUUUUACAAGGCUUGUGACACUGUGUUUAAACCCGGACCACCAGGUAACCCACGUGUUCUAGAUACAAGCAGAUCAUCCAUUUCAAUCGCAUGGAAUAAACCUAUCUAUGAUGGUGGUUCAGAAAUCACUGGGUAUAUGGUUGAGAUUGCCCUGCCAGAGGAAGAUGAAUGGCAGAUUGUCACUCCACCAGCAGGACUCAAGGCAACUUCUUAUACUAUCACUGGCCUCACAGAGAAUCAGGAAUAUAAGAUUCGCAUCUAUGCCAUGAAUUCCGAGGGACUUGGGGAACCUGCCCUUGUUCCUGGAACUCCGAAGGCUGAAGACAGAAUGCUGCCUCCAGAAAUUGAACUGGAUGCUGACCUGCGCAAAGUUGUUACUAUAAGGGCCUGCUGCACGCUGAGACUUUUUGUUCCAAUCAAAGGAAGGCCUGCACCUGAGGUGAAGUGGGCCCGGGAACAUGGAGAAUCUUUAGAUAAAGCUAGCAUUGAAUCCACAAGCUCUUACACACUGCUUAUUGUUGGAAAUGUAAACAGAUUUGACAGUGGCAAAUAUAUACUAACUGUAGAAAAUAGUUCAGGCAGCAAGUCUGCAUUUGUCAACGUUAGAGUUCUUGAUACACCAGGCCCUCCACAGAAUCUGAAGGUAAAGGAGGUCACUAAGACAUCUGUCACACUGACAUGGGACCCACCUCUCCUUGAUGGAGGUUCAAAAAUCAAGAACUAUAUUGUUGAAAAGCGGGAAUCAACAAGAAAAGCAUAUUCAACUGUUGCAACAAACUGCCACAAGACUUCCUGGAAGGUAGACCAGCUUCAAGAAGGCUGUAGCUACUAUUUCAGGGUUCUCGCAGAAAAUGAAUAUGGCAUUGGGCUGCCUGCUGAAACCGCGGAAUCUGUGAAAGCAUCAGAACGACCUCUUCCUCCAGGAAAAAUAACUUUGAUGGAUGUCACAAGAAAUAGUGUGUCACUCUCUUGGGAGAAGCCAGAGCAUGAUGGAGGCAGCCGAAUUCUAGGCUACAUUGUGGAGAUGCAGAGCAAAGGCAGUGACAAAUGGGCCACGUGUGCCACAGUCAAGGUCACUGAAGCCACUAUCACUGGAUUAAUUCAGGGUGAAGAAUACUCUUUCCGUGUUUCAGCUCAGAAUGAAAAGGGCAUCAGUGAUCCUAGACAACUGAGUGUGCCAGUGAUCGCCAAAGAUCUUGUCAUUCCACCAGCCUUCAAACUCCUGUUCAAUACUUUCACUGUACUGGCAGGUGAAGACCUAAAAGUUGAUGUUCCAUUCAUUGGCCGCCCUACCCCAGCUGUAAUCUGGCAUAAAGAUGAUGUACCACUGAAGCAGACAACUAGAGUAAAUGCAGAGAGCACAGAAAAUAAUUCACUACUGACAAUAAAGGAUGCCUGCCGAGAAGAUGUUGGCCAUUAUGUGGUUAAACUGACUAACUCAGCUGGUGAAGCUACUGAAACCCUUAAUGUUAUUGUCCUUGACAAACCAGGGCCUCCAACUGGACCAGUUAAAAUGGAUGAAGUGACAGCUGAUAGUAUUACUCUUUCCUGGGGCCCACCCAAGUAUGAUGGUGGAAGUUCUAUCAAUAAUUAUAUUGUUGAGAAACGGGACACUUCCACAACCACCUGGCAAAUUGUAUCAGCUACAGUUGCAAGGACAACAAUAAAGGCUUGCAGACUGAAGACUGGAUGUGAAUAUCAGUUUAGAAUUGCAGCUGAAAACAGAUACGGAAAGAGUACCUACCUCAAUUCAGAGCCUAUUGUAGCCCAAUAUCCAUUCAAAGUUCCUGGUCCUCCUGGCACUCCACUUGUCACACUGUCCUCCAGGGACAGCAUGGAAGUACAAUGGAAUGAGCCGGUCAGUGAUGGAGGAAGCAGAGUCAUUGGCUAUCAUCUAGAACGCAAGGAAAGAAAUAGUAUCCUCUGGGUUAAGUUGAAUAAAACACCUAUUCCUCAAACCAAGUUUAAGACAACUGGCCUUGAAGAAGGCGUUGAAUAUGAAUUUAGAGUCUCCGCAGAGAACAUCGUGGGCAUUGGCAAGCCGAGUAAAGUAUCAGAAUGUUAUGUGGCUCGUGACCCAUGUGAUCCACCAGGACGGCCAGAGGCAAUCAUUGUCACAAGGAAUUCUGUGACUCUUCAGUGGAAGAAACCCACCUAUGAUGGUGGAAGCAAGAUCACUGGUUAUAUUGUUGAGAAGAAAGAAUUACCUGAGGGCCGUUGGAUGAAAGCCAGUUUUACAAAUAUUAUUGACACUCAUUUUGAAGUAACUGGCCUAGUUGAAGAUCACAGAUAUGAGUUCCGGGUUAUAGCCCGAAAUGCCGCAGGAGUGUUUAGUGAGCCUUCAGAAAGCACAGGAGCAAUAACAGCUAGAGAUGAGGUAGAUCCACCACGAAUAAGUAUGGAUCCAAAAUACAAAGACACAAUCGUGGUUCAUGCUGGUGAAUCAUUCAAGAUUGAUGCAGAUAUUUAUGGCAAACCAAUACCAACCAUUCAGUGGAUAAAAGGUGAUCAGGAGCUUUCAAACACAGCUCGAUUAGAAAUAAAGAGCACUGACUUUGCCACCAGUCUCAGUGUAAAAGAUGCAGUACGUGUCGACAGUGGAAAUUACAUACUGAAGGCCAAAAAUGUUGCAGGAGAGAGAUCAGUUACUGUGAAUGUCAAGGUACUUGAUAGACCAGGGCCCCCUGAAGGACCUGUUGUUAUAUCAGGAGUUACAGCAGAAAAAUGCACACUAGCUUGGAAACCUCCACUUCAGGAUGGUGGGAGUGAUAUCAUAAAUUAUAUUGUGGAAAGGAGAGAAACCAGCCGCUUAGUUUGGACUGUGGUUGAUGCCAAUGUGCAGACUCUCAGCUGCAAGGUUACUAAGCUUCUUGAAGGCAAUGAAUAUACUUUCCGUAUAAUGGCGGUAAACAAAUAUGGUGUUGGUGAACCUCUUGAAUCUGAGCCAGUAAUUGCCAAGAAUCCAUUUGUAGUACCAGAUGCACCAAAAGCUCCAGAAGUCACAACAGUGACCAAGGACUCAAUGAUUGUUGUAUGGGAAAGACCAGCAUCUGAUGGUGGCAGUGAAAUUCUUGGAUAUGUUCUUGAGAAACGGGAUAAAGAAGGCAUUAGAUGGACAAGAUGCCAUAAGCGUCUGAUUGGAGAGUUGCGCCUGAGAGUAACUGGACUCUUAGAAAAUCACAAUUAUGAGUUCAGAGUUUCUGCUGAGAAUGCUGCUGGACUUAGUGAACCAAGCCCUCCUUCUGCAUACCAAAAGGCUUGUGAUCCUAUUUAUAAACCAGGACCUCCAAACAACCCCAAAGUCAUAGAUAUUACCAGAUCUUCAGUAUUCCUAUCUUGGAGCAAACCAAUAUAUGAUGGUGGCUGUGAAAUCCAAGGAUACAUUGUUGAAAAAUGUGAUGUGAGUGUUGGUGAAUGGACAAUGUGCACUCCACCAACAGGAAUUAAUAAAACAAACAUAGAAGUAGAAAAGCUGUUGGAAAAGCAUGAAUACAACUUCCGUAUCUGUGCUAUUAAUAAAGCUGGAGUUGGAGAACAUGCUGAUGUCCCUGGACCUAUUAUAGUUGAAGAAAAAUUGGAAGCACCAGACAUUGAUCUUGACCUAGAACUAAGGAAAAUCAUAAAUAUAAGGGCAGGUGGCUCCUUAAGGUUAUUUGUUCCUAUAAAAGGUCGUCCUACACCAGAAGUUAAAUGGGGAAAGAUGGAUGGUGAAAUUCGAGAUGCAGCUAUAAUUGAUGUCACUAGCAGUUUCACCUCUCUUGUUCUUGACAAUGUCAACCGAUAUGAUAGUGGAAAAUAUACACUUACAUUAGAAAACAGCAGUGGAACAAAGUCUGCCUUUGUUACUGUGAGAGUUCUGGACACGCCAAGUCCACCUGUUAACCUGAAAGUCACAGAAAUCACCAAAGACUCAGUAUCAAUUACAUGGGAACCUCCUUUGUUGGAUGGGGGAUCCAAAAUUAAAAAUUACAUUGUUGAGAAACGUGAAGCCACAAGAAAAUCAUAUGCUGCUGUUGUAACUAAUUGCCAUAAGAAUUCUUGGAAAAUCGAUGAGCUCCAAGAAGGUUGCAGUUAUUACUUCAGAGUCACAGCUGAGAAUGAGUAUGGUAUUGGCCUUCCUGCCCAGACUGCUGAUCCAAUUAAGGUUGCAGAAGUCCCACAACCUCCUGGAAAAAUAACUGUGGAUGAUGUCACCAGAAACAGUGUCUCUCUGAGUUGGACAAAACCUGAACAUGAUGGUGGCAGUAAAAUCAUUCAGUAUAUUGUGGAAAUGCAAGCUAAACACAGUGAGAAAUGGUCAGAGUGUGCUCGAGUAAAGUCUCUUGAGGCAGUAAUUUCCAAUCUAACUCAAGGGGAAGAAUAUCUUUUUAGAGUUGUUGCUGUAAAUGAAAAGGGGAGAAGUGACCCUCGGUCCCUUGCAGUUCCAAUAGUUGCCAAAGAUCUGGUAAUUGAGCCAGAUGUAAAACCUGCAUUCAGUAGUUACAGUGUACAGGUUGGCCAAGAUUUGAAAAUAGAAGUGCCAAUUUCUGGACGUCCUAAGCCAACAAUUACCUGGACUAAAGAUGGUCUCCCACUGAAGCAGACCACAAGAAUCAAUGUUACUGAUUCACUGGAUCUCACCACACUCAGUAUUAAAGAAACUCAUAAGGAUGAUGGUGGACAAUAUGGAAUCAUGGUUGCCAAUAUUGUUGGUCAGAAGACAGCAUCCAUCGAAAUUGUAACUCUAGAUAAACCUGAUCCUCCAAAAGGACCUGUUAAAUUUGAUGAUGUCAGUGCUGAAAGUAUUACAUUAUCUUGGAACCCUCCAUUAUAUACAGGGGGCUGCCAAAUCACCAAUUACAUUGUUCAGAAAAGAGAUACAACCACCACAGUAUGGGAUGUUGUUUCUGCUACUGUUGCUAGAACUACACUCAAAGUGACCAAACUGAAAACUGGUACAGAAUACCAAUUUAGAAUAUUUGCCGAAAACAGAUAUGGACAAAGUUUUGCCUUAGAAUCUGAUCCAAUUGUAGCUCAAUAUCCCUACAAAGAACCAGGCCCUCCAGGUACACCAUUUGCCACAGCCAUUUCCAAAGACUCCAUGGUCAUACAGUGGCAUGAACCAGUCAACAAUGGUGGAAGCCCAGUCAUAGGUUACCACCUGGAGAGAAAAGAAAGAAAUAGUAUUUUGUGGACAAAGGUCAACAAAACUAUUAUUCAUGACACCCAAUUCAAAGCACAGAAUCUUGAAGAAGGCAUUGAAUAUGAAUUCAGAGUGUAUGCAGAAAAUAUUGUUGGUAUAGGCAAAGCAAGCAAGAAUUCUGAAUGCUAUGUAGCCAGAGAUCCCUGUGACCCACCAGGAACCCCAGAACCAAUAAUGGUUAAAAGAAAUGAAAUCACUUUACAGUGGACCAAACCUGUAUAUGAUGGUGGAAGUAUGAUUACAGGCUACAUUGUAGAGAAACGUGAUUUGCCUGAUGGUCGUUGGAUGAAAGCCAGCUUUACAAAUGUCAUUGAAACUCAAUUUACUGUGUCAGGUCUUACUGAAGAUCAAAGAUACGAAUUCAGAGUCAUUGCAAAGAAUGCUGCUGGUGCAAUAAGUAAACCCUCUGACAGUACUGGACCAAUAACUGCCAAGGAUGAAGUUGAACUUCCAAGAAUUUCAAUGGAUCCAAAAUUCAGAGACACAAUUGUGGUAAAUGCUGGAGAAACAUUCAGACUUGAGGCUGAUGUCCAUGGAAAGCCCCUACCUACCAUUGAGUGGUUAAGAGGAGAUAAGGAAAUUGAAGAAUCUGCUAGAUGUGAAAUAAAGAACACAGAUUUCAAGGCUUUACUUAUUGUAAAAGAUGCAAUUAGAAUUGAUGGUGGGCAGUAUAUUUUAAGAGCUUCCAAUGUUGCAGGUUCUAAGUCAUUCCCAGUAAAUGUAAAAGUAUUAGAUAGACCAGGACCUCCAGAAGGGCCAGUCCAGGUUACUGGAGUCACUUCUGAAAAAUGCUCUUUAACAUGGUCUCCACCACUUCAAGAUGGUGGCAGUGACAUUUCUCACUAUGUUGUUGAAAAGCGAGAAACCAGUCGACUUGCCUGGACUGUUGUUGCUUCAGAAGUUGUGACCAAUUCUCUGAAAGUUACCAAACUCUUAGAAGGUAAUGAAUAUAUUUUCCGUAUAAUGGCUGUCAACAAAUAUGGUGUUGGAGAGCCUUUGGAAUCUGCACCAGUACUAAUGAAAAAUCCAUUUGUGCUUCCUGGACCACCAAAAAGCUUGGAAGUCACAAAUAUUGCCAAAGACUCCAUGACCGUCUGUUGGAACCGUCCAGAUAGUGAUGGUGGAAGUGAGAUUAUUGGUUACAUUGUAGAGAAAAGAGACAGAAGUGGCAUUCGAUGGAUAAAAUGUAAUAAACGCCGCAUUACAGAUUUGCGUCUAAGAGUGACAGGAUUAACAGAAGAUCAUGAGUAUGAAUUCAGGGUCUCUGCAGAAAAUGCUGCUGGAGUUGGGGAACCAAGUCCAGCUACAGUUUAUUAUAAAGCCUGUGAUCCUGUGUUCAAACCUGGCCCACCCACCAAUGCACACAUUGUAGACACCACCAAAAAUUCAAUCACACUUGCCUGGGGUAAACCCAUCUAUGACGGUGGCAGUGAGAUCCUGGGAUACGUAGUAGAAAUCUGUAAAGCAGAUGAAGAAGAAUGGCAAAUAGUUACUCCACAGACUGGCCUAAGAGUCACUCGAUUUGAAAUUUCAAAACUCACUGAACACCAAGAGUAUAAAAUACGAGUCUGUGCCCUCAACAAAGUUGGUUUAGGUGAGGCUACAUCAGUUCCUGGUACUGUGAAACCAGAAGAUAAACUUGAAGCACCUGAACUUGACCUUGACUCUGAAUUAAGAAAAGGAAUUGUUGUAAGAGCUGGUGGAUCUGCCAGAAUUCACAUUCCAUUCAAAGGUCGUCCAACGCCUGAGAUCACUUGGUCUCGAGAGGAAGGUGAAUUCACAGAUAAGGUCCAAAUUGAAAAGGGAGUAAACUAUACCCAACUAUCAAUAGAUAACUGUGAUAGAAAUGAUGCUGGAAAAUACAUUCUUAAGUUGGAAAACAGCAGUGGAUCAAAGUCUGCUUUUGUAACUGUGAAAGUUCUUGACACUCCAGGACCACCACAGAAUUUGGCAGUCAAAGAAGUGAGAAAAGAUUCUGUCCUCCUGGUAUGGGAGCCACCCAUCAUUGAUGGAGGUGCAAAGGUCAAGAACUAUGUGAUUGACAAACGUGAGUCAACCAGAAAAGCAUAUGCUAAUGUGAGUAGUAAAUGCAGCAAAACAAGUUUUAAAGUAGAAAAUCUUACAGAAGGAGCCAUUUAUUACUUCAGAGUCAUGGCUGAAAAUGAAUUUGGAGUUGGUGUUCCAGUGGAAACUGUUGAUGCCGUGAAAGCUGCUGAACCUCCUUCCCCACCAGGAAAGGUUACACUCACUGAUGUGUCCCAGACCAGUGCAUCACUUAUGUGGGAGAAACCUGAACAUGAUGGUGGUAGCAGAAUCCUGGGGUAUGUUGUUGAAAUGCAGCCCAAAGGAACUGAAAAAUGGAGCAUUGUGGCCGAAUCCAAAGUUUGUAAUGCAGUUGUUACUGGUUUGAGUUCUGGACAAGAAUAUCAGUUCCGUGUCAAAGCUUAUAAUGAGAAAGGAAAAAGCGAUCCAAGAGUGCUGGGUGUUCCUGUCAUAGCCAAGGACUUGACUAUACAGCCUAGUUUAAAGUUACCAUUUAACACAUAUAGUAUCCAAGCUGGAGAAGAUCUUAAAAUAGAAAUUCCAGUUAUAGGCCGACCAAGACCUAACGUUUCUUGGGUCAAAGAUGGUGAGCCUCUUAAACAGACAACAAGAGUAAACGUUGAAGAAACAGCUACCUCAACUGUUUUUCACAUUAAAGAAGGUAACAAAGAUGACUUUGGAAAAUACACCGUAACAGCAACAAAUAGUGCAGGCACAGCAACAGAAAAUCUCAGUGUCAUCGUUUUAGAAAAGCCUGGACCUCCAGUUGGCCCAGUUCGGUUUGAUGAAGUUAGUGCAGACUUUGUAGUCAUAUCUUGGGAACCUCCAGCCUAUACUGGUGGCUGCCAAAUAAGCAACUACAUUGUAGAGAAGCGAGAUACAACCACCACCACUUGGCACAUGGUAUCAGCAACAGUUGCAAGAACAACAAUUAAAAUAACCAAACUGAAAACAGGCACGGAGUACCAGUUUAGAAUUUUUGCUGAAAACAGGUAUGGAAAAAGUGCCCCACUGGAUUCUAAGCCAGUUAUUGUACAGUAUCCAUUUAAAGAACCUGGACCACCUGGAACUCCUUUUGUGACAUCAAUCUCAAAAGAUCAAAUGCUUGUGCAAUGGCAUGAGCCAGUUCAUGAUGGAGGCACCAAAAUUAUUGGCUACCAUCUUGAACAGAAAGAAAAGAACAGUAUUUUAUGGGUCAAGUUAAAUAAGACCCCCAUUCAGGACACCAAAUUCAAAACAACUGGGCUUGAUGAGGGCCUUGAGUAUGAGUUCAAAGUUUCUGCUGAAAAUAUUGUUGGCAUUGGCAAGCCUAGCAAAGUGUCGGAAUGCUUUAUUGCUCGUGAUCCAUGUGACCCACCUGGUCGCCCUGAAGCCAUUGUUAUUACAAGAAACAAUGUCACACUGAAAUGGAAGAAACCUGCCUAUGAUGGUGGUAGCAAAAUAACAGGUUACCUUGUAGAAAAGAAAGAUCUACCUGAUGGCCGCUGGAUGAAAGCCAGCUUUACCAACGUAUUAGAAACUGAAUUUACAGUGAGUGGACUUGUAGAAGACCAAAGAUAUGAAUUUAGAGUAAUUGCAAGAAAUGCAGCUGGAAACUUUAGUGAACCAUCUGAAAGUAGUGGUGCCAUUACUGCAAGAGAUGAAAUUGAUGCACCAAAUGCCUCCCUGGAUCCAAAAUAUAAAGAUGUCAUCGUUGUUCAUGCAGGAGAGACUUUUGUUCUUGAAGCCGACAUCCGUGGCAAACCUAUACCUGAUGUUGUUUGGUCAAAAGAUGGAAAAGAACUUGAAGAAACAGCUGCUAGAAUGGAAAUUAAAUCUACUAUUCAGAAAACAACUCUUGUUGUCAAAGACUGUAUACGGACUGAUGGAGGACAAUAUAUUCUGAAACUCAGCAAUGUUGGUGGUACAAAGUCUAUACCCAUCACUGUAAAGGUACUUGACAGGCCAGGGCCUCCUGAAGGGCCUCUGAAAGUUACUGGAGUUACUGCAGAAAAAUGUUACCUGGCAUGGAACCCACCUUUGCAAGAUGGUGGUGCUAAUAUUUCACAUUACAUCAUUGAAAAGAGGGAGACAAGCCGACUCUCUUGGACCCAGGUUUCAACUGAGGUACAGGCCCUUAACUACAAAGUUACUAAACUUCUUCCUGGUAAUGAGUACAUUUUCCGUGUCAUGGCUGUGAAUAAAUACGGAAUUGGAGAGCCCUUGGAAUCUGGGCCUGUUACAGCCUGUAAUCCUUAUAAGCCACCAGGUCCUCCUUCAACACCUGAAGUCUCAGCAAUCACCAAAGAUUCUAUGGUAGUAACAUGGGCACGCCCAGUAGACGAUGGAGGUGCUGAAAUUGAGGGCUACAUUCUUGAAAAACGAGAUAAGGAAGGCGUUAGAUGGACCAAGUGCAACAAGAAAACAUUAACGGAUCUCCGGCUCAGGGUAACUGGUCUUACCGAAGGCCAUUCCUAUGAAUUCAGAGUUGCUGCUGAAAAUGCAGCUGGUGUGGGAGAACCUAGUGAGCCAUCUGUUUUCUACCGUGCAUGUGAUGCCUUGUAUCCACCAGGUCCACCAAGCAAUCCAAAAGUGACGGACACUUCCAGAUCUUCUGUCUCCCUGGCAUGGAGUAAGCCAAUUUAUGAUGGUGGUGCACCUGUUAAAGGCUAUGUUGUAGAGGUCAAAGAAGCUGCUGCAGAUGAAUGGACAACUUGUACUCCACCAACAGGACUACAAGGAAAGCAGUUCACAGUGACCAAGCUUAAAGAAAAUACUGAAUAUAACUUCCGUAUUUGUGCCAUCAAUUCUGAAGGUGUAGGUGAACCUGCAACUCUACCUGGUUCAGUGGUUGCUCAGGAGAGGAUAGAGCCACCAGAAAUAGAACUCGAUGCUGAUCUCAGAAAGGUGGUCGUUCUGCGUGCAAGUGCUACUUUACGCUUAUUUGUCACUAUCAAAGGUCGACCAGAACCCGAAGUUAAAUGGGAAAAGGCAGAAGGCAUUCUCACUGAUAGGGCUCAGAUCGAGGUGACCAGCUCAUUUACAAUGUUGGUGAUUGAUAAUGUUACCAGAUUUGACAGUGGUCGGUAUAAUCUGACAUUAGAAAAUAAUAGUGGCUCCAAAACAGCUUUUGUUAACGUCAGAGUUCUUGACUCACCAAGUGCUCCUGUGAAUUUGACUGUAAGAGAAGUGAAGAAAGACUCAGUGACGUUGUCCUGGGAACCGCCACUUAUUGAUGGUGGAGCUAAGAUUACAAACUACAUUGUUGAAAAACGAGAAACUACAAGAAAAGCCUAUGCUACUGUUACAAACAAUUGCACUAAAACUACUUUCAGAAUUGAAAAUCUACAAGAAGGAUGUUCUUACUACUUCCGAGUCUUGGCUUCCAAUGAAUAUGGGAUUGGUUUGCCAGCUGAAACAACGGAACCCGUUAAAGUGUCUGAACCACCCCUCCCACCUGGAAGAGUAACUCUUGUUGAUGUGACCCGUAAUACAGCUACAAUUAAGUGGGAGAAACCAGAAAGUGAUGGUGGCAGCAAAAUUAUUGGUUAUGUGGUUGAAAUGCAGACUAAAGGGAGUGAAAAGUGGAGCACCUGCACACAAGUUAAGACUCUAGAAGCAACUAUAUCUGGCUUAACUGCAGGAGAAGAGUAUGUCUUCAGGGUAGCUGCAGUUAAUGAAAAGGGAAGAAGUGAUCCAAGACAACUUGGAGUGCCAGUAAUUGCAAGGGAUAUUGAAAUAAAGCCUUCAGUUGAGCUUCCUUUCCAUACUUUCAACGUAAAGGCUAGAGAACAACUUAAGAUUGAUGUGCCAUUCAAAGGAAGACCUCAAGCUACUGUGAACUGGAAAAAAGAUGGUCAGACUCUUAAAGAGACAACUAGAGUCAAUGUUUCUUCUUCAAAGACUGUAACAUCACUAUCUAUUAAGGAAGCUUCAAGGGAAGACGUUGGAACUUAUGAAUUAUGUGUUUCAAACAGUGCUGGAUCCAUAACAGUUCCUCUUACUAUAAUUGUCCUUGACAGACCGGGACCUCCAGGUCCUAUACGUAUUGAUGAAGUUAGUUGUGACAACAUAACCAUUUCUUGGAAUCCUCCAGAAUAUGAUGGUGGCUGCCAAAUUAGCAAUUACAUCGUUGAAAAGAGAGAAACCACCUCUACAACAUGGCACACAGUUUCACAAGCAGUUGCAAGAACAUCCAUUAAAAUAGUUCGCCUGACCACAGGAAGUGAGUAUCAGUUCCGUGUUUGUGCAGAAAACCGCUAUGGAAAGAGCUCCUACAGUGAAUCUUCAGCUGUUGUUGCAGAGUAUCCAUUCAGUCCCCCAGGUCCUCCUGGUACUCCUAAAGUUGUGCAUGCCACAAAAUCUACCAUGCUUGUAACCUGGCAAGUGCCAGUUAAUGAUGGAGGAAGUCGAGUAAUUGGCUAUCAUCUUGAGUAUAAAGAAAGAAGCAGCAUUCUUUGGUCAAAAGCAAACAAAAUCCUCAUUGCUGAUACUCAGAUGAAAGUCUCCGGCCUUGAUGAAGGACUGAUGUAUGAGUAUCGUGUAUAUGCUGAGAAUAUUGCUGGAAUCGGUAAAUGCAGUAAAUCUUGUGAACCAGUCCCUGCAAGAGAUCCUUGUGACCCUCCUGGACAACCUGAAGUCACAAAUAUCACAAGAAAAUCAGUGUCACUUAAAUGGUCUAAACCACAUUAUGAUGGUGGAGCUAAGAUCACAGGAUACAUUGUUGAACGCAGAGAACUACCAGAUGGCCGGUGGCUGAAGUGCAAUUAUACUAAUAUACAGGAAACACACUUUGAAGUAACUGAACUUACUGAAGAUCAGCGUUAUGAAUUCCGGGUUUUUGCAAAGAAUGCUGCUGACUCAAUUAGUGAGCCAUCUGAAUCCACUGGGCCUAUUACAGUUAAAGAUGAUGUUGAGGCUCCAAGAAUUAUGAUGGAUGUCAAGUUCCGAGAUGUUAUUGUUGUCAAAGCUGGAGAGGUCCUUAAGAUAAAUGCAGACAUUGCAGGGCGACCUCUGCCAGUAAUUUCCUGGGCCAAGGAUGGUGUAGAAAUUGAAGAAAGAGCAAGAACAGAAAUCAUCUCAACAGACAAUCAUACUUUGUUAACAGUUAAAGACUGUGUAAGACGAGACACUGGGCAAUAUGUACUAACACUGAAGAAUGUUGCUGGCACUCGGUCUGUGGCCAUUAAUUGCAAGGUACUUGAUAAGCCUGGUCCACCAGCAGGACCACUUGAAAUAAAUGGCCUCACUGCUGAGAAAUGCUCUCUUUCCUGGGGACGCCCCCAAGAAGAUGGUGGUGCAGAUAUCGACUAUUACAUCGUAGAAAAACGUGAAACAAGCCACCUUGCAUGGACAAUAUGUGAAGGAGAGUUACGGACGACAUCCUGUAAAGUAACCAAGUUACUCAAAGGCAAUGAAUAUAUAUUUAGAGUAACUGGUGUUAAUAAAUACGGUGUUGGUGAGCCCCUAGAGAGUGUAGCUGUAAAGGCACUAGAUCCAUUUACAGUUCCAAGUCCACCCACAUCUUUGGAAAUUACUUCUGUGACGAAAGAAUCUAUGACGCUUUGCUGGUCAAGACCUGAGAGUGAUGGAGGUAGUGAAAUAUCUGGAUAUAUAAUUGAAAGACGAGAGAAAAAUAGCCUAAGAUGGGUGCGUGUAAACAAAAAACCAGUUUAUGAUCUGAGAGUGAAAUCAACAGGACUUCGGGAAGGAUGUGAAUAUGAAUAUCGUGUUUAUGCAGAAAAUGCUGCUGGCCUAAGUCUUCCAAGUGAAACCUCUCCCUUAAUUCGAGCAGAAGAUCCAGUGUUCCUACCAUCUCCUCCAUCUAAACCCAAAAUUGUGGACUCAGGCAAGACAACUAUAACUAUUGCCUGGGUUAAGCCACUGUUUGAUGGUGGGGCCCCAAUAACUGGAUAUACUGUUGAAUACAAAAAAUCUGAUGACACUGACUGGAAAACUGCCAUUCAGAGCUUACGAGGGACAGAAUAUACAAUAAGUGGACUAACAACAGGAGCUGAAUAUAUUUUCAGAGUAAGAUCUGUCAAUAAGGUUGGUGCUAGUGACCCCAGUGAUAGCUCCGACCCUCAGAUAGCAAAGGAAAGAGAAGAAGAACCUGUAUUUGAUAUUGACAGUGAAAUGAGAAAGACAUUGAUUGUCAAGGCCGGUGCCUCAUUUACCAUGACUGUGCCUUUCCGAGGAAGACCAGUACCCAAUGUCUUGUGGAGUAAGCCAGACACUGACCUCCGCACUAGAGCUUAUAUUGAUACCACAGACUCUCGUACCUCACUGACCAUUGAAAAUGCCAACAGAAAUGACUCUGGAAAGUAUACAUUAACAAUUCAGAAUGUUUUGAGUGCUGCUUCACUGACCUUAGUUGUCAAAGUUUUAGAUUCCCCGGGUCCUCCAACCAACAUUGCUGUGCAAGAUGUAACCAAAGAGUCUGCAGUGUUAUCCUGGGAUGUUCCUGAAAACGAUGGUGGAGCACCAGUGAAGAAUUACCACAUAGAAAAACGUGAGGCCAGCAAGAAAGCAUGGGUCUCUGUGACCAACAACUGUAACCGCCUCUCCUACAAAGUUACCAAUUUACAAGAAGGAGCUAUCUACUACUUCAGAGUCUCUGGAGAAAAUGAGUUUGGUGUUGGUAUACCAGCUGAAACAAAGGAAGGAGUAAAAAUAACAGAAAAACCAAGCCCACCUGAAAAACUUGGAGUAACAAGUACAUCCAAAGACAGUGUUUCCCUGACCUGGCUGAAGCCUGAACAUGAUGGCGGAAGCAGAAUUGUACACUAUGUUGUUGAAGCACUAGAAAAAGGACAGAAAAACUGGGUUAAAUGUGCAGUGGCAAAGUCAACCCAUCACGUUGUUUCUGGUCUGAGGGAGAAUUCUGAAUACUUUUUCCGGGUGUUUGCUGAAAAUCAAGCUGGCCUGAGUGACCCGAGAGAGCUUCUGCUUCCUGUUCUUAUUAAGGAGCAACUAGAACCACCUGAAAUUGAUAUGAAGAAUUUCCCAAGUCACACCGUAUAUGUUAGAGCUGGUUCAAACCUUAAAGUUGACAUUCCAAUCUCUGGAAAACCACUUCCCAAAGUGACCUUAUCAAGAGAUGGUGUCCCCGUGAAGGCAACCAUGAGAUUUAAUACCGAAAUUACUGCUGAGAACCUGACCAUCAAUCUCAAAGAAAGUGUUACAGCUGAUGCUGGGAGAUAUGAGAUCACUGCUGCCAACUCCAGUGGUACAACCAAAGCUUUCAUUAACAUUGUUGUGCUGGACAGGCCUGGUCCUCCAACUGGCCCUGUCGUUAUUAGUGAUAUAACUGAAGAAAGUGUGACUCUCAAGUGGGAGCCACCUAAGUAUGAUGGUGGAAGUCAAGUUACCAACUACAUUCUACUUAAAAGAGAAACCAGUACUGCAGUAUGGACUGAAGUGUCUGCAACAGUUGCAAGAACCAUGAUGAAAGUCAUGAAACUGACCACAGGAGAAGAAUACCAAUUCCGCAUCAAGGCAGAAAACCGCUUUGGCAUCAGUGAUCACAUAGAUUCAGCUUGUGUGACUGUCAAACUACCAUACACAACGCCUGGACCACCAUCUACACCAUGGGUCACUAAUGUUACUCGAGAAAGCAUCACUGUGGGCUGGCAUGAACCAGUGUCAAAUGGAGGCACUGCAGUCAUAGGCUAUCACCUGGAAAUGAAAGACAGAAACAGUAUUUUAUGGCAAAAAGCCAACAAACUGGUCAUCCGCACAACUCACUUCAAAGUCACAACAAUCAGUGCUGGACUUAUUUAUGAAUUCAGGGUGUAUGCAGAAAAUGCUGCUGGAGUUGGAAAACCCAGCCAUCCUUCUGAACCAGUCUUGGCAAUUGAUGCUUGUGAACCCCCAAGAAAUGUUCGUAUCACUGAUAUUUCAAAGAACUCUGUCAGCCUUUCAUGGCAACAACCAGCUUUUGAUGGAGGUAGCAAGAUUACAGGCUACAUUGUUGAAAGACGUGACCUUCCAGAUGGCAGAUGGACGAAGGCCAGCUUCACCAAUGUUACUGAAACUCAAUUCACCAUCUCUGGCUUGACUCAGAAUUCCCAGUAUGAAUUCCGUGUCUUUGCUAGGAAUGCUGUUGGUUCCAUUAGCAAUCCAUCUGAGGCUGUAGGGCCCAUUACUUGCAUCGAUUCUUAUGGUGGUCCUGUAAUUGACUUGCCUCUAGAAUAUACAGAAGUUGUCAAAUACAGAGCAGGUACAUCUGUGAGGCUCAGAGCUGGCAUUUCUGGCAAACCUGCGCCUACAAUUGAGUGGUAUAAAGAUGAUAAAGAAUUACAAACCAAUGCACUGGUUUGUGUCGAAAAUACCACGGACCUCGCAUCUAUACUCAUCAAAGAUGCCGAUCGCCUUAACAGUGGAUGCUAUGAAUUAAAACUAAGGAAUGCCAUGGGCUCAGCCUCAGCCACCAUCAGAGUACAGAUCCUUGACAAACCGGGCCCACCUGGUGGACCAAUUGAAUUUAAGACUGUAACUGCUGAAAAGAUCACCAUUCUCUGGCGGCCUCCAGCUGAUGAUGGUGGUGCAAAAAUCACCCACUACAUUGUGGAAAAGCGUGAGACAAGCCGCGUUGUGUGGUCUAUGGUGUCUGAACAUUUGGAAGAGUGCAUCAUUACAACCACCAAAAUUAUCAAAGGAAAUGAAUAUAUCUUCCGGGUCCGAGCCGUCAACAAAUAUGGAAUUGGCGAGCCACUGGAAUCUGAUUCCGUUGUAGCCAAGAACGCAUUUGUCACACCUGGGCCACCAGGCAUACCAGAAGUGACAAAGAUUACCAAGAAUUCGAUGACUGUUGUAUGGAGCAGGCCAAUUGCAGAUGGUGGUAGUGAUAUAAGUGGCUAUUUCCUUGAAAAACGAGAUAAGAAGAGUCUAGGAUGGUUUAAAGUACUAAAAGAGACUAUCCGUGACACCAGACAAAAAGUAACAGGACUCACAGAAAACAGUGACUAUCAAUACAGAGUUUGUGCUGUAAACGCUGCUGGACAGGGUCCAUUUUCUGAACCAUCUGAAUUCUACAAAGCUGCUGAUCCUAUUGAUCCUCCAGGUCCACCUGCUAAGAUAAGAAUUGCAGAUUCAACCAAGUCAUCCAUCACCCUUGGCUGGAGUAAGCCUGUCUAUGAUGGGGGCAGUGCUGUUACUGGGUAUGUUGUUGAAAUGAGACAAGGAGAGGAAGAGGAAUGGACCAUUGUCUCUACCAAAGGAGAGGUCAGAACUACAGAAUAUGUGGUAUCCAACCUGAAACCUGGAGUCAAUUACUACUUCCGGGUAUCUGCUGUAAACUGUGCUGGACAAGGAGAACCUAUAGAAAUGACGGAACCUGUACAAGCUAAAGAUAUACUUGAGGCACCAGAGAUUGACCUGGAUGUGGCUCUCAGAACUUCUGUUAUUGCCAAAGCUGGUGAAGAUGUACAAGUGCUGAUUCCCUUUAAAGGUAGACCUCCACCUACUGUCACGUGGAGAAAAGAUGAGAAGAAUCUUGGCAGUGAUGCCAGAUACAGCAUUGAAAACACUGAUUCAUCUUCAUUACUCACCAUUCCUCAAGUUACUCGCAAUGAUACAGGAAAAUAUAUUCUCACAAUAGAAAACGGAGUUGGUGAACCUAAGUCUUCAACUGUGAGUGUUAAAGUGCUUGACACACCAGCUGCCUGUCAGAAACUACAGGUUAAACAUGUUUCUCGAGGCACAGUCACUUUGCUCUGGGAUCCUCCUCUCAUCGAUGGAGGAUCUCCAAUAAUUAAUUACAUAAUUGAAAAGAGAGAUGCCACCAAGAGAACAUGGUCUGUCGUGUCACACAAAUGUUCUAGCACAUCCUUCAAGCUAACAGAGUUGUCAGAGAAGACUCCAUUCUUCUUCAGAGUUCUUGCAGAAAAUGAAAUUGGAAUUGGGGAACCCUGUGAAACUACGGAGCCAGUGAAGGCUGCUGAAGUACCAGCUCCUAUACGUGAUCUCUCAGUGAAAGACUCAACAAAGACAUCUGUCAUCCUCAGCUGGACCAAACCUGACUUUGAUGGUGGUAGCGUCAUCACAGAAUAUGUUGUAGAAAGGAAAGGUAAAGGUGAACAGACAUGGUCCCACGCUGGCAUAAGUAAGGCAUGUGAAAUUGAGGUUAGCCAACUUAAGGAGCAGUCAGUCCUGGAGUUCAGAGUGUUUGCCAAAAAUGAGAAAGGACUGAGUGAUCCUGUCACUAUUGGGCCAAUUACAGUGAAAGAACUUAUUAUUACACCUGAAGUUGACCUGUCAGAUAUCCCUGGGGCACAAGUCACUGUGAGAAUUGGGCACAAUGUGCACCUUGAAUUACCUUAUAAAGGAAAGCCCAAACCAUCCAUCAGUUGGCUGAAAGAUGGCUUGCCACUGAAAGAAACUGAAUUUGUUCGUUUCAGUAAAACCGAAAACAAAAUUACUUUGAGUAUUAAGAAUGCCAAGAAGGAGCAUGGAGGAAAAUACACUGUUAUUCUUGAUAAUGCAGUGUGUAGAAAUGCAGUCCCCAUUACAGUCAUCACCCUUGGCCCACCAUCAAAACCCAAAGGACCCAUUCGAUUUGAUGAAAUCAAGGCUGAUAGUGUCAUCCUGUCAUGGGAUGUACCUGAAGAUGAUGGAGGAGGAGAAAUUACUUGUUACAGCAUCGAGAAGCGGGAAACUUCACAAACUAAUUGGAAGAUGGUGUGUUCAAGUGUUGCCAGGACGACUUUCAAAGUUCCUAAUCUAGUCAAAGACGCUGAGUACCAGUUUAGAGUGAGGGCAGAAAACAGAUACGGAGUCAGCCAACCACUUGUCUCAAACAUUAUUGUGGCAAAACACCAGUUCAGGAUUCCUGGUCCCCCAGGAAAGCCAGUUAUAUACAAUGUGACUUCUGAUGGCAUGUCACUAACUUGGGAUGCUCCAGUUUAUGAUGGUGGUUCAGAAGUUACUGGAUUCCACGUUGAAAAGAAAGAAAGAAAUAGCAUCCUCUGGCAAAAAGUUAAUACAUCACCAAUCUCUGGAAGAGAAUAUAGAGCUACUGGACUGGUAGAAGGUCUGGAUUACCAAUUCCGUGUAUAUGCUGAAAAUUCUGCUGGCCUAAGCUCACCUAGUGACCCAAGCAAAUUUACCUUAGCUGUUUCUCCAGUAGACCCACCUGGCACUCCUGACUACAUUGAUGUCACCCGGGAAACCAUCACACUUAAAUGGAACCCACCAUUGCGUGAUGGAGGCAGUAAGAUUGUGGCCUAUAGCAUUGAGAAACGGCAAGGAAAUGAACGCUGGGUGAGAUGCAACUUUACUGACGUCAGUGAAUGUCAGUACACAGUUACAGGACUCAGUCCUGGGGAUCGCUAUGAGUUCAGAAUAAUUGCAAGAAAUGCUGUUGGAACUAUAAGCCCGCCCUCACAGUCUUCUGGCAUUAUUAUGACAAGAGAUGAAAAUGUUCCACCAAUAGUAGAGUUUGGUCCUGAGUACUUUGAUGGUCUCAUUAUUAAGUCUGGAGAGAGCCUUAGAAUUAAAGCUUUGGUACAAGGAAGACCAGUGCCUCGAAUAACUUGGUUCAAAGAUGGAGUGGAAAUCGAAAAGAGGAUGAAUAUGGAAAUAACCGAUGUCCUUGGAUCCACCAGCCUAUUUGUUAGAGAUGCUACUCGGGACCAUCGUGGUAUAUAUACAGUGGAAGCCAAAAAUGCAUCUGGUUCUGCAAAAGCAGAAAUUAAAGUGAAAGUACAAGAUACACCAGGAAAAGUAGUUGGGCCAAUAAGAUUCACCAAUAUUACUGGGGAGAAGAUGACUCUGUGGUGGGAUGCUCCACUCAACGACGGUUGUGCUCCCAUAACCCACUACAUCAUUGAAAAACGGGAAACCAGCAGACUUGCUUGGGCACUAAUUGAGGAUAAAUGUGAAGCCCAAAGUUACACUGCCAUUAAACUAAUAAACGGCAAUGAAUACCAAUUCCGUGUUUCUGCAGUUAACAAGUUUGGUGUUGGCAGGCCACUUGAUUCUGAUCCAGUGGUUGCUCAAAUACAAUACACUGUUCCUGAUGCCCCUGGCACUCCAGAACCUAGCAACGUAACAGGCAACAGCAUUACCCUGACAUGGGCAAGGCCAGAAUCAGAUGGUGGCAGUGAAAUUCAACAGUAUAUCCUUGAAAGAAGAGAAAAGAAAAGCACAAGAUGGGUAAAAGUGAUCAGUAAACGACCAAUCUCCGAAACAAGAUUCAAAGUCACCGGUCUGACAGAAGGCAAUGAGUAUGAAUUCCACGUCAUGGCUGAAAAUGCUGCAGGAGUCGGACCUGCAAGUGGCAUCUCAAGACUCAUUAAAUGUAGAGAGCCCGUCAACCCACCAGGUCCUCCUGCAGUGGUCAAAGUAACAGACACAUCAAAGACAACUGUGAGCUUAGAAUGGUCCAAACCAGUGUUUGAUGGCGGCAUGGAAAUAAUUGGGUACAUUAUUGAAAUGUGCAAGGCCGACUUAGGAGACUGGCACAAGGUGAAUGCAGAGGCAUGCAUGAAAACAAGAUAUACAGUCACUGAUCUACAAGCAGGUGAAGAAUACAAAUUCCGAGUUAGUGCUAUCAAUGGUGCUGGAAAAGGAGACAGCUGUGAAGUGACCGGCACAAUUAAAGCAGUUGACCGGUUAACAGCUCCUGAGUUAGACAUAGAUGCAAACUUCAAACAGACUCAUAUUGUUAGAGCUGGGGCCAGUAUUCGCCUCUUCAUUGCCUACCAAGGUAGACCUACUCCUACAGCUGUGUGGAGCAAACCAGACUCUAACCUUAGCCUUCGGGCUGAUAUCCAUACAACAGACUCCUUCAGCACCCUCACUGUGGAAAACUGCAACAGAAAUGAUGCAGGGAAAUAUACCCUUACUGUGGAAAACAACAGUGGUAGUAAGUCGAUCACAUUCACCGUAAAAGUGCUAGACACUCCAGGCCCACCUGGCCCAAUUACCUUCAAAGAUGUGACCCGGGGAUCCGCUACAUUGAUGUGGGAUGCCCCCCUUCUUGAUGGUGGUGCCCGAAUCCAUCACUAUGUGGUAGAGAAACGAGAGGCAAGUCGCCGUAGUUGGCAGGUUAUCAGUGAAAAAUGCACUCGUCAGAUCCUCAAGGUCGGUGACCUGGCAGAAGGUGUUCCAUACUAUUUCCGUGUUUCUGCAGUAAAUGAGUAUGGUGUUGGUGAGCCCUAUGAAAUGCCAGAACCAAUUGUAGCCACAGAACAGCCUGCUCCACCUAGAAGACUUGAUGUUGUUGAUACUAGCAAAUCCUCUGCAGUCUUAGCUUGGCUUAAACCUGAGCACGAUGGAGGCAGCCGGAUCACUGGCUACCUGCUUGAAAUGAGACAAAAGGGAUCUGACUUCUGGGUUGAAGCUGGUCACACCAAACAGCUGACUUUCACAGUAGAGCGUCUUGUUGAGAACACUGAAUAUGAAUUCCGUGUGAAGGCCAAGAAUGAUGCUGGCUACAGUGAACCCAGGGAAGCCUUCUCUUCUGUCAUCAUUAAGGAGCCUCAAAUCGAGCCCACUGCUGACCUCACUGGAAUUACCAAUCAGCUUAUAACUUGCAAAGCAGGAAGCCCAUUUACCAUUGACGUACCAAUCAGUGGUCGUCCCGCCCCCAAAGUAACAUGGAAACUGGAAGAAAUGAGACUUAAAGAGACGGAUCGAGUGAGCAUUACAACAACAAAAGACAGGACCACCCUGACUGUAAAGGACAGCAUGAGAGGUGACUCUGGAAGAUACUUCUUGACCCUGGAAAAUACAGCUGGUGUUAAAACAUUUACCAUCACAGUUGUGGUCAUUGGAAGGCCAGGUCCAGUAACCGGCCCCAUUGAGGUCUCAUCUGUCUCGGCUGAAUCGUGUGUCCUGUCAUGGGGAGAACCUAAAGAUGAUGGAGGCACUGAAAUUACUAAUUACAUAGUUGAAAAGCGUGAAUCGGGUACAACAGCUUGGCAUCUUGUCAAUUCCAGUGUCAAGCGCACUCAAAUUAAAGUCACUCAUCUCACAAAAUACAUGGAAUAUUCUUUCCGUGUCAGUUCAGAGAACAGAUUUGGUGUCAGCAAACCUCUAGAAUCAGCACCAAUAGUUGCUGAACAUCCAUUUGUCCCACCAAGUGCUCCUACCAGACCUGAGGUCUAUCAUGUAUCUGCCAAUGCCAUGUCUAUUCGUUGGGAAGAACCCUACCACGAUGGUGGCAGUAAAAUUGUUGGCUACUGGGUUGAGAAGAAAGAACGUAACACAAUUCUUUGGGUGAAAGAAAACAAAGUGCCAUGCUUAGAGUGCAACUACAAAGUAACUGGUUUAGUAGAAGGACUGGAAUAUCAGUUCAGAACUUAUGCACUCAAUGCUGCAGGUGUUAGCAAGGCCAGCGAAGCUUCAAGACCUAUAAUGGCUCAAAAUCCAGUUGAUGCACCAGGCAGACCAGAGGUGACAGAUGUCACAAGAUCAACAGUAUCACUGAUUUGGUCUGCCCCAGUGUAUGAUGGAGGCAGCAAGGUUGUGGGCUACAUCAUAGAGCGUAAGCCAGUCAGUGAGGUAGGAGACGGUCGCUGGCUGAAGUGCAACUAUACCAUUGUAUCUGACAAUUUCUUCACCGUGACUGCUCUCAGUGAAGGAGACACUUAUGAGUUCCGUGUGUUAGCCAAGAAUGCAGCAGGCGUAAUUAGCAAAGGGUCUGAAUCUACAGGCCCUGUCACUUGCCGAGAUGAAUACGCUCCACCCAAAGCCGAACUGGAUGCCCGAUUACAGGGUGAUCUGGUUACCAUCAGAGCAGGUUCUGAUCUUGUUCUGGAUGCUGCAGUUGGUGGCAAACCUGAACCCAAAAUUAUCUGGACCAAAGGAGACAAGGAGCUAGAUCUCUGUGAAAAAGUCUCUUUGCAGUAUACUGGCAAACGAGCAACUGCUGUGAUCAAGUUCUGUGACAGGAGUGACACUGGAAAAUACACUUUAACAGUGAAAAACGCCAGUGGGACCAAGGCCGUGUCUGUCAUGGUCAAAGUGCUUGAUUCCCCUGGCCCAUGUGGAAAGCUCACCGUCAGCAGAGUAACAGAGGAGAAGUGCACUUUAGCCUGGAGCCUUCCUCAGGAAGACGGAGGAGCAGAAAUCACUCACUACAUUGUGGAAAGACGCGAGACUAGCAGGCUCAACUGGGUGAUUGUUGAAGGCGAAUGCCCAACCCUAUCCUAUGUCGUUACCAGGCUCAUCAAGAACAAUGAGUACAUAUUCCGAGUGAGGGCAGUAAACAAAUAUGGCCCUGGUGUGCCUGUUGAAUCAGAGCCAAUUGUAGCCAGAAACUCAUUCACUAUUCCAUCACCACCUGGCAUACCUGAAGAAGUUGGGACUGGCAAAGAGCAUAUCAUCAUUCAGUGGACAAAACCUGAAUCUGAUGGUGGCAAUGAAAUCAGCAACUACCUAGUAGACAAACGUGAGAAGAAGAGCCUGCGCUGGACACGUGUCAACAAAGACUACAUCGUGUAUGAUACCAGGCUGAAGGUGACGAGCCUGAUGGAGGGUUGUGAUUACCAGUUCCGAGUGACUGCAGUGAAUGCAGCUGGUAACAGUGAGCCCAGCGAAGCUUCCAACUUCAUCUCAUGCAGAGAACCAUCAUAUACCCCUGGACCACCUUCUGCUCCAAGAGUUGUGGAUACCACCAAACACAGCAUUAGUCUGGCAUGGACCAAACCCAUGUACGAUGGUGGUGCUGACAUCACAGGAUAUGUUCUGGAAAUGCAAGAGAAGGACACUGAUCAGUGGUACCGAGUGCAUACCAAAGCCACAAUAAGAAAUACUGAAUUCACUGUGCCAGAUCUUAAAAUGGGUCAGAAAUAUUCCUUCAGAGUUGCUGCCGUGAACGUGAAGGGUAUGAGCGAAUACAGUGAAUCGAUUGCUGAAAUUGAGCCCGUGGAAAGAAUAGAAAUACCAGAUCUCGAGCUUGCAGAUGAUCUAAAGAAGACUGUGACCAUCAGGGCUGGGGCCUCCUUGCGCUUGAUGGUGUCUGUAUCUGGAAGACCACCUCCUGUCAUCACGUGGAGCAAGCAGGGCAUUGACCUUGCAAGUCGGGCAAUUAUUGACACCACUGAGAGCUACUCAUUGCUAAUAGUGGACAAAGUUAAUCGGUAUGAUGCUGGAAAAUACACAAUUGAAGCUGAAAACCAAUCUGGCAAGAAAUCAGCAACAGUCCUCGUUAAAGUCUAUGAUACUCCUGGUCCCUGUCCUUCAGUGAAAGUUAAAGAAGUAUCAAGAGAUUCUGUGACUAUAACUUGGGAAAUUCCCACGAUUGAUGGUGGAGCUCCAGUCAACAAUUACAUUGUUGAGAAGCGUGAAGCUGCCAUGAGAGCAUUCAAAACAGUAACUACCAAAUGCAGCAAGACACUUUACAGAAUUUCUGGACUUGUAGAAGGAACCAUGUACUACUUCAGAGUGCUGCCAGAAAAUAUUUAUGGCAUUGGAGAACCCUGUGAAACAUCUGAUGCAGUACUGGUCUCAGAAGUGCCUUUGGUGCCUACAAAGCUAGAAGUGGUCGAUGUCACCAAAUCCACUGUUACCCUUGCCUGGGAAAAACCACUCUAUGAUGGCGGUAGCCGACUCACUGGAUAUGUUCUCGAGGCCUGCAAAGCUGGCACAGAGAGAUGGAUGAAGGUUGUCACCUUAAAACCCACAGUCCUAGAGCACACUGUGACUUCCUUAAAUGAAGGUGAACAAUACUUAUUUAGAGUGAGGGCACAAAAUGAGAAAGGUGUGUCAGAAGCAAGAGAGAUUGUCACAGCCGUGACUGUACAAGACCUCAGAGUGUUGCCAACAAUCGAUCUUUCUACGAUGCCUCAGAAGACCAUCCAUGUCCCAGCUGGCAGACCAGUAGAGCUGGUGAUACCUAUUGCUGGCCGUCCACCUCCUGCUGCUUCCUGGUUCUUUGCUGGUUCUAAACUGAGAGAAUCAGAGCGUGUCACAGUUGAAACUCACACUAAAGUAGCUAAAUUAACCAUCCGUGAAACCACUAUCAGAGAUACUGGAGAAUACACACUUGAACUGAAGAAUGUUACUGGAACUACUUCAGAAACCAUUAAAGUUAUCAUUCUUGACAAGCCUGGUCCACCAACAGGACCUAUUAGGAUUGAUGAAAUUGAUGCUACAUCAAUUACCAUUUCCUGGGAACCACCUGAAUUGGACGGUGGUGCUCCAUUGAGUGGUUAUGUGGUAGAACAACGUGAUGCUCAUCGUCCAGGAUGGCUGCCCGUUUCUGAAUCAGUGACUAGGUCCACGUUUAAGUUUACCAGACUCACUGAAGGAAAUGAGUAUGUGUUCCGUGUGGCUGCAACAAACCGCUUUGGGAUUGGCUCUUACUUGCAGUCUGAGGUCAUAGAGUGUCGCAGCAGCAUCCGUAUUCCUGGACCCCCAGAAACAUUACAGAUAUUUGAUAUUUCCCGUGAUGGUAUGACACUUACUUGGUACCCACCAGAGGAUGACGGUGGCUCCCAAGUGACUGGAUACAUUGUGGAGCGCAAAGAAGUGAGAGCAGAUCGAUGGGUCCGUGUAAAUAAAGUACCUGUGACAAUGACACGGUACCGCUCCACUGGCCUUAUUGAAGGCUUAGAAUAUGAACACCGUGUCACAGCCAUUAAUGCAAGAGGGUCUGGAAAACCAAGUCGUCCUUCCAAACCCAUCGUUGCCAUGGAUCCAAUUGCUCCUCCAGGAAAGCCACAAAACCCAAGAGUUACUGAUACAACAAGGACAUCAGUUUCCCUGGCCUGGAGCGUUCCAGAAGAUGAAGGAGGAUCUAAAGUCACAGGCUACUUGAUUGAAAUGCAAAAAGUAGAUCAACAUGAAUGGACCAAGUGUAACACCACUCCAACCAAGAUUCGAGAGUAUACUCUAACACACCUACCUCAGGGUGCGGAAUACAGGUUCCGCAUCCUAGCUUGUAAUGCUGGUGGACCUGGCGAGCCUGCUGAGGUACCAGGAACAGUCAAAGUCACUGAAAUGCUUGAAUAUCCUGAUUAUGAACUUGAUGAAAGAUACCAGGAAGGUAUCUUUGUAAGGCAAGGUGGAGUCAUCAGACUUACCAUACCAAUCAAAGGAAAACCAUUCCCAAUAUGUAAAUGGACCAAGGAAGGCCAGGAUAUUAGUAAGCGUGCCAUGAUUGCAACAUCUGAAACACACACUGAGCUUGUGAUCAAAGAAGCAGACAGGGGUGAUUCUGGCACUUACGACCUGGUUCUGGAAAAUAAAUGUGGCAAGAAGGCUGUCUACAUCAAGGUCAGGGUGAUAGGAAGUCCCAACAGUCCGGAAGGGCCACUGGAAUAUGAUGACAUCCAAGCCCGCUCUGUGAGGGUCAGCUGGAGACCUCCUGCUGAUGAUGGUGGUGCUGACAUCUUAGGUUACAUCCUCGAGAGACGAGAAGUGCCUAAAGCCGCCUGGUAUACCAUUGAUUCUAGAGUCCGAGGUACAUCUCUGGUGGUAAAAGGCCUUAAAGAGAAUGUAGAAUACCAUUUCCGUGUUUCAGCAGAAAACCAGUUUGGCAUAAGCAAGCCCUUGAAAUCUGAGGAACCAGUCAUACCAAAAACACCACUGAAUCCUCCAGAACCUCCAAGCAAUCCUCCGGAAGUACUCGAUGUAACCAAGAGUUCUGUUAGCUUGUCCUGGUCCCGGCCCAAAGAUGAUGGUGGUUCUCGAGUCACAGGCUACUACAUUGAACGCAAAGAGACAUCCACUGACAAGUGGGUCAGACACAACAAGACUCAGAUCACUACCACAAUGUACACUGUCACGGGGCUUGUUCCCGAUGCUGAGUAUCAGUUCCGAAUCAUUGCACAGAAUGAUGUUGGCCUAAGUGAGACCAGCCCUGCUUCUGAACCAGUUGUUUGCAAAGAUCCAUUUGAUAAACCAAGCCAACCAGGAGAACUUGAGAUUCUUUCAAUAUCCAAAGAUAGUGUCACUCUACAGUGGGAGAAACCUGAAUGUGAUGGUGGCAAAGAAAUUCUUGGAUAUUGGGUUGAAUAUAGACAGUCUGGAGACAGUGCCUGGAAGAAGAGCAGUAAGGAACGUAUUAAGGACAAGCAAUUCACAAUAGGGGGUUUGCUGGAAGCUACUGAAUAUGAAUUCAGGGUUUUUGCUGAGAAUGAGACUGGGCUGAGCAGACCUCGAAGGACUGCUAUGUCUAUAAAGACUAAACUCACAUCUGGAGAGGCCCCAGGAAUACGCAAAGAAAUGAAGGAUGUUACCACCAAAUUGGGUGAAGCUGCUCAACUCUCAUGCCAGAUUGUUGGAAGGCCUCUUCCUGACAUUAAAUGGUACAGAUUUGGUAAAGAGCUCAUACAAAGCCGGAAAUACAAAAUGUCUUCAGAUGGACGCACACACAUUCUUACAGUAAUGACAGAGGAACAGGAAGAUGAAGGUGUUUAUACCUGCAUAGCCACCAAUGAGGUUGGAGAAGUAGAAACCAGUAGUAAGCUUCUCCUGCAAGCAACACCACAGUUCCAUCCUGGUUACCCACUGAAAGAGAAAUAUUAUGGAGCUGUAGGUUCUACACUUCGGCUUCAUGUUAUGUACAUUGGUCGUCCAGUACCUGCCAUGACUUGGUUCCAUGGUCAGAAACUUUUGCAAAACUCAGAAAACAUUACUAUUGAAAACACUGAGCACUAUACUCAUCUUGUCAUGAAGAACGUCCAACGUAAGACUCAUGCUGGGAAAUACAAAGUCCAGCUCAGCAAUGUUUUCGGAACAGUUGAUGCCAUCCUUGAUGUGGAAAUACAAGAUAAACCAGACAAACCUACAGGACCAAUUGUGAUCGAAGCUCUACUGAAGAACUCUGCAGUGAUCAGCUGGAAACCACCCGCAGAUGAUGGAGGCUCCUGGAUCACCAACUAUGUGGUGGAAAAAUGUGAGGCCAAGGAGGGGGCUGAAUGGCAAUUGGUGUCUUCAGCCAUCUCAGUGACAACCUGUAGAAUUGUGAACCUCACAGAAAAUGCUGGCUAUUACUUCCGGGUUUCAGCUCAGAACACUUUCGGCAUCAGUGAACCUCUAGAAGUGUCCUCAGUUGUGAUCAUUAAGAGUCCAUUUGAAAAGCCAGGUGCUCCUGGCAAACCAACUAUUACUGCUGUCACAAAAGAUUCUUGUGUUGUGGCUUGGAAGCCACCUGUCAGUGAUGGAGGUGCAAAGAUUAGAAAUUACUACCUUGAGAAGCGCGAGAAGAAGCAGAAUAAAUGGAUUUCUGUGACAACAGAAGAAAUUCGAGAAACUGUCUUUUCGGUGAAAAACCUUAUUGAAGGUCUUGAAUAUGAGUUCCGUGUGAAAUGUGAAAACCUAGGUGGGGAAAGUGAAUGGAGUGAAAUAUCAGAACCCAUCACUCCCAAAUCUGAUGUUCCAAUUCAGGCACCACACUUUAAAGAGGAACUGAGAAAUCUAAAUGUCAGAUAUCAGAGCAAUGCUACUUUGGUCUGCAAAGUGACUGGUCAUCCAAAACCUAUCGUGAAAUGGUACAGACAAGGCAAAGAAAUCAUUGCAGAUGGAUUAAAAUAUAGGAUUCAAGAAUUUAAGGGUGGCUAUCACCAGCUCAUCAUUGCAAGUGUCACAGAUGAUGAUGCCACAGUUUACCAAGUCAGAGCUACCAACCAAGGGGGAUCUGUGUCUGGCACUGCCUCCCUGGAAGUGGAAGUUCCAGCUAAGAUACACUUACCUAAAACUCUUGAAGGCAUGGGAGCAGUUCAUGCUCUCCGAGGUGAAGUGGUCAGCAUCAAGAUUCCUUUCAGUGGCAAACCAGAUCCUGUGAUCACCUGGCAGAAAGGACAAGAUCUCAUUGACAAUAAUGGCCACUACCAAGUUAUUGUCACAAGAUCCUUCACAUCACUUGUUUUCCCCAAUGGGGUAGAGAGAAAAGAUGCUGGUUUCUAUGUGGUCUGUGCUAAAAACAGAUUUGGAAUUGAUCAGAAGACAGUUGAACUGGAUGUGGCUGAUGUUCCUGACCCACCCAGAGGAGUCAAAGUUAGUGAUGUCUCACGAGAUUCUGUCAACUUAACAUGGACUGAGCCGGCCUCUGAUGGUGGCAGCAAAAUCACCAACUACAUUGUUGAAAAAUGUGCAACUACUGCAGAAAGAUGGCUUCGUGUAGGACAAGCCCGAGAAACACGUUAUACUGUGAUCAACUUAUUUGGAAAAACAAGUUACCAGUUCCGGGUAAUAGCUGAAAAUAAAUUUGGUCUGAGCAAGCCUUCUGAGCCUUCAGAACCAACCAUAACCAAAGAAGAUAAGACCAGAGCUAUGAACUAUGAUGAAGAGGUAGAUGAAACCAGGGAAGUCUCCAUGACUAAAGCAUCUCACUCUUCAACCAAGGAACUCUAUGAGAAAUAUAUGAUUGCUGAAGAUCUUGGGCGUGGUGAGUUUGGAAUUGUCCACCGUUGUGUUGAAACAUCCUCAAAGAAGACAUACAUGGCCAAAUUUGUUAAAGUCAAAGGGACUGAUCAGGUUUUGGUAAAGAAGGAAAUUUCCAUUCUGAAUAUUGCUAGGCAUAGAAACAUCUUAUACCUCCAUGAAUCAUUUGAAAGCAUGGAAGAAUUAGUUAUGAUCUUUGAGUUUAUAUCAGGACUUGACAUAUUUGAGCGCAUUAACACAAGUGCUUUUGAACUUAAUGAAAGAGAAAUUGUAAGUUAUGUUCACCAGGUCUGUGAAGCACUUCAGUUCUUACACAGUCAUAAUAUUGGACACUUUGACAUUAGACCAGAAAAUAUCAUUUACCAAACCAGAAGAAGCUCUACCAUUAAAAUAAUAGAAUUUGGUCAAGCCCGUCAGCUGAAACCAGGGGACAACUUCAGGCUUCUAUUCACUGCCCCAGAAUACUAUGCACCUGAAGUCCACCAGCAUGAUGUUGUCAGCACAGCCACAGACAUGUGGUCACUUGGAACACUGGUAUAUGUGCUAUUGAGUGGUAUCAACCCAUUCCUGGCUGAAACUAACCAACAGAUCAUUGAAAAUAUCAUGAAUGCUGAAUAUACUUUCGAUGAAGAAGCAUUCAAAGAGAUCAGCCUUGAAGCCAUGGAUUUUGUUGACCGGUUGUUAGUGAAAGAGAGAAAAUCUCGCAUGACAGCAUCAGAGGCUCUCCAGCACCCAUGGUUGAAGCAGAAGAUAGAAAGAGUCAGUACUAAAGUUAUCAGAACAUUAAAACACCGGCGUUAUUACCACACCCUGAUCAAGAAAGACCUCAACAUGGUUGUGUCAGCAGCCCGGAUCUCCUGUGGUGGUGCAAUUCGAUCUCAGAGGGGAGUGAGUGUUGCUAAAGUUAAAGUAGCAUCCAUUGAAAUUGGCCCAGUUUCUGGGCAGAUAAUGCAUGCAGUUGGUGAAGAAGGAGGACAUGUCAAAUAUGUAUGCAGAAUUGAAAAUUAUGAUCAGUCUACCCAAGUGACUUGGUACUUUGGCGUCCGACAGCUGGAGAACAGUGAAAAAUAUGAAAUCACCUAUGAAGAUGGAGUGGCCAUCCUCUAUGUCAAAGACAUUACCAAAUUUGAUGAUGGUACCUACCGAUGCAAAGUAGUCAAUGACUACGGUGAAGACAGUUCUUAUGCAGAGUUAUUUGUUAAAGGUGUGAGAGAAGUCUACGAUUAUUACUGCCGUAGAACCAUGAAGAAAAUUAAGCGCAGAACAGAUACAAUGAGACUCCUGGAAAGGCCACCAGAAUUUACCCUGCCUCUCUAUAACAGGACAGCUUAUGUAGGUGAAAAUGUCCGGUUUGGAGUAACUAUAACUGUCCACCCAGAGCCUCGUGUAACAUGGUAUAAAUCAGGUCAGAAAAUCAAACCAGGUGACGAUGACAAGAAGUACACAUUUGAGUCAGACAAGGGUCUUUACCAAUUAACAAUCAACAGUGUCACUACAGAUGAUGACGCUGAAUAUACUGUUGUGGCAAGGAACAAAUACGGUGAAGACAGCUGUAAAGCAAAGCUGACGGUAACCCUACACCCACCUCCAUCAGACAGUACCUUAAGACCCAUGUUCAAAAGGUUACUGGCAAAUGCAGAAUGCCAAGAAGGCCAAAGUGUCUGCUUUGAGAUCAGAGUGUCUGGCAUCCCCCCACCAACAUUAAAAUGGGAGAAAGAUGGUCAGCCACUGUCCCUUGGACCUAACAUUGAAAUUAUCCAUGAAGGCUUGGAUUAUUACGCUCUGCACAUCAGGGACACUUUGCCUGAAGACACAGGUUAUUAUAGAGUCACAGCCACUAACACAGCUGGGUCCACCAGCUGCCAGGCUCACCUACAAGUGGAACGCCUGAGGUACAAGAAACAGGAAUUCAAGAGUAGGGAGGAGCAUGAGCGACACGUACAAAAACAAAUUGACAAAACCCUCAGAAUGGCUGAAAUUCUUUCUGGAACUGAAAGUGUGCCACUGACACAGGUAGCUAAAGAGGCUCUGAGAGAAGCUUCCAUCCUUUACAAACCAGCUGUAAGCACCAAGACUGUAAAAGGGGAAUUCAGACUUGAGACAGAAGAAAAGAAAGAGGAGAGAAAACUCCGGAUGCCUUAUGAUGUACCAGAGCCACGCAAGUACAAGCAGACUACCAUAGAAGAAGACCAACGCAUCAAGCAGUUCGUGCCCAUGUCUGACAUGAAGUGGUAUAAAAAGAUACGUGAUCAGUAUGAAAUGCCUGGGAAACUUGACAGAGUUGUACAGAAACGACCCAAGCGCAUCCGCCUUUCAAGAUGGGAACAGUUCUAUGUGAUGCCUCUUCCACGCAUUACGGAUCAAUACAGACCUAAAUGGCGUAUUCCUAAACUGUCCCAAGAUGAUCUUGAGAUAGUGAGACCAGCCCGCCGGCGUACACCUUCUCCUGAUUAUUACUUUUACUACCGACCUAGAAGACGUUCUCUUGGAGACAUCUCUGAUGAAGAAUUACUCCUCCCCAUUGAUGACUACUUAGCAAUGAAAAGAACAGAGGAAGAGAGGCUGCGUCUUGAAGAAGAGCUUGAAUUAGGUUUUUCAGCUUCACCCCCAAGCCGAAGCCCUCCACGCUUUGAGCUUUCUAGCCUACGUUACUCUUCACCACAAGCUCAUGUCAAGGUGGAGGAAACAAGAAAAGACUUCAGGUAUUCAACCUAUCACAUCCCAACGAAGGCUGAAGCUAGUACAAGUUAUGCAGAACUGAGGGAACGGCAUGCCCAGGCUGCGUACAGACAGCCAAAGCAACGGCAAAGAAUCAUGGCUGAGAAGGAGGAUGAAGAGUUGCUUCGCCCAGUUACGACCGCCCAGCGUCUCUCAGAAUACAAAAGCGAACUUGACUACAUGUCAAAGGAGGAAAAGUCUAGAAAGAAAUCAAGGCGACAAAGAGAAGUGACAGAAAUAACAGAAAUUGAGGAAGAAUACGAAAUCUCAAAACGUGCUCAAAGAGAAUCAUCCUCAUCCGCAUCUAGACUACUGAGACGACGGCGCUCCCUGUCUCCAACUUAUAUUGAGUUAAUGAGGCCGGUGUCUGAGCUGAUCCGGUCACAUCCACGACCGGCUGAGGAAUACGAAGAUGACACAGAAAGAAGGUCACCUACUCCAGAAAGAACUCGCCCACGAUCCCCCAGCCCUGUGUCUAGUGAGAGAUCACUCUCGAGAUUUGAGAGGUCUGCAAGAUUUGAUAUCUUUUCCAGGUAUGAGUCCAUGAAAGCUGCUUUAAAAACUCAGAAGACAUCAGAAAGGAAGUAUGAAGUUUUGAGUCAGCAGCCUUUCACACUGGACCAUGCCCCUCGAAUCACAUUGAGAAUGCGCUCACACAGGGUACCAUGUGGCCAAAAUACACGUUUUAUUUUAAAUGUUCAGUCUAAGCCAACUGCUGAGGUUAAAUGGUACCACAAUGGUGUGGAACUCCAAGAAAGCAGUAAGAUUCAUUACACCAAUAUGAGUGGAGUUCUGACCCUGGAAAUUCUGGACUGUCAUAUUGAUGACAGUGGAACCUACCGUGCUGUGUGCACCAACUACAAGGGCGAAGCUUCUGACUAUGCAACAUUGGACGUAACAGGAGGGGAUUAUACCACUUAUGCUUCCAGGCGCAGAGAUGAAGAGGUCCCCAGAUCUGUUUUCCCUGAGCUGACAAGAACAGAGGCGUAUGCUGUUUCAUCAUUUAAGAAAACAUCUGAGAUGGAAGCUUCGUCUUCUGUCAGGGAAGUGAAAUCACAGAUGACAGAGACAAGGGAAAGUCUCUCCUCAUAUGAACACUAUGCAUCUGCAGAAAUGAAAAGUGCUGCAUUAGAAGAAAAGUCGCUGGAAGAAAAAUCCACAACCAGAAAGAUCAAGACAACUUUGGCGGCAAGGAUUCUAACAAAGCCACGGUCCAUGACUGUCUACGAGGGCGAGUCUGCAAGGUUUUCUUGUGACACCGAUGGUGAGCCGGUACCAACUGUGACCUGGCUGCGUAAAGGACAAGUGCUAAGUACUUCUGCCCGCCACCAAGUGACCACCACAAAGUACAAAUCAACCUUUGAGAUCUCUUCAGUUCAGGCUUCCGAUGAUGGCAAUUACAGCGUGGUAGUAGAAAACAGUGAAGGGAAACAAGAAGCAGAGUUCACUCUGACUGUUCAAAAGGCCAGGGUAACUGAAAAGGCUGUGACAUCACCACCAAGAGUCAAAUCCCCAGAGCCUCGGGUGAAAUCCCCAGAAGCAGUUAAAUCUCCAAAACGAGUGAAAUCUCCAGAACCUUCUCACCCCAAAGCCAUAUCACCCACAGAGACAAAAACAACAUCAACAGAGAAAGUUCAGCACCUCCCAGUCUCUGCCCCACCAAAGAUUACUCAGUUCCUGAAAGCAGAAGCUUCUAAAGAGAUUGCAAAGCUGACCUGUGUGGUUGAAAGCAGUGUAUUAAGUGUAAAAGAGGUCACCUGGUAUAAAGAUGGCAAGAAACUGAAGGAAAAUGGGCAUUUCCAGUUUCAUUAUUCAGCAGAUGGUACCUAUGAGCUCAAAAUCCAUAACCUCACUGAAUCUGAUCAAGGAGAAUAUGUUUGUGAGAUUUCUGGUGAAGGUGGAACAUCUAAAACCAACUUCCAAUUUAUGGGGCAAGCCUUUAAGAGUAUCCAUGAGAAGGUAUCAAAAAUAUCAGAAACUAAGAAAUCAGAUCAGAAAACCACUGAGUCAACAGAAACCAGAAAAACUGAACCAAAAGCUCCUGAACCAAUUUCCUCAAAACCAGUAAUUGUUACUGGGUUGCAUGAUACAACUGUUUCUUCAGACAGUGUUGCUAAAUUUGCAGUUAAGGCUACUGGAGAACCCCGGCCAACUGUCAUCUGGACAAAAGAUGGAAAGGCUAUUACACAAGGAGGUAAAUAUAAACUCUCUGAAGACAAGGGAGGGUUCCUCUUAGAAAUUCACAAGACUGAUACUUCUGACAGUGGACUUUAUACUUGUACGGUAAAAAAUUCAGCUGGAUCUGUGUCCUCUAGCUGCAAAUUAACAAUAAAAGCUGUAAAAGAUACUGAGGCACAGAAAGUCUCUACACAAAAGACUUCUGAAAUUACAUCUCAGAAGAAAGCUGUUGUCCAAGAGGAAACUUCCCAAAAAGCCCUAAUGUCUGAAGAAAUUAAGAUGUCAGAGGCAAAAUCUCAAGAAAAGUUAGCCCUCAAAGAGGAAGCUUCAAAGGUUUUGAUUUCCGAAGAAGUCAAGAAAUCAGCAGCAACCUCCCUGGAAAAAUCCAUUGUCCAUGAGGAAAUCACUAAAACAUCACAGGCAUCAGAAGAAAUCAGAACUCAUGCUGAGAUUAAAGCAUUUUCUACUCAGAUGAGCAUAAAUGAAGGUCAAAGAGUGGUUUUAAAAGCCAACAUUGCUGGUGCCACUGAUGUGAAAUGGGUACUGAAUGGCAUAGAGCUUACCAACUCUGAGGAGUACCGAUAUGGUGUCUCAGGCAGCGAUCAGACCCUCACCAUCAAGCAAGCUAGUCACAGAGAUGAAGGAAUCCUCACCUGCAUAGGCAAAACCAAGGAAGGAAUUAUCAAGUGUCAAUAUGAUUUGAUGCUGAGCAAAGAACUCUCAGAUGCUCCAGCCUUCAUCUCCCAGCCUAGAUCUCAAAAUAUUAAUGAAGGACAAAAUGUUCUCUUUACUUGUGAAAUCAGUGGCGAGCCAUCCCCUGAAAUCGAAUGGUUUAAAAACAACCUGCCAAUUUCUGUUUCUUCAAAUGUCAGCACAAGUCGCUCCAGAAACAUAUACUCUCUUGAAAUCCGAAAUGCAUCAGUCAGCGACAGUGGAAAGUACACAAUUAAGGCCAAAAAUUUCCGUGGCCAGUGUUCAGCUACAGCUUCCUUAACGGUCCUUCCUCUAGUUGAAGAACCUUCCAGAGAGGUAGUAUUGAGAACAAGUGGUGACACAAGCUUGCAAGGAAGCUUCUCGUCUCAGUCAGUCCAAAUGUCUGCCUCCAAGCAGGAGGCCUCCUUCAGCAGUUUCAGCAGCAGCAGUGCUAGCAGCAUGACUGAGAUGAAAUUUGCAAGCAUGUCUGCCCAAAGCAUGUCCUCCAUGCAAGAGUCCUUUGUAGAAAUGAGUUCCAGCAGCUUUAUGGGAAAAUCUAGUAUGACACAACUGGAAAGUUCAACUAGUAAAAUGCUUAAAGCAGGCAUAAGAGGAAUUCCGCCUAAAAUUGAAGCUCUUCCAUCUGAUAUCAGCAUUGAUGAAGGCAAAGUUCUAACGGUAGCCUGUGCUUUCACGGGUGAGCCUACCCCAGAAGUAACAUGGUCCUGUGGUGGAAGAAAAAUUCACAAUCAAGAACAACAGGGGAGGUUCCACAUUGAAAACACAGAUGACCUGACAACGCUGAUCAUCAUGGACGUACAGAAACAAGAUGGUGGACUUUAUACCCUGAGUUUAGGGAAUGAAUUUGGAUCUGACUCUGCCACUGUGAAUAUACAUAUUCGAUCCAUUUAAGAGGGCCUGUGCCCUUAUACUCUACACUCAUUCUUAACUUUCUGCAAACGUUUCACAUGGACUAAUCUUUCUGAUCUGUAAAUAUUUAAAGAAAAAAAAAGUAGUUUUGUAUCAACCUAAAUGAGUCAAAGUUCAAAAAUAUUCAUUUCAAUCUUUUCAUAAUUGUUGACCUAAGAAUAUUAUACAUUUGCUAAUGACAUGUACAUACUGUAUAUAGCCGGAUUAACGGUUAUAAAGUUUUGUACCAUUUAUUUUAUGACAUUUUACAAUGUAACUUUUGAAACUAACUGUUGGUAGGAGAAAGUUUCUUAUGGAACGAAUACCCUGCUCAACAUUUAAUCAAUCUUUGUGCCUCAACAUACUGUUGAUGUCUAAGUAUGCCUCAGUGGGUUGAGAAAUUCCCCACUGAAGAUGUCCUGUCCACCUAAAAGAGAAUGAUGCUGUGCACAUCACUUGAUAUGUGCACCAAUACCUAUUGAAUCAGAAAUGUAAGGCAUUGGUGAUGUUUGCAUUUACCCUCCUGUAAGCAACACUUUAAUGUCUUACAUUUUCUCUGAUGAUGUCACACAAAAUUAUCAUGACAAAUAUUACCAGAGCAAAGUGUAACGGCCAACACUUUGUUCGCUCAUUUUACACUGUCUCUGACAUAAGGAGUGCCUGAAUAGCUUGGAAAAGUAACAUCUCCUGGCCAUCCCUUCAUUUAACCAAGUUAUUCAAGUAUUCCUAUGCCAGAGCAGUGCCAACUCUUGGAGGUCCCAGGGUGCAGCCAAUGCCUUUGUGUGGUAGUUCUAAAUUUUAAUUGCACCUGAAAAACCUGGGCACCUAAGCAAUGAGCCACAGCAAAAACUGAAGAACAACAACAAAAUAAAGCUGUCGUUAAAUUUUAAACAACAAUAUUACUAAUUGCCCAAAAUGUCAAUUUGAUGUAGUUCUUUUCAUGCAAGUAUAAAUUCAAUUGUUAGUUAUAAUUGUUGGACCUCCUUGAGAUAGUAACAACAAAAUAAAGCAAGCUAUCUGCACCUCAAAA